CUCACUGUGUAGUUUUGUUUUUGUGGGGAUAUUUGGAGGCUCGACCGUUCUCGCCUUGGAUUUUUGUGGAACCGUUGAGGAUAAGGAGCCGGUAGCAGGUCGGCCGGGCUCCAGCCCAUCAGUUGGGGCACUCUUGUGAAAACAAGGUGCCGAUCAUCAUGUCAACACAAGCACCAUCAUUCACUCAGCCGCUGCAGAGCGUCGUAGCACUAGAGGGUAGUGCUGCGACGUUCCAGGCUCAAGUUAGUGGUUCUCCAGUUCCUGAGGUGAGCUGGUUCCGUGAUGGCCAGGUUCUUUCCGCCGCCGCUCUUCCCGGCGUUCAGAUCUCGUUCAGCGACGGCCACGCUGUUCUGAGGAUCCCCGCUGUGACCGCCGCACACAGCGGGAGGUUUUCUGUCAGAGCCACCAACGGCACCGGACAGGCCACGAGCACUGCUGAACUCCUCGUUACAGCGGAGACAGCUCCUCCCAGCUUCGUCCAGAGACUGCAAAGCCAGACGGUGAGACAGGGCAGCCAGGUGAGGCUGGACGUCCGAGUCACAGGAAUCCCACCACCUGUGGUGAAGUUCUACAGAGAGGGGGCCGAGAUCCAGAGCUCCGCCGACUUCAGGAUCCUCCAGGACGGAGACCUGUACAGCCUGCUGAUCGCCGAGGCCUUCCCAGAGGAUUCUGGGACGUAUUCUGUCACCGCCACCAACAGCAGCGGCCGGGCCACAUCCACUGCCGAGCUGCUGGUUCAGGGUGAAGAAGCCGUUCCAGCAAAGAAAACCAAGACAGUGAUUUCACCAAGACAACCCCGAGGAGACAAGAUGGAGACGCCGGCCGACGCCGAGCAGCUCGCUCACAAGACUCCGCCCAGAGUUCCUCCCAAACCCACGUCCAAGUCGCCGACACAGCCGUCGCUGGUCGCCAAGGUGGCGGCAGGACGGCAACAGUCACCAUCGCCUGUCAGACACGUGAAAGCGCCGACGCCCACGCCUGUCAGGCCCGUUAAGUCACCGAUCACCACACGCAAGCAGUCGCCCGCCGGCGCCGAUGUCCGUCCGCCGUGGAAGCAGGGAGACGUACCAGAAGGCGCCGUGACCCCGGCAGAGGGCAAAGAGGCUGGGGGAGGGAAAAGAGCCGGGGCGGUGGCCACGGUGGUGGCCGCCGUCGACCUGGCUCGGGUCCGUCAGCCGGUGCAUGUGGAGGGCGGUCGAGCCGAAGAGGAGGAGGUGGAGGCGGUAGAGUUCAGGCAGCAUGGAGUCGGCUGGACGUCUGGACCAAUGCUCACUGCUGCUCAGAGGUUCACAGCUGAAGCAGGCCAGCAGCCUCAGAUUCAGACUGAACUCUCCGUCCGUGUGGACACUGGUCUCAGCCCGUCUGCAGUUCCACAUUUCACCGUUUCUAAAGUUUCUGUCCCAAAGCACGAGUCUAGCAGUGAGGUUUCCAUCGCCGGCUCGGCCAUCGCCACGCUGCAGAAAGAGUUUUCCUCCUCCGCCACUCGAAAGAUCACCAGGUCCGUCAAGUCUCCGAGUCCGUCUCGCUCAGCGGUCGAGACCAGAGAGACGCUGGAGUCCGUCCCGCCGCCUUUCAGAGGCUUUACAGAGACAUAUCAGAGCGGUUUAGAGUUUGGGACGGUGUACUCGGACAGAAUGUAUGAGCACUGGGGAGCUCAGCAGGUGAUGGAGGCAGCAACCGUACUGCUUGCAGGUGGCGCUGUGGUCCCGCCCACCCUGGUGUCGGGACUGAAGAACACGAAUGUAACCGAAGGCGAGUCGGUGACGCUGGAGUGUCAGAUCAGUGGCCAGCCCAUGCCCAUCAUCAUGUGGUUCAGGGAGGACUACAAGAUCGAGAGCUCCAUUGACUUCCAGAUCAGCUACCAGAGCGGAGUCGCCCGGCUGGUGAUCCGCGAGGCGUUCGCCGAAGACAGCGGCCGCUUCACCUGCACCGCCACCAGCGAGGCGGGAACCGUCAGCACCUCCUGCUACCUGCUGGUCCAGGUGUCUGAAGACAUCGAGAGCAGGGAGGAGAUCGCUGCCCCUGAACAAACUGAAACUGCUCAAGAGAAACUAAUAACUGAAGAAACCAGAGAGGAGGUGAGCGUGGUGGAGUCCGAUACUGUUCCUGCUGCUCCCUUCUUCAUCAAGACGCUGACCGUCCAGAAGCUCGUGGAGGGAGGAAGCGUCGUGUUCGAAUGUCAGGUUGGAGGAAACCCAAAACCUCACAUCAUCUGGAAGAAGAGCGGCGUCCCGCUCACCACCGGAUACAGAUAUAAAGUAGCCUACAAGAAGGAGACUGGAGAGUGCAGGUUGGAGAUCUCCAUGACCUUUGCCGAUGAUGCUGGAGAAUACUCCGUCUUUGCCAAGAACCAGCUGGGAGAAGUUUCAGCCUCGGCCAGCCUGCUGGAGGAAGAGGAAUAUGAAGCCUACAUGAAGAAACAAGAAGCGACCUUUAAGACUGAAGUGACAGCCGUGGUGACGGAGCCCAAAGUGGGAGAUGUUCCCCCCGUGGAGACGCUGACCACCACCAUCAUCUCCGGACAGGAGUUCCAUCUGUCUGCCAUUGAGCAGAGAAUCAUCCAGGAGAUUGAGAACAAAAUCAUGACGAUAACCUACAAAGAGAUAGUGACAGAAGAUGGAGAGCUGAUGGUGUCUGUCAGCACCACCCAGGCAGAGCAGCCGGCCUUCGACACGCCCGUCAAAAACUACAGGAUCAUGGCAGGAAUGGGCGUCACCUUCCACUGCAAGAUGGCCGGAGUGCCACUGCCCAAGAUUGCUUGGUACAAAGACGGCCAGCGCAUCAGGGCUGGAGGCCAUUACCAGAUGGAGAUUCUUCAGGAUGGACGAGCCAGCCUCCGUCUGCCCGUGGUGCAGCCAGAGGAUGAAGGCGUGUACACCGCCUUCGCCACCAACAUGAAGGGAAACGCAGUCAGUUCUGGGAAACUCUAUGUGGAGCCGUCCGGAGCUGUAACCCCCCAGAGAUACACCCCACAGCCGGCAAUGCAGAGGAUCAGGUCCACAUCUCCUCGUUCUCUGAGCCGCUCACCCGGACGUUCUCCCAGCCGAUCUCCCGGACGUUCUCCUGCCCGUCGGCUCGAUGAGACGGACGAGGCUCAGCUGGAAAGACUCUACAAACCCGUGUUUGUCAUGAAACCUUCCUCAUGUAAAUGCUCUGAAGGACAAACUGCCAGGUUCGACCUGAAGGUCGUGGGCAGACCGAUGCCCGACACCUACUGGUUCCACAACGGACAACAAGUGGUUAGCGACUACACCCAUAAGAUCGUGGUUAAAGAGGACGGUACUCAGUCCCUGAUCACCGCCCCGGCUCUGCCACCAGACUCUGGAGAAUGGACCGUUGUGGCUCAGAACCGAGCCGGACGAUCUUCCCUCUCGGUCACUCUCACUGUCGAUGCUAAAGAGACCUUGGUGCGUCCACAGUUCACUGAGAAGCUGAAGAACAUCAGUGUGAAGCAGGGAACUCUGGUAGAACUGGCUGUCAAAGCCAUCGGAAACCCGCUGCCGGAUAUCGUCUGGCUGAAAAACAGCGACAUCAUCACCCCUCACAAGCACCCAAACAUCAAGAUUGAAGGAACCAGAGGAGAAGCCAAAUUCCAGAUUCCCUCAGCAGCUGGCUCAGACAGCGCCUGGUACACCGCUACAGCCAUCAACAAGGCCGGCAGAGACACCACCCGCUGCAGAGUCAACGUGGAGGUGGAGUAUUUUGAGCCUGAGCCAGAGAGGAAACUCAUUAUCCCCAAAGGAACCUACAAAGCUAAAGAGAUUGCCCCUCCAGAAGUGGAGCCUCUUCAUCUGCGAUAUGGUCAGGAGCAGUGGGAGGAGGGCGACCUCUACGACAAAGAGAAGCAACAGAAACCACAGUUCAAGAAAAAGCUGACCUCCGUCCGCAUGAAGCGCUUCAGUCCGGCUCAUUUCGAGUGCAGACUGACUCCUAUUGGUGACCCCACCAUGGUGGUGGAGUGGCUGCAUGACGGCAAACCUCUGGCCGCCGCCAACAGGCUGCGCAUGGUCAAUGAAUUUGGCUACUGCAGUCUGGACUAUGAAGUCGCUUACGCCAGAGACAGCGGCGUCAUCACCUGCAGAGCUACCAACAAGUAUGGAGUCGACCAGACCUCGGCCACCCUGAUCGUCAAGGAUGAGAAGGGACUUGUUGAGGAAACUCAGCUCCCUGAAGGCAGGAAGGGAACAUACAGGAUGGAUGAGAUGGAGCGCAUGGCUCAUGAAGGUGGACCAUAUGGAGUCACUGCUGAAGAAGACACUGAGAAAAUGAAGCCAGAUAUUGUCCUUCUCCCUGAACCAGUCAGCGUUUUGGAGGGCGACACAGCACGAUUCCGCUGCAGAGUGACCGGUUAUCCAGCACCGAAGGUCAAUUGGUACCUGAACGGACAACUGAUCCGCAAAAGCAAGAGAUACAGACUUAGAUAUGAUGGUAUUUACUAUCUGGAGAUCAUUGAAAUCAAAUCCUAUGAUGCCGGAGAGGUCAAAGUAGUGGCAGACAACAACCUGGGCUCAGCUGAGCACAUUGUGAAGCUGGAGAUUCAGCAGAAGGAGGACUUCAGGACUCACCUGCGCCGAGCCCCUGAGGCUAAGGCCGCUGAGGCUGCACCUGAACCCGGAAAAACACCUUUUGAGGUGGUGAAGGUGGAGAAACUUGCAGAGGACUCUCAGCUGAAAGAGGUGGUCAAGCUAAAGAAGGCACAGAGGAUUGUCCACGAGAAGGCCACAGAGGAGACGGAGGAGCUGAGGAGCAAGUUCAAACGCAGGACAGAGGAAGGCUACUAUGAGUCCAUCACCGCCGUGGAGCUCAAGUCUCGCAAGAGGGACGACUCCUAUGAAGAUCUGCUGAAGAAGACUAAGGAAGACUUGCUUCAUCAUGCCAAGGAGAAGGAAGAGGCUGAGAAGAAGAAGGAGGAGGAACGCCGCAAAGUCACAGCUAAACCCCUGAAACCAGAGAGAAUCAAGCUGUCAGCCAGCAUGGAAGCACCGAAGAUCCUGGAACGCAUCACCAGCCAGACAGUUGCCCAGGGCGAAGAAGUUAAGUUCAGAGUCAGAGUCAUCGGCAGACCAGACCCGGAGUGCCAAUGGUUCAAGAACGGUGUUCAGCUGGAGAAGUCCGACCGUGUUUACUGGUACUGGCCUGAGGACCAUGUAUGUGAACUGGUGAUCAAAAACGUCGUGGCAGAGGACUCAGCUAGCAUCAUGGUUAAAGCCUCCAGCAAAGCCGGAGAGACUUCCAGCCACGCCUUCCUGCUGGUCCAAGCAAAGCAAGUCAUCACCUUCACACAGAAGCUGGAGGACGUCAAUGCCAAGGAGAAGGACACCAUGGCUACCUUUGAAUGUGAAACCAAUGAGCCUUUUGUGAAGGUCAAAUGGUUGAUGAACAACAUGGAGAUCUUCUCUGGAGACAAAUACAGGAUGCACUCAGACAGAAAGGUCCACUUCCUGUCUGUGCUGGUGAUUGGCAUGAAAGAUGAUGCAGAAUAUUCGUGCGUGGUUGUCGAGGAUGAGAACAUCAGGACGAGUGCUAAGCUUGCUGUUGAAGGAGCUCCUCUGGAGAUCCUGAAGCAGCUGGAGAGCACUGAGGUGCCUGAGACGUACUCUGGAGAGUUUGAAUGUGUCGUGUCUCGUGAGGAUGCUGAAGGCAGCUGGUUCUUUGGAGAGAAGCUGAUUUCUCCAAGCAGUAAAUAUGUCAUAUCUUCCCGCCGUGGAAGACACACCCUGUCUGUGAAAGACGUCAAGAAGGAAGACCAAGGAAAAUACACCUUCAAAGUGGGCGAGUUCAAGACCAGCGCCUCACUGAAGAUGAAGUUGCGUCCGGUGACCCUGAUGCAGCCUUUGACCGACCUGACAGUCUGCGAGGGUGACAUCGCUCAGCUUGAGGUCAAGUUCUCCCAGGAGAAUGUUGAAGGAACCUGGAUGAAGAACGGGCAGCUUGUCACAGCCUCAAACCGUGUGCACAUCGUCAUUGACAAACAAAUCCACAAACUCCUGAUCGAAGAUACCAGCAAGGAUGACUUUGGCAUGUACUCCUUUGUGGUUCCCGCUCAGGAGAUCUCAACCUCUGCUAAGCUGGUCAUUCAGACUAUUGGUAUCCUGAUCCCGCUGAAGGACACCAGUGCCAUUGAGGGCACCAAGGCUGUCCUGGAGGCCAAGAUCUCCGCUCAGGACAUCAGCUCCGUCAAAUGGUACCACAACGACAAACUGAUAACACCCAGCGAACGAAUCCAGACGGUGGCUAAAGGAGCAAAACAGCGCCUGGUCUUCAAUAGGACCUUCGCCUCUGAUGAAGGACACUACAAGCUGGUUGUUGGACGGGUCGACACCACCUGCAAGUUCAGUAUUCAGACCGUCCAGAUUGUGAUGCCAAUGAAGGACAAGGAGUGUUCAGAGUCGGAGAACGUCACCUUCGAGGUUGUGGUGUCUCACCCCGGCAUUGAUGCCUUCUGGACCUUCAAGAGGCAGCCGCUCAAAGCCGGCACCAAUCACAAGAUGGAGUCCAAGAACAAGCACCACACCCUGACGGUUAUGAAUGCAAUGAAGGAUGAAGAGGGCGAGUACAUGUUUGCCGCUGGUGAGAAGAUGUGCACUGCCACACUCACCGUAACAGGUGGCGCCAUCAAGAGACCCCUGCGUGAUCUGGUGGUAGCUGACUCCCAGACCGCCGUACUGGAAUGCGAAGUUGCCAACCCAUCUGCACAAGGCAAGUGGCUGAAGGACGGCCAGCCGAUCGACUACAGCGACAACGUGGUGAGUGAGGUGGACGGCCCCGCGAGACGUCUGGUCAUCGUCAUCACCAAAGGCACCGACAUCGGAGAGUACACCUACCAGGUCGCCACCUCCAAGACCUCCGCCACCCUGAAGGUCGAGGCUGUGAAGGUGAAGAAGACCUUGAAGAACCUGAAUGUAGUCCAGACUCAGGAAGCUGUGUUCAGCCUGGAGCUGACUCACGAGAAUGUGAGGGGAGCGCAGUGGAUCAAGAACGGGAUUGAGAUCCAGCCCAGCGAUAAAUACGAAAUCAGCAUCGAAGGCACGGUCCACACCUUGAAGAUCAAGAACUGUACCACACAGGACGAGUCUGUUUACUCCUUCAAACUGGGAAAGCUGUCAGCAAACGCCAGACUGAAUGUGGAGACCAUCAAGAUCCUGAAGAAGCCAAAGGAUGUGACGUCGUUGCUGGGUGCUACAGCUGUAUUUGAAGUUGGCCUCUCUGAGGACGACAUUCCGGUGAAAUGGAUGUUCAAAAACACCGAGCUGAGGCCCAGUGAGCACUACAGGAUCCUCUCUGAGAAGAAGACCCACAAACUGAUCGUCCAAGACGUGGACAACAGCAAAGAGGGCGAGUACACCGCCAUCGUGGGCCACCUGCAGUGCAGUGCUCGCCUCCUUGUCGAGUCUCUGAGAGUCACCAGACCUCUGAAGAGCGUGGAGGUUCCAGAGACUCAGGUGGCCACGCUGGAGUGUGAAGUGUCUCACUUCAACGUGCUGUCCACCUGGCUGAAAAACGGCGUGGAGAUCGAGAUGAGCGAGAAGUUCAGGAUCGUAGUUCAGGGAAAACUGCACCAGUUGAAGAUCAUGAACACCAGCAGGGAUGACUCUGCAGAGUACACCUUCGUCUGCGGGAACGACCGAGUGUCUGCGACCGUCACCGUCAGCCGUAUUAUGAUCACAACGAUGCUGCAGAAUGUGAACGCUCAGGAAAAAGACACUGUCACGUUUGAGGUGAAUGUCAACUAUGAGAGCAUCACCUACAAAUGGCUGAAGAACGGCGUGGAGAUCCGGUCCACUGACAGAUGCCAGGCUCGCUGCAAACAGCUCACUCACACUCUGAGCAUCAGGAACGUUCACUUUGGAGACAGCGCCGAGUACACCUUCACGGCCGGUUCUGCAGUUACCACAGCCAAGCUCUUCGUUGAGUCUCGCGUGGUUGAAUUCACCAAACAGCUGAAGGACCUGAAGAUCACUGAGAAGAAAAGGGCCACUUUUGAGUGUGAGGUUUCUGAACCGAACAUCCAGGUGAUGUGGAUGAAGGAUGGUCAGGAGCUGGAGAUGUCCGACAGGUACAAAAUGACCUCAGAUAAAUUUGUGCACCGCCUCGUUCUGCCCUCGGUCCGCCUCUCUGACGGUGGUGAAUACACCGCUGUGGCCGGGUCGAGCAUGUCCAAGGGCCAGCUGGGAGUUGAGGGACGAGACGUGAAGAUCUCAGAACCUGCCAGCAGGGACAUCACGGUUGUUGAGAAACAUAGAGCAAACUUUGAGUUUGAGGUGAACGAGGAUGAUGUUGAAGGUCGCUGGAUGAGGAACGGAGUGGAGAUCCAGCUCUCAGUGGAGGAGAGGUUCAGCUACGUCACCAUCAGGAAGCUGCACCGCCUCACCAUUUCCGAGACCUACAGGAGCGACGCUGGCGAGUACACCUUCUUAGCCGGCAAGAACAGGAGCACCAUGAACCUUCAUGUCAGACUGCCGGAGCCUCCUCAGAUUGUCCGCCACAUGCAGCCCCAGACGGCGCUGUCGGGCAGGUCGGUUCGGUUCUCGGCGCAGGUGAGUGGCAUCCCCCUGCCUCAGGUGUCCUGGUAUAAAGACUCCCAGGCUCUGUCCACCAGCUACAAGUGCAAGUUCCUCCACGACGGAGAGGAACAUACGCUGCUGCUGCUGGAGGUCUUCCCCGAAGACGCCGCCAUCUACAGCUGCGAGGCCAAGAACGACUACGGAGAGGCGACAAGCUCCGCCCCUCUCACAGUGGAAGUUCCUGAGGUGGUUGAAGCCGUCCGGAUCUCUCCUCCGGUCCUUAUGAGCCCCAUGCGUGAUGUUCUGGUCUCAGAGGGAAACCAGGCCCAGUUCCAGUGCAGCAUCUCUGGGGAAGAUGUGCAGAUUUCUUGGUUCUGUAAUGACAGAGAGGUCAGGCAGUCAGACAUCUUCAGGAUGUCUCAUUAUGGUGAAACCUGCCAGCUGGACAUUUCCAGAGUCCUCCCGAGCCAUGAAGGAGAGUACUCAUGUGUUGCCACAAACUCGGCAGGAAUGGUCACAUGUGCUGCCUCUCUGAAUAUCGACGAUGAGAAAGCCUUAGCUAGUGUGUCGACCGCUGGGGCUGAGACUAAAGUAAUUCAGAGCCUGGAGGCUCAGACGGAGAGCUUCAGCUCUCUGUUGGUGGGACAAACCUGCCACAGUGUUGAGUUUACUGAGACGGUCUCUGAGAGUUCCUCUGUGUCAUGGAGGACGUUUGAGAUUCAGAUGGAAAGCUCUGAGAGCAGCUUUGAUUUCAAACUCUCGGCCAGCCCCGAGCUGCUAAUGGAAAUGAGCGACGUCCGGGUGAAAAGCGGCGAAAUGGCCGAGUUCAGCUGCUCGUUCAACGGGCAGCCCUUCACCGCCGUGGUCUGGGAUCACAACGGCCAGAACCUGGCGGACACAGAGCGGGUGAGGAGCUCUCAGAGCGGGGCUGUGUUGUCACUGGUUAUCCAGGGUGUUGGUGUGGCGGACCAGGGCCGGUACCGCUGCACCGCCACCAACCAACACGGCCAGAACAGCUGCUCCGCCCAGCUCACUGUUGAAGCUAAAGAAGCGAAUGUCAAAGCAGAAACCCCCAUCCCUACCGAUUCUGUGCGUAAAGUGUCUCAGGCAGACAGGGAGACCCCUAGAGAUCCCCCCGACCAAGACAAGCCAGAGGUGGUGGAGAAGCCAGGGCCAUUGCCUCCAUCUUCCCAGAGACCUCACAGCCUCAUCAGCCAGCUGUACUUCCCCGACGUCCUGCCUCACGACAAGCAACUCUCAGACGGCCCAGAGUUCCUGAUCAAACUCCCCCCUCAGCUUCUGGUCCGAAGCCGAGGCAGCAGCUCCCUGUAUUGCGUUAUGAAGGGGCUCCCCGCUGCGUUUGUCAUUUGGCUUUACAACCGGUUGAAUAUUGAGGAUUCGGUGUCUUACUCUCUGAAACAUGACGGCCCCCUGUGCUGUAGAAAUGUUAAAAUGGGACCCGGACAAGGGGGCUCUUACACUUGCAAAAAUGUGAGCUCAGCCAUCGAUGCUGAGCGCAGCACAGUGACGAAAGUAACUACUGUGGAGGAGGAACCUGUGAUUGAGGUGAAGGAGGAAGUGAAAGUGAAACCUGUGUUCAGGCACAGAAUUGUUCCGGUGGAGAUCAACAUUGGCAGCAUGGCCAAGUUUGACUGUGAGACUGAGGAUGCUCCAAACGUGAGCUUCAAGUGGUUCAAAGAUGGACACCCCAUCAAGGAGGGUGAUAAGUACCGGAUCAUCAGCCGCUUCAGCACCUCCUCCCUGGAGGUCCUGAGCCCAUCCAAGGACGACAGCGGUGAAUACACCUGCAAGGCAUCCAAUCAGCAUGGCAGCGAUGAAUGCUCCGCCUCCCUCAGUGUCACAGAGAAAUGCCCUCCAGUCUUUAUAAGUAGACCUGAGCCUCAGACUGUGUUUGUUGGAAAGAGGGCAGUGAUGCAGUGUGUAAUAACUGGAUCUGCUCCUCUCAGUGUUGUCUGGUUCAAAGACAGCCAGGCUUUGCCCACAGUGCCGACACACUACCAGACCUCUUGUGAAAAGAAUAAGCACACUCUUGAGAUAACCAAGCUGGAGGCAGCUGACCGGGGCCUUUAUGUGUGCAAAGCUUCUAAUAAUGUUGGGACGGCUGAGUGCAGCGCAGAGCUGCGAGUUAUUGAUAAGCCCAACUUUGUGAAGCCCCUUGGUGCUGUCGCUGCCAUGGUCGGAGCUCCUCUGCACCUGGAGUGUCAGGUAGAUGAGGACACUGGAGUCUCCAUCACCUGGACCAGAGACGGUAGAAAAGUCCAUCAGUCUCCCGACUGUAAACUGUCUUUUGAGGAUAAGACAGUCACUCUUGAUAUCCUGAAGACCACACUGAAAGACUGUGGGAACUAUGUGUGUGUGGUGACUAAUGAGGCCGGGAGUGUGUCUUGCUCCACGUCGGUGAAGGUCCAAGAGCCGCCAGUCUUUGUAAAGAGGCUGGAGGUCACCACUGUUUGGAAGCAAGGCAGUGCUGCUCGGCUGCAGUGCAGCGUCAAAGGAUCCCCCGAGCUUCACACCGCCUGGUUCUUCAACAACAGCGAGCUGUCUGCUGGUGGCAGAUACGCCAUCAGUCUGAAAAAUGGCGUCGCCACUCUUGAGAUACAGGAAGUCAUGUUGAGUGAUGGUGGAAGCUACACCUGUGAGGUUCUCAAUGAGUCUGGCUGUGAAAGCUGCAGCAUUAAAGUAACAGUGAAAGAACCUCCAUGUUUCAGGAAGGAGCUAGUCUCUGUAGAGGCGGUCAGAGGAUCGGUAGCUGUGUUGGAGUGUGAGAUUUCAGGGUCUGCACCCUUUGAAGUGACUUGGAAAAAGAAUAAGAAACGGCUGUCAGCAGAUAAGAAGUUCAGAAUAGUCUCACAGGGAUGCCUGAGUUCUCUGGAGAUCCACUCCUUUGAGAGCGCUGAUGUUGGUGAAUACGAAUGUGUCGUAUCAAAUGAGGUUGGGUCAGUAACCUCAAAGUCUGGGGUUAAACAGAAAGAGCCGCCCAUAUUCUCAAAGAGAGUUGAAAGUGCUACAGCAGUGCUGGGAAACACAGUGAAGCUGCAGGGAACCCUGAAAGGCUCAGCUCCCAUAGCCAUCAAAUGGGUGAAAGACUCUGAGCUGCUGAGAGAUGAUGAUCCAAAUGUCAAGAUGAUGUUUGAGAACAACGUUGCCAGCAUCUCCUUCUCCUCUGUUGAGAUGAAACAUGGUGGCAAAUACACCUGCCUGGCUGAAAAUGAGGCGGGGCAGCAGAAAUGCGAAGCUAUGUUAACUAUUCAAGAACCUGCUAGGAUCUUAGAGAAAGCAGCGUCCAUCAGUGUGACUGCAGGAGAUUCGGCCACGCUGCAGUGCACCAUCUCUGGAAGCCCAGAGCUCAAAGUGAAGUGGUUCAAAGACAGCAAGGAGAUGAUCAGUGGCCGUAAAUAUAAGAUGACUCUGAAGGAGAACACGGCCAUUUUAAAGAUCCUCACUGCAGAUAAAGGAGACACUUCAGAGUACAAGAUGGAAGUGUCCAAUGAAGUGGGAAAAGACCAGUGCUCCUGUUCAGUCACAGUCAUAGAUCGAGCAGUUCCACCAUCCUUCACCAAAACUCUGAAGAAGGUGGACGGCAGUGUUGGUAGUAGUGUUACCUUGGAGUGCAGAGUGGCUGGAUCUCAGCCGAUGGUUGUUACCUGGUACAAAGAUGAUAAAGAGAUCCACAGUGAUGACAGAUUAAAGGUUGAUUUCAGUGAGAGUUCAGCCUCUGUGGUGAUAACUGGCCUGGACCAAAGCGAUGGAGGAGUUUAUACAUGUCGGGCCUCCAAUGAUGCCGGCGAAAAAGAAACCAGCGGCACUUUGUCCAUCAAAGAACCUCCAGUCUUCACGGUGAAACCUGAAUCCCAGGACGCCUCACCGGCAUCAAACGUUGUCCUAAAGGCGUCCUUCACUGGAUCAGCUCCACUGGUUGUUAAAUGGUUCAGAGAGGAGAGAGAGAUUUUCACUGGAGGAAAGUGUUUCAUAAAGAAAGACGCCUCUUCGAGCUCUUUGGAGCUCCACUCUGUGAAACCCAGUGAUUCAGCUAAAUACACCUGCCAGGUGUCCAACGAUGCUGGGAAGGUGGACUGUACCACAGUCCUCUUUGUGAAAGAAGCUCCAACAUUUACAAUGAAGCCUGAGCCUUCACAGCUGCUCAGAACUGGACAUCCUCUGAAGCUGUCCUGCAAAGUGCAGGGUUCUCCUGUCAUUAGCGUCGCAUGGUUCAGGAAUGGCUCAGAGAUCGUUUCAGACCGCAGACACUCGAUGUCCUUUGACAGCUCGAUGGCGUCGCUGCAGGUAGAGAGCUGCUCUGUUCAGGAUAGCGGAGAUUAUGUUUGUGUGGCGUCCAGUGAAGCCGGCAGAGACCAGUGCAGCAGCUCGGUGACCGUCAAAGAGUCUCCAGCGUUUACGAGGCCUUUUGAAUCAGCCGAGCUCGUUAAAGGAUCCGACAUUAUCUUGGAAGGAACCGUUUCAGGUUCUGCUCCGUUUGAAAUAAGCUGUUUCCUCAACGAUAAGCUGAUCAGAAAUGACAAAAGACAUAAAGUCAGUGUUGAAAAUGACACGAUCACUCUUCACAUCUUAAACUGUGAGAACGCUGACGCUGGAACGUACCAGUGCACCGUCACUAACGAUGUCGGGGAGACAUCUUGUUCUUACCACAUUUCUCUAAAAGAACCACCGUCAUUUGUUCAGAGACUAGAGGACAUGUCCUGCAUGGUGGGCUCUGAGGUCUCUAUGAGGUGCAUGUUGUCUGGAUCACUGCCCAUGACUUUCUCCUGGAUAAAGGAUGAUCAUGAGCUCACAGAAGAUGAGCAUGUUAAGAUGUCCGCUGAAACCAAGAGUGCCGUGUUGAAUUUGAAAAACGCUCAGUUGUCACACGGCGGGAAGUAUGUGUUUGAGGCCCAGAACAAGGCCGGGACUCAGAGAUGUGCCGCUGUGCUCAUAGUUACAGAGCCUCCUCAGUUUGUCCUGAAAUUGCCUCCUACUACCUUUGUGAAGCAGUGUGAAGGACACCGUUUCGAAUGCCAGGCCUCCAGCGCUUGCAACCUGCAAAUGUGCUGGUACAAAAAUGACCAAAAGAUAGUGGACGGAAACAACUAUAAAAUAAUGUUUGUCGAGUCGACCGCGUACCUCCAGCUGUGCAGCACAAGGUUUGAGGAUAACGGAGUCUACACAUGUGAGGCUCAUAAUGAUGCUGGCAGUGCGAGCUGCAGCACCAUUCUUACAGUCCAAGAGUCCCCAUCCUUUACUAAGACUCCGAACCCAGUGGAGGGCAUUAAAGGGAAAGAUGCCAGUCUGCACUGUGAGAUGUAUGGCACUGCACCUUUCCAGGUUAACUGGUACAAAGACAGAAGACCUCUAAAGGAGAGUAGAAAAUACAAGAUGGUCAGUGUAGGCAGCUCUGCCACGCUUCAUGUCAUGAAGCUGCAGCUGGAUGACGCUGGAGUUUAUGAGUGCAUGGUGUCAAACAAUGUAGGAAGUGAAACCUGCCGCACCACCAUGACUCUCAAAGAACAACCAGCGUUUGUGAAGAAGCUGGCCAACCAGUCGGUGAAAGUCGGUCAGCAACUGACUCUGACCGCCACAGUGAAGGGCUCAGACCUGACAGUGUCCUGGGUUCAGGACAAAGAUCACGUCCUCAGAGAUGGUGACAACAGGAAGAUCACCUUUGAGAACAAUGUGGUGACUCUUGUAGUUCCCAAAGCUGACUCGAACACAGCUGGAAAAUACACCUGCCAGCUGAGGAGUGACUCUGGAGUUGUGGAGUCUGUCUCCCAAGUGACCGUUCUAGAACCUGCUGCUAUCGUGGAUAGCCCAGAGUCCUUGAAUGUGAAAUCAGGAGAAAGUGCAGCUCUUGAGGUAACAGUAUGUGGCUCACCAGAGCUGAAGACUAAGUGGUUCAAGGAUAACAAAGAGCUGUCUGCUGGUGCCAAGUACCAGAUGUCCUUCUCAAAGAAGGUAGCCACUCUGAAGAUUCGGUCUGCAGACAAAGCAGAUGCUGGAGAAUACAAACUAGAGGUUACUAAUCAUGUUGGCACUGCCUUGAGCAAAACUAAGCUCUCUGUCUCAGAUAAGUUGAUUCCACCGAGUUUCAUAAGGAAACUGAGAGACACCCACCUUGUUGUGGGCAAGCCUGGUGAGAUGGAGUGUAAGGUCUCCGGCUCGGCUCCUUUAACAACCUCCUGGUUCCACAACGGCCAGGAGAUCAAGAGCGGGCCGAACUACGACAUUAGCUGCACCGAUAACAACUGCAGACUCAGAGUUCCGUCUAUCAGGAUGUCCGACUCUGGCAAAUACACAUGUAAAGCUGUGAACGCUGCAGGAGCCAGUGAGACAAGCGCUUCGAUGAAUGUAACAGAACCUCCAUCUUUUGUGGAAACACCCGAAGCGAAAGAAACACUGCCUGGCAAAAAUGUGUCGUUCUCGGCGAAAGUGAAAGGCAGCGCCCCCCUGAGGGUAAAAUGGUUCAGGGGACCCAAGGAGAUGCUGCAGGGUCGAGGCUGUGAUAUUUCCCUGAAGGAGGACGUCGCCACUCUGGUGCUGAACCGGGUGGAAACGUCCCACGCAGGCGAAUACACCUGCCAGAUCAUUAACAGUGCAGGGAAGGAAAGCUGCCCAGUUUAUCUGUUUGUGAAAGAACCAGUCCACUUUGUGAAGAAGCUGAGGGACAUUUCCUCUGAAAAGGGUAAACCACUGAGGCUCGAGGUCACAUUUGCUGGAACCCCCAGAGUAAAUGUGACCUGGAAGAAGGACGGUAAACUCAUCUGGGCCUCGUAUCAGUACAAUGUGAUCACAACAGACACCUCCUGCAUCCUGGAGGUUCUGAACUCUGACAGGCUGGAGGCCGCCGGUAGAUACUCUUGCGAAGUAGACAACGGAGUCGGAAGUGACAGAUGCGAAGCACAAGUGUCUAUUCUAGAGCGACCGUACUUUGUUGACAAGAUGGAGCCGGUGGUGGUAACCGUGGGUGACACAGUUACCCUGAAAUGCCAUGUUGCAGGAACUCCUGACAUCUCUGUAGGUUGGUUCAAAACUGACGCGAAGCUGCGCAAGUCCAGCACUUGUUCAACAGACUUUUCAAAUGGUGUUGCCACUCUGAAACUGACAAAAACGACCAAGUUCGAUCACGGUGAAUACGUCUGCCAGGCCGAGAACCGGGUCGGUUCUGCCUCCGCCAGCUGUCACGUAACGGUCAAAGAACCUGUGCGUUUUAUCACGAAGCUGGAGGACACUACUUUCUUAGUCGGUCAGCCGCUGAAGCUGGUGUGCAUGUUCAGCGGGAGCCAGAGGGUUUACGUCACCUGGAAGAAGGACAGCAAGCUGAUCUGGGCCUCCUACAAGUACAACGUUGAAACUACUGAUUCCAGCUGCGUUCUGGAGGUCCUCAACAGCGACAGGCCCGAAGCAGCUGGAACUUACACUUGUGAAAUUUCCAACGACGCUGGAAGCGACGUCUGCCACGCUCGUGUCAGCUUAGAACCACCUCGCUUUGUGAAAAAGCUGGGAGACACAUAUUUCAGACUCCGUGAGCCUUUGGCCCUGAAGUGCAUGUACACUGGUAGCCAGAGAAUGAAUGUGACCUGGAAGAAGGACGGAAAACUCAUCUGGGCGUCGUACAAGUACAACGUCAAGACCACCAAUGACACCUGCAUCUUGGAAGUCCUCAACAGCGACCGAGAAGAAGCUGUUGGAAAAUACACGUGUGAAAUAUCUAAUGCUGGAGGCAGUGAUAUCUGCCACGCUAACAUUAAACUAGAACCUGUUCGCUUCGUGAGAAAACUAAGAAACACCUUCUAUAAAAUCAGCUAUCCUCUGACGCUGGAGUGCAAGUUCACGGGCAGCCAGAGGAUUUAUGUCAGCUGGAUGAAGGACGGUAAACCCAUCUGGGCGUCAUACAAAUACAAUGUCAAAACUACCAACUUCUCCAGCAGCCUGGAGGUCCUCAACAGUGACUGUCGGGAAGCCGUCGGGAAAUAUUCGUGCGAAAUUUCCAACUCUGAGGGCACUGCUAUCUGCCAUGCUAUGGUUAAGAUAGAACCAGUGCGCUUUACAAAGGAGCUGGAAGACACAACUUUCAGGCUCGGCCAGCCGCUGUCGCUGUACUGUGCUUACAGCGCCAGCCCCAGGGUGUAUGUGAGCUGGAGGAAGGACGGGAAGCCGAUCUGGGCCUCCUACAAGUACAACGUCCAGACCACAGAUAACUGCUGUGUCCUGGAGGUCCUGAACAGCGACCGGCUGGAAGCAGCAGGCAGAUACUCCUGUGAGAUCGCUAACUCUGAGAACUCUGCUGUCUGCUCCACUCAGGUCCAACUAGAACCUGUGCACUUCGUGAAACAGCUGGAAGACAUGACCUUUAGGGUUGGCCAGCCUCUGAGGCUUCAGGUCUCGUACACCGGCAGCAAGCAUGUUUAUGUGAGCUGGAGAAAAGAUGGAAAGCCAAUCUGGGCUUCCUAUAAGUACAACGUCAAGACCACGGACAGCUCGUGUGUCUUGGAGGUUCUCAACAGUGACCGGGAAGAAGCUGCUGGCAGAUAUUCCUGUGAAAUGUCCAACGCUAGCAGCUCAGCUGUGUGUCACGCUAAUGUCCGCCUAGAACCAGUGCGCUUCUUGAAAAAGCUUGAAGACACGUCGUACCGUCUGGGCGGUCCUUUAAGUCUGAUGUGCACAUUUACCGGCAGUCAGCGAGUGCACGUGAACUGGACAAAGGAUGGAAAGCCCAUCUGGGCUUCGUAUGAAUAUAACAUGAGGACCAGCAGCUCCUCGUCUGUCCUGGAAGUACUCAAUAGUGACCGAGAGGAAGCAACCGGAGUCUAUUCAUGUCAAGUCUCUAAUGCAGAAGGUUCUGCCGUCUGUGACGCUUAUGUAGUUUGCAAAACCUCUAAGAAAGAACCUGCUCGCUUCAUCAGGAAGCUGGAAAACACCACGUUCAGAGUCGGCCAGCCGCUGACGCUUAGAGUCGCGUUCAUCGGUAGCCAGAGAAUAAACGUGAGCUGGAGGAAGGACGGGAGGCCGAUCUGGGCCUCGUAUCAGUACAAUGUGAAGACCACAGACUGCAGCUGCGUGCUGGAGGUCCUGAACAGCGACCGAGAGGAGGCUCGUGGAAGAUACACUUGUGAAAUUUCCAACGCCGAAGGCUCCGAUAUUUGCCAUGCUUAUGUGAAACUAGAACCCGUUCACUUUGUCAAGAAGCUGGAGGACGUCUUCCAUGAGCUGGGUAAACCCCUGAGGCUGGAGUGCUCUUACAGUGGCAGCCAGAGGGUUUAUGUGACCUGGACGAAGGACGACAAGCUCAUCUGGGCUUCUUACCAGUACAACGUCAAAACCACCGACUCCUCCUGCGUUCUGGAGGUCCUCUACAGCGACAGAGCCAGUGCCGCCGGAAAAUACACUUGUGAAAUUUCCAAUGCGGAGGCAACUGACACCUGUCACGCUCAUGUUAAAAUAGAGCGCAAAGUCCCUCCAAACUUCACCAAGAGGCCCUCUGAGUCCAUGAUGGAUUCAGUGGGUAAGACGGUAAAGAUGGAGGGUCGAGUGUCAGGCUCUCAGCCUCUGACCAUCACCUGGUUCAAGGACAACAGCGAGAUCUUCGCCUCGAACAAAUAUGAGGUCAGCUUCAAGAACAACAUGGCCGUGCUGAGCGUCAGAGACUCCACCCCCUCUGACAGCGGUGUGUACACUUGCGAGGCCUCCAAUGAAGCUGGCAAAGCUUCGUGUCGGGUUUCUCUCAGCGUCUCAGAGUCUGGCCAGGCUCCUAAAUUCGACGUCCCUCUGGAGCCAGUGAUGGUGAGUGAAGGGGAGAAGCUGACCCUGAAAUGCCAUGUCAACGGCUCUCCUCCCCUCAACAUCCAGUGGAUGAAGGACAGGAGGGAGCUGAAGUCCAGUGGAAACACCAGGAUCACAUUUGUCGGUGGAACGGCAUCACUGGAGGUCAGGCCAGUCUCAAAGACAGACGCUGGAGAUUAUCUCUGCAAGGCCAGCAACGCUAGUGGCAGCGACUUCUGCAAGUCCAGGGUCACUGUUAGAGAUAUAGGAGCUAAAGUCGCCCCCACCGAGGCCGCCGCCCCAGCUGCAGCCGUUCCAGUCAAAAGGCUGGACAACCUGUUCUUCAUCGAGGAACCUAAAAAUGUUUCCGUCACAGAGAAGGGCACCGCGACCUUCAUCGCUAAGAUCGGAGGUGACCCGAUCCCUAGCGUGAAGUGGAUGAAGGGCAAGUGGAGGCAGAUCACCCCCGGUGGUCGUAUCGCCAUCGAGCACAAGGGCCAGGAUGCCAAGAUGGAGAUCAGAGAGGUGACGAAGUCCGACGCUGGACUCUACAGGUGUGUUGCCACCAACAAACAUGGAGAGAUUGAGUGCGGUGCUGAGAUCGAGGUCACCAAGAAGGAGGAGGUGGAAGGACUCGGAGACUUAAGGACAAGGCUGAAGAAGACUCCUUCUAAGCAGAAGAGUCCCAAGAAGGAUGAGGAUAUUGAUAUUGUGGAGCUGCUCAGAGGUCACGACCCCAAAGACUAUGAGAGGAUCCUUCGAGAACACAACAUCCAUGACUAUCGAGCCAUCCUGCAGGCCAUUGAGUUCCUGAAGAGGGAGAAGGAGAUGGAGACUGGACGACCAGAGGUGGAACGUGGAGGUCGGGUUGAAGAGGAGGACAUGGUUCGGCUCAUCCAGCAGCUGGAAGGUCGCGUUGGCACAGAGCCCGUCUCGGUGCUGGAGGACAUCACCGACCAGACGACCCCUGAGGCCGAGAGCGCCACUUUCGAGUGCCAGAUCAGGAUCAACUACCCGGAGAUCGCUUUGACGUGGUACAAGGGAACACAGAAACUGGACAACAGUGACAAAUACGACAUCAGCAGCAUCGGCGAACGCCAUUAUCUGAAGAUCAAGAACUGCCAGAGCAAAGAUCAGGGAAACUACCGCGUGGUGUGUGGUCCUCACAUCUCCAACGCCAAACUGACCGUCACAGGAGCUGCUUACCGACCAGACCAAAUUCAGUUCACUAAAUCCAUCCGAAGCAUCGAGGUCAACGAACGCCACUGCGCCACCUUUGAGUGCGAGUUGUCCUUCGACAAUGCCGUCGUCUCGUGGUACAAAGACUCCUGGGAGCUUAAAGAAAGCCCAAAAUAUAACUUCAGGACCGAAGGCCUCCGGCACUUUAUGACGAUCCGCAACGUUACUGCAGAAGAUGAAGGCGUUUACUCGGUGAUCGCUCGUCUGGAGCUGAUGGGAGAAGCUCGAAGCACCGCUGAGCUUUACCUGUCAGGAAAAGAGGUUGGGUUAGGAAGGGUUCCUCAGGAUGUCCCUGAUUCGUCGGUUCGUGUCCCAGAAGCAGCGUCAUUGGUCGUCUGCUCAGAUUCCUCCGAGGAGAGAACUCACGUCGAAGUUUCUCAGAGAGUUGAAGAGGAAACGGUUUCAGUUCGGUUCUUCUCCGUCACAGAAGAGAAAAAGGCCGUUGAGGAGAUUGUUGAACGGACUCAGGUGGAGGUCAGAGAGGAAACUCCUGCAGUUCCUGAGGUUUACAGGACACCAGAGGAGAAACCCUCUGAGGCUGCAGGUCCACCUCCAGCUAAAGUACCAGAAGUAAAGAAGACGGAGGUUUCUGCUGCGGCCCGGAGAGACGAAGCUCCAGCUCCAGAAGAACCCUCAGUACACACAGAACCGGAACCAGAGAUGGUUCCCAUAAAGGUCUCUCCUGAACCUUGCCAACCCAAGCCCCCAACAAAACCAAAAGCGGUUCCUCCAGAGCCCAAAGUGCCUCCUCAGAAACCGACAGAACCUGAGCCCAAAGUGGCCAAAACUAAGCCGGAAUCUGUGGCACCAAGAGUUGAAGCCGCCAAGAAAAUGCCAGAAGCCCCAAAACCGAGAGUACCAGCUGUAGUGAAACCAGUGGAAGCCACAGUUCAGCCAGUCGCUGCCAAGAUCACUCCCCCAAAGACCGAAGAGGUUUUAACUAAAGUACCAGAACCACCAAAACCAGAGGAGCCUAUAACCCGCCCAGCUCCAGCUGUGGUUCCUCCACCGACACCAGAACGUCUUCCAGCUACAGAUGUACCCAGACCAGAACCGGUGGUCCAACCGCCUGCACCUACAGCUGCUGCACCGAAGGCUGAGGCCGUCCCAACUAAAGCUGUCUCAGAACCAAAGACACCUGAACCCCCAAGAAAACCUUUCCUGCUGGCUGGUAAACAUGAGCCAGAAGCACCUGUAACAGAACCAGAAGAGCCAGAGAAGGUUCCAGAAACACCAAAGAAGGUUCUUGGAGAAACGAAGAGGAGAGCUGAGGUGCCGACAAAGGUUCCAGAAGAACCAAAGAAAGUACCACAAGAAAUAAAUAGAAGCCCUGAAGCCCCAAAGAAGGCCCCAGAAGCACCAAAGAAAGUUGUGGAAGAACCAUUAAGGGUUCCAGAAACUCCAAAAAUGGUUCCAGAAACACAGAAGAAGGCACCAGAAACUCAGAAGAAGGUUACAGAAGUACCAAAUAAGGUUGUGGAAGAACCAAAGAGGGUUCCUGAAGAACCAAAGAGGGUUCCAGAAAUUCCACAAAUGAUUCCAGAAACUCCAAAGAAGGUUCUGGAGGUACCACAAGACCUAAAGAAGGCACCAGCAUCACACAAAAUGGUUGCAGAACGACCCGCAGAACCAGAGAAAAGUCCAGAAGAAGCAGCUCCUCAUCGCAGAACACCUACACCUCCACAAGAACUGGAAAAACAAAUUCCUCAGUCUAGAAAACCACAGCAACAAGAAACACAGAAGAAGAAACUGCAGGAAACAACAGCACUAACUAAACCAAAGCUGGAGGCGGGUACGUCCAAAGAUGAGGUUAUUCCUUAUGGACAAGUAGAAGUCCAGUCAAAGUCCAGAGAAGUCGUGCAGCAGAGAGCUUAUCCAGCUCCCCUGAAGGCAGCAGUGGUUGAAGACAGAGACAAGUCUUUUCUGGAGAUGGUUCUUGAAGAAAGGAUUUCUCUCACAGAUCUACACAGGAACGAACAGAAGAAGACGUAUGAAAGAAGAGUGGAGCUCAGAGAGUCGACUGCAAGAGAAGAAAAGACUUUGGAAAGGGAAAUAAAACAAACUGCAAAGGCAGCAGUGGAGGUUUCUACAUGUUUCAGAGAAGAUCAUCAGACAGAAGAUACUGAGCCACUAGAGAAGACUGAACUAACAGAAUAUGAGUCUGAAAAGCUGGAGCACACUGAACCUCAUGAAGAAGAAAAGAAAGAAAUGACUUUGAGCUCUGCUUCUCCACUUCAAAAAGAAACUGUCGUUCCACCAAACGAUGUCACACCUCCACCUGAAGUGAAAGAAGCUUCUCCUGACUCUCAAACCACAUCCAGAACUGAAGCUCUCAAGAAAAUUUACCAAGACAAAAAACUGAAGAAAACUGAAGUUCAAACAGAGCAGAGAGAAGCUACUGAAUCACAUAUUUCAGCGGGUCAUGAAGAAACUAAGGAAGAAACUGUCUCUUCAACAGACCAUCUAGGUAAACCUAAAAUCUCUGCAACAUCUAAAGGAGUUCCUGGACCAAAGAAGCCUGGAGCACCUGAAGAGUUCUCUGUUGAAAAGAAAGUUCCAUUUUCAACGUCCAUUCAACAAGACGUACCGAAAACUCUUCCCACAACCACUGGCUCUGCUCCGAAGAGAGAAGUAAUAUCCCAUCAAAAGAAGGAAGAACUCAUGACAGCUGCAGGAAAAUAUCUUGAAGACACGUUACCUCUGGAUGAACCAGCUUCUGCAUCAGAAGAACCAUCUUGUGAAGAGGAACUUGUCCAAACAUUGAUCUCAGUUUCUUCACCUAAGGAGACAGUCGGUAUGGAGGAAGAAAUUUUACCAACAAAAGAAUCUGUUCUUCCUCCAGAGAGAUCUCCUACUCUUCCCAAAGCAACUGUUGCCCCAACAGAGGAUCUGCCCCCUGAAGAAGUGACCCCCAAAGAACCUAAAGCUGCUCCACCUAAAAAAUCUCAAGUUUCACUGAAGAAGAAACGUCAAACUCCUCAGCAAGAAAUUCUUUCCUCCAAGAAAUCUGCCUCUCCUGCACAAAAAGAAAUGGUCACAGUGGAGGUGGAUUCCUCUGAAGAAGCAACUGAACCUCCACCAACUACACAGCAAGUAAAGAAGGCAUCCUGGGAGCCCCAACAACAAACUCUUGAGAAAGUGUCUCCAUCUCCGGAGAAGAAACCUUCAGCACCAAAGCCUUCACCUCCUGCUGCUCCUGCUCCUGAACCGAAGGUUGCUCCUCCUGCAGUAUCUCCUCCAGAGGAGAAGAAACCAUCUCCACCAGCACCAAAGCCUUCACCUCCAGCUGCUCCUGCACAGAAGGUUGCUCCUCCUGCAGAGGAGAAGAAACCUUCAGCACCGAAGCCUUCAGCUCCUACUGCUCCUGCAGCCAAAGUUGCUCCUCCUGCAGUGUCUCCUCCAGAGGAAAAGAAACCUUCUCCACCAACCACAAAGCUACCAGAGGAAAAGCUAGUUGCUCCUGCAGCUCCAGUUGCACCAGUGAAGAAGGAACUAUCUCCUGCAAUGGAAGAAAUCUCCCGUCCUGAAGACAAAGAACCAGUUUCCGCUCCUGGACCAACUAAAGCACCACCUCUUAAGCAAAAGGUUAAGAUUCCUGUUCAGGAAGCAAAAACACCAGAAUCCCCGAAGCUGAAGAGUAAAUCCACCAGAAUACCCAAAGAAAAAGAACCAGAACCAGAGGUCAUUAAGUUGAAGAAGGUUCCAGUAAAACCUACAGAGCCUGAAAAACAAGUCGUAACUCACAAAGCAGAAGUGGUGAGACAUCAUGAUGCAGAACUGACAGUUCAUGGACUCCAUGACCGAGAAGAUCGAGAGAUUAUAACACUUGGCAGAACUGAACGAGUCUUCACUGCAGAGGAGGAGACCGUUCAGUUAGGCCACUUUGAAGAAGCUGAGAGAGUUUCAGUUGUACAAAAAACAGAGAAUGAAGGUUGGACAAGAACCCCAAAACUGCAAAAAGAGAAGGAACCUGAGGUGCUGGGUGUAGAGAAGAAGAAAAUAACUAAACUACCAAAAGCAGAUGAGCAGAAAGAAUCAGUCAAACUGAAACCAUUUGGAAAAUCAGGGAAAGCAGAAGAAGAACCAGAAAAGAUCCAACUAAAAAAGGUGCUGACGAAGCCCAAAGAGCCUGAGAAGGAAGUCAUAACUCACAAAGUUGAAGUAACAAGGCAUUAUGACACAGAGAUGACUGUUCAGAGGCUUCAUGAUCGGGACGAUAGAGAGAUGAUAACACUUGGCAGAACCGAACGUGUCUUCACUGCAGCAGAAGAGGCAUCUGAACUCGGAGAUGUGGAGGAACCUGAACAGCUGGAUGCAGAAGAUGAAAAAUCAAGGUGGAUAAGAACCCCAAAGGCCCCGAAAGAUGAGGAACCUGAGCCAGAUUUAACCAAAAAGAAAAUAAAGAAAUUGCCAAAGAAAGAUGAGGAGCAGGAAGCAGUGAUACUGAAACCAUUUGACAAACAACAGAAAAAAGAGGUGGCUGAACCUCCAACACCACAGAAAGAAGCUGAGGCCAAGACAGAUACUGAGGAAACUCCAUUCAAGAGAAGUGAAGUUCCACAGAGAGAUCCACCCAGCGCUGCUAUAAAACAAAGGAAGAAUGAAGACGCCCCCCUCAAGAGUCCAGACACAACUCCAGAUGUCAGCAAAGACCAGAAGGUAACCCAACAGAAGAAAAAGGAUGGCCAAGUACCCAAAGACAAGGAAACUGCUGCUGCUGACAAGCUUCGUGGAAAAUCCAGAAUCAUUUCCACACCAGAUCAGGAGGAGGAGCAGGUUGUGUUGAAGCCUUUCGACAAAGUCACCAAGCCUGAAGAAAAGCUAGUAAAACCAUCAGAGGAAUCUAACCCUGUGGAUGCAAAGGUAUCCCCAAGAGAAGAACCUGCCAAAGAGCCAAAGGAGCCGAGGAAACCUGAAAGGACUGAAACACCUAAAGACCAACAUGAGAAACCUCAGGACAAAGAGGCACCAGCUGGUCCAGCCAAGAAGCCCAGUCCUCCAGGCCAGAAAGCAGCAGAGAAACAGCUCCCACAGAAACAAACCAAGGCUGUGAAGAAAGACAUGGAGCCCAGAAAGACUCCUUCACCCAGAGCUGGUAAGGAAAAGGUAGAAGAGGAAAAACCCCCGAAGCCCAUCGAGCAGCUUAAAAAGGUUGAGCUGAAAAAGACUCCAUCACCAAAGCUGAAGGAGGUGGAGAAAAUCCCUGCUGAGAAGAAGCCCAGUGCUGAGAAGGUCAAACAGAUUCCCAAAGCUGCUUCACCAAAAGACACCGCUGAAGCUGUCGCACUCAAAAAGGUCCCUAAGAAGCCAUCGCCAGAGGAGCCAUCAGAGCCGGACAGGCCCAGUAGAGGCCGGAUCCCCCUGACCAAGGAGAUCUCUCCUGGAGCCGUGCAGAUGAAGAGAGUGACCACCCAGCCAGAGGAGGAGGUGUUUGAAGAGGAGGCUGAGGACAUGGAGGGUGAGGAAGAGGAGGCCUGGGGCUGGGAGCUGGGUCCUCCGGAGGACUGGGAGGGUGAAGGGGUUGACGGGGCGCUGGAGACUCCAGGGAUGCCUGGCGCCAAACGAGAUGGAAAACCGUCAGAAGAGCUACCCAAAGGCCGAGGCCGAGGAUUCGGGGCAAGACAAACGCCGUCUCCUGGUGACGGCGGCAGGGGGCGGGGCCUGAGGCCCGGCGGGAAGGGCCCAUCUCCACCGGAAGAGCCCUUCGGAGGAUUCAAGCUCAAAGCCGUCCCUCUGAAGUUCAUCAAGAAGCUCCAGGACAUCGUGCUGACGGAGGCCGAGUCCAUCGGCUCGUCUGCCGUGUUCGAGUGUGAGGUGUCGCCCUCCACCGCCAUCACUUCCUGGAUGAAAGACGGCAGCAACCUGAGGGAAGGCCCCAAACACAAGUUCACCUCAGAUGGAAAAGACCGCAAGUUGAACAUUAUUGAUGUCCAGCUGUCCGAUACCGGUGAAUACACCUGUGUGGCCAAGAACGCUGGAAAGGAGAUAACGUGCACAGCCAAGCUCAUCGUUGAAGAGCUGCCAGUGAAAUGGCUCAAGGAGCUGGAACCAGAGACCUCCUGUAUGAAGGGUCAGCCCAUGUACCUAACUUGUGAGCUCAACAAAGAGAGAGACGUGGUCUGGAAGCGGAAUGGCACUAUCCUCAAGAAAAAGGCCGGAAAAGUGGCCAUUAAUGUCAUUGGCAUGCAGCACGCCGUGACCAUCCAGAACUCCACCGACGAGGACGCUGGCGCCUACACCUGCGAGGUGGACGGACAGGAGGACGUGAAGACGACCACCAACGUUAAAGUGAUCGAAAUCAUCAAAGACUGGCUGGUGAAGCCUCUGAGGGACCAGCAUGUGAAACCGAAGGCAAAGGCCUCCUUCAAGUGUGAGCUGUUUAAAGACACUCCCAACUGGAAAUGGUUCAAAGGAGAGAACGAGCUCACGCCCUCCAACAAGGUGGAGAUCAACAAGGAAGGGAAAGACAUGACGCUCACCAUCAACAACUGCCAGCCAGACGACGUGUCCGACUACACCAUCGAGGUGGAGGACCGCAGAUACACCGCCAAGCUGACGCUGGGAGAGCGUGAGGCUGAGAUCCUGAAGCCGCUCUCCAGUGUGGAGGUGGUGGAGAAGGAGGAGGCCAAGUUUGACACUGAGAUAUCUGAGGAGGACAUAGUCGGGGAAUGGAAGCUGAGAGGACAGGUGCUGACGAGGUCUCCGAGCUGCGACAUUAAAUCUGACGGCAGGAAGCGUUUCCUCUCGCUGAAGAACGUUCAGCUGGACCAGGCCGGAGAGGUUUCCUACCAGGCUCUGAACGCCGUCACCAGCGCCAUGCUCACCGUCAAAGAAAUCGAAAUGGGCUUUGUUGACCACCUGAAAGACGUUUCUGUGCCUGAAAAGAAACAGGCUAAAUUUGAAUGCUCCAUCACCAAGGAUGUGCCAAAGGUGAUGUGGUUCAGGGGGGCGGAGAUCGUCACCCCGAGCCCCAAAUAUGAAAUAAUUGACGACGGAAAGAAACACAUGCUGAUCGUAAACAGCUGUGAGUUUGACGAUGAGGCUCAGUACUCGAUCGAAGUGUUGGGCCAGAAAUCCUCGGCUCGGCUGCUGGUGGAAGGCAUGAGGCUCACGUUUGUGCAGCAGCUUCAGGACCAAACGGUGAAAGAAGGUAACACGGUACGAUUCGAUCUCGAGCUGAGUCACGAGAACGUACCGGUGGUUUGGUACCGGAAUGAAAUGAAGCUCCACGUGAGCCGAACAGUGCUCACAUAUGUGGAAGGAAAGAAACACAGUCUAGAAAUGAGGACGUUGAAUCUAGACGAUACCUGCCAGAUUAAGGCAGAGGCCAAAGGGAUUUACUCCACGGCCAAACUGACGGUCAUAGAGGGCGACGCCAUCUUCGUGGUGAAGCUUCAGGACUACGCAGCCACCGAGAAAGACGAGGUGACGCUGGACUGCGAGCUGAGCAAAGAUGUUCCCGUCGUUUGGUACCACGAGGAGAAGGAGAUCACCUCCUCCAAGAUGGUGGUCAUGAGGUCAGAAGGUCUGCGGAGGUCUCUGGUCCUGAAGAAAGUGGAGCAGAGCGAUAAAGGCAAAUACGUAUGUGAUUGUGGAACAGACAAGACGUCAGCCAGCAUCAACAUUGAAGCUCGUGACAUUAAGGUUGUCCGGCCAAUCUACGGCGUGGAGCUGUUCGACGGAGAGACGGCUCGGUUCGAGGUGGAGAUCUCCGAGGAUGACGUUCACGGACAGUGGAAGCUGAACGGAGAAGUUCUCAGUCCUUCAUCAGACGUGGACAUCAUCGAGGAGGGAGGAAAACACACUCUGAUCCUCUACAACUGCAGGGUGGCGAUGACCGGCGAGGUUUCGUACACCGCCGCCAAUGCCAAAUGUUCUGCCAACCUGAAGGUCAAAGAGCUUCCACUGAACUUCCUCACACCGCUGAACGAUGUCCAGGUGUACGAGAAGGACGAGGCGAGGUUCGAGGUCGAGGUCUCGAGAGCCCCGAAGAUGUUCCGCUGGCUGAAAGGUUCUCAGGAGCUGCAGGGCGACGACAAGUACGAGAUGGUCCAGGAGGGAAAAGUGUACGUUCUGGUGAUCCGAUCGGCCGCCUACGACGACGAAGCGAAGUACAUGUUUGAGGCCGAGGACAAGAGGACGACGGGCAAACUGGUCAUCCAAGGUAUUCGCCUGGAGUUUGCCAAACCAAUCAAGGAUGUGACGGUGAAGGAGCGUGAGACGGCAGAGUUCAGCGUGGAACUUUCCCAUGAUAACAUCCCGGUGGUCUGGUACAAGAACGACGUCCGGCUGCAUCCCAGUAAAGUGGUCCACAUGUCGGAUCAGGGAAAGAUCCACAUGUUGGCCUUCAAGGAGGUCACCAUCGAUGACACCUCCAUGAUCAAAGUGGAGGCCAUGGACAAGACGGUGACGGCCAUGCUCACCGUCAUUGAGGGCGACUUGUACUUCACCACCAAGCUGCAGAACUACACGGCAGUGGAGAAGGACGAGGUGAAGCUGGUCUGUGAGCUGAGCAAAGCCGUCGCCGACGUCAAAUGGUUCAAGGACGGGAAGGAGAUCACCCCGUCCAAGAACAUCGCCAUCAGCACCGACGGCAAAAAGCGCAUCCUGAUGGUGAGGAAGGCGGAGAAAGCCAACAUCGGAGCCUACACCUGCGACUGUGGCUCGGACAAAACCACGGCCGACCUGAACAUCGAAGAACGCGACAUCAAGGUUGUACGUCCGCUCUACAGCGUCGAGGUGACGGAGACGGAAACCGCCAAGUUUGAGACGGAGAUUUCAGAGGAGGAUGUCCACGGAAACUGGAAACUGAAAGGAGAAGCUCUGCACCAGUCUGCAGAUGUGGAGAUUAAAGAAGAAGGAACCCGACACAUGUUGAUCCUCUACAACGUCAGGAUGGACAUGGCCGGAGCCGUUGACUUCUCAGCAGCCAACGCCAAAUCCAACGCUCAGCUCCGAGUCAAAGCUCGGUCCAUCGGUCUGAUGCGUCCUCUGAAGGACGUGACGGUGACAGCCGGAGAGACGGCCACCUUGGAGUGCGAGUUGUCGUACGAAGGCAUCGCUGUUGAUUGGUUCCUGGGAGGACAGAAGAUGGAGGCCAGCGACCGGGUGAAAACUCGGGUGGCAGGUCGAGUUCACGCUUUGACCAUCAGAGACGUGAAGCUGUCGGAGGCCGGUGAGGUCAAACUGGCUGCCAAAGACUUCCAGACCCAGGCUCAGCUCAUCGUCAGAGAGCCUCCGGUGGAGUUCACGAAGCCUCUGGAGGACCAGACGGUGGAGGAGGAGGCCACGGCCACACUGGAGUGUGAAGUUUCCAGAGAGAAUGCUGAGGUUCGCUGGUUCAGGGAAGGACAGGAGAUUAGGAAGACCAAGAAGUAUGAUACGAUAUCUGACGGACGCAAGAGAGCGCUGGUCAUCCACGACUGCUCUCCGGACGAUGCCAAGAUGUACACAUGUGACGCCAAAGAGUUCAAGACCUCCUGCUUCCUGGAGGUUACACCUCCUCAUGUGGAAUUCACGAAGCCUCUGCAGGAUGUAGAGGUCAAAGAGAAGGAAUCUGCCAAGUUUGAAUGUGAAGUGUCUCGUGAGUCUGCAAAGGUUCGCUGGUUCAAGGACGGCAGUGAGAUCAGGAAAGGAAAGAAGUACGAGAUCAUCGCUAAGGGUGUCCAGAGGAUCCUGGUCGUCCACAAGUCAGUGUUUGACGACGAGGCCGAGUACGAAUGUGACGCCAGAACCUCCAAGACCUCCGGCAUGCUCACCGUCAUCGAGGAGGCAGCCAGGUUCACCAAGAAUCUGUCCAAUGUGGAGGGAACGGAGACGGACAGCGUGAAGAUGAUCUGCGAGGUGUCCAAAGCCAGCGCCGAUGUCAUCUGGUACCGAGGAGAUGAGGAGCUGCCGGAGGGCGGCCGCUACGAGCAGGUCGUGGACGGACGCAAGAGGAUCCUGAUCAUCCAGGACCUGAGGAUGGAGGACGCCGGCGAAUACAACUGCAGGCUGAGUGCCAGCGUCAAGACGUCCGCCACCCUCAGACUCAAUGAACUGGCCGCCGAGUUCAUCGCCCGUCCUCAGAACCAGGAAGUGGUGGAGGGCGAGAAGGCCGAGUUCGCCUGCUCUGUCUCCAAAGACACCUACGAGGUGAAAUGGUUCAGAGGUGAUAAGGAGGUGGAAGCUGGAGACAAGUACACCAUCAUCAGUGAGGGAAAGAGGAGGGCUCUUAUUGUGAAAAACUGUGACCGGAAGGAUGAGGGAGGCUACGUCGCCCACAUUGGCAGCGUUAAAGCCUCGGCUGAUCUGUAUGUGAUUGAAAAACUCAGGAUCAUCACGCCGAUUAAAGACACGGAGGUUAAAGAGGGAAGUGAGAUCGUGUUCAACUGUGAGACGAACUCUGAGGGAGCGAAGGCCAAGUGGCUGAAGAACGAGGAGACCAUUUUCGAGAGCGGCAAGUACAUGAUGGCUCAGCGGGACAACGUCUUCUCUCUGAGGAUCAAAGACGCCCAGAAGUCCGACGAGGCCACCUACACCAUCAACCUGACCAAUCAGAGAGGAGAGCAGGCCAAGAGCUCUGCCAGCGCUAAAGUCACAGAGGAGAAGCUGAAGUUCCUGGAUCCCAUCGAGGACAUCGAGACUCAGGAGAAGAAGACCAUCAGUUUCAUCUGUAAGGUGAACCGUCCAGAGGUGACGGUGAGGUGGAUGAAGGCCGGCCAGGAAGUGACACUCAGCAAGCGCAUCGUCUACAGAGUCGACGGCCUCAAACACACCCUGACCAUCAAGGACUGCGUCAUGGACGACGAGGGCGAGUACACCGCCGUGGUCGGAGACGACAAAUGCGCGGCAGAGCUGAUCAUCAGUGAGGCACCGACGGACUUCACAGCGCAGCUCAAAGACCAGACCAUCACCGAGUUCGAGGACGCAGAGUUCACCUGCAAACUGAGCAAAGAGAAGGCCGCGGUGAAGUGGUACCGCAAUGGACGGGAGAUCAGAGAAGGACCGAGAUAUCACAUGGAAAAAGAAGGCAAGACGUGCAGACUGGUCAUCAAGGUGUGCCGACCUGAUGAUGAAUGUGAAUACGCCUGUGGUGUGGAUGAGAGGAGGACCAGAGCCCGGCUCUUUGUUGAAGAGACUCCGGUGGAGAUCGUCAGACCUCCUCAGGACAUGUUUGAACCUCCAGGUUCGGACGUCGUGUUCGAGGUGGAGCUCAACAAGGACCGAGUGGAGGUGAAGUGGAUGAGGAACAACAUGAUCAUCGUCCAGGGAGACAAAUACCAGAUGAUCAGCGAAGGGAAAGUUCACAGACUACAGGUCUGUGAGAUCCGACCCAGAGACCAGGGAGAGUACAGGAUCGUGGCCAAAGACAAGGACGCCCGAGCCAAGCUGGAGCUGGCAGCUGUUCCAAAGAUCAAAACUACCGACCAGAAUCUGGUGACAGAUGCCGGCAAACCCUUCGUCAUGGCUGUGCCCUACGAUGCUUACCCUCGUGCCGAAGCCGAAUGGUUCUUUGAGGGUACCAGUCUGCCCGUCCAGAACAUCGACACCUCCGCCGACAAGACCGAGUACCGCCUGAAGAGUCCCAGCAAGGAGGAUCAGGGUCGCUACAAGGUGGUUAUCAAGAACAAGCAUGGCGAGGGAGAAGCGUUCAUCCACCUGGACGUGAUCGAUGUCCCCGGACCCGUCAAGAACCUGAGAGUGGUUGAUACUGCCGACGGUGAGGUCAGUUUGGCCUGGGAGGAGCCAGAGAGCGACGGCGGCAGCAAGAUCGUCGCCUACGUUGUAGAGAGACGCGACAUGAAGCGUAAAACGUGGACUCUGGCAACAGAUCGAGCUGAUACUCCAGAGUACUGCGUCAGCGGCCUCCAGAAGGACUCCAUGUACCUGUUCAGAGUCUGCGCCCGAAACAGAGUAGGCAGCGGACCCAUUGUCAGCACUGAGGACCCCAUUCAGGCCAAGAACAAGUUUGAUGUUCCCGACGCUCCAGAAAACGUUGCCGUCGCCACCGUGAACAGGUUCGGAGCCACCGUCACCUGGGAGCCUCCCAAGUUUGAUGGCGGCUCUGAGAUCACCACCUAUGUCAUCGAGUUCCGUGAUAGGACAUCUGUGAAGUGGGAGGCAGCCAUGAUCUGCGGCGCCAGCGACCGCUCAGCCUCAUUGAAUGACGUGGUCGAGAACAAGGAGUACAUCUUCAGAGUCCGAGCCGAGAACAAGGCCGGCAUCGGCAGACCCAGCGCCGCCACCAACCCAGUCAAGAUCAUGGAUCCCAUCGAGAGGCCGAGUCCGCCACUGAACUUAAACUUCAGCGAUCAGAUCAAGACGGCGGUCACGUUGACCUGGGAGACACCCGCGAGCAACGGCGGCAGCAUGAUCACCGGCUACAUCAUCGAGAAAUGCGACGACGGAUCCGACAAGUGGCUCCGCUGCAACGCCAGACUGUGUCCUGACCUAUCCUACCGGGUGUCUGGACUGAAACCUGGUCAGAAAUAUCUUUACAGAGUUUGUGCUGAGAACGCCGCCGGUGUCUCCAAUCCAGCCGAACAGCUCGGACUGCUGCUUGCCGAUGACCCUCAUGUCGGACCAACGCUCGACCUGAGCGGCUUCAGGAACGGCCUGGAGGUGAUCGUCCCUCAGCCACUCACCAUCAGAGUCCCCAUCACCGGAUACCCGACUCCUGUUGCCAAAUGGACGUUUGGGGAGAAGGAGCUGACCACCGAGGAUGAACGCAUCUCUAUGAUGACGAAGUCCACCUUCACGGAGCUGACGGUGACGCCAAGCGUCCGUCCAGACAAAGGCAUCUACACCCUGCAGCUGGAGAACGACGUCACGUCCGUGUUCGGAGAGAUUGAAGUCAAUGUCAUCGCAUGCCCCAGCGCUCCUAAAGACUUCAAGGUGGCCGAAGUGACCCGACACCACGUCCACCUGAUGUGGGAGGCUCCAGAGCACGAUGGAGGAAGUCCGGUGACACACUAUCAAAUCGAGAAGAGAGAAGUGUCCCGCAAGACCUGGGCAAAGGUGGCCACAGGCGUCCUGGACUUGGAGCACACAGUGACUGAUGUGAUUGAAGGAAAAGAAUAUCUGUUCAGCGUCACCGCCUGCAACAAAUGUGGACCUGGAGAGCCGGCGUACAUCGACGAACCCGUCAAUGUCUCCUCUCCUGCCACGGUACCUGAUCCUCCCGAGAACCUGAAGUGGCGCGAUAAGUGUGGCAAGAGCAUCUUCCUGUCCUGGGAGCCUCCGAAGUAUGAUGGCGGUGCCCACAUUAAAGGCUACGUGGUGGACAAAUGUCAGCGUGGAACAGACAAGUGGGAGCCCUGUGGUGACCCCAUCCCUGAACUGAAGUUCCAGGUGACCGGCCUGAUCGAGGGCCAGUGGUAUGCCUACAGAGUCAGAGCUUUCAACAAGCUGGGAGCCAGCCGACCCUGCAGGGCCACCGACGAGAUCCAGGCAGUGGACGCUAAAGAACCUCCAGAGAUCCAGCUGGACGUGAAGCUGCUGGCUGGUCUGACAGCCCGAGCUGGUACCAAGAUUGAGCUUCCCGCAGAUGUCAAAGGAAAGCCCGACCCCCGAGUGAAAUGGACCAAAGCUGACCUGGUCCUGCGGGCCAACGACCGCAUCACCAUCGACACCCAGCCGGGACACUCCAAGCUUUCCAUCGGUAGCACCACCAGAGGAGACACUGCUACCUACAUCAUCGAGGCAGUCAACACCUGUGGACGUGCCACCGCCACGAUCGACGUCAACAUCCUCGAUAAACCCGGCCCUCCAGCCGCCUUCGACAUCUCUGAGAUCACCAACGAGUCCUGCUUCCUGGCCUGGAACCCUCCCAGAGACGAUGGCGGCUCGAUCAUCACCAACUACAUCAUCGAGAGUCGUCAGACAGACAAAGAGGAGUGGGUGAAGCUGUCGGCCACAGUGAAACACACCACCUUCAAGGCCUGCAAGCUCACAGCUCUGAAGGAGUACAUCUUCAGGAUCAGCGCUGAGAACCAGUACGGCAUCGGGGAACCUGCGGAACAUGCCCCAAUCAUUGCGAAGUACUCCUUUGAUCCUCCUGGUCCUCCAACUAGGGUGACUCCCUCUGAUGUUGCUAAGGACGCUGUGACUCUGAUCUGGUUCGAGCCAGAUGAAGACGGCGGCAGUCCCAUUACCGGAUACUGGAUUGAGAAGUUCGAUCCAGAAAGUGACAAAUGGAUCAGAUGCAACAAACUGCCCAUCAAGGACACAACCUUCAGGGUAAAGGGACUCCCCACCAAGAAGAAGUACCGCUUCCGUGUUUUGGCUGAAAAUCUGGCUGGACCUGGAAAACCAAGUGCAGAGACUGACCCUGUCCUCAUCAAAGAUCCCAUUGAUCCUCCAUGGGCUCCUGGUAAACCCGUCAUCAGGGACAUCGGCAAGACCACAGCCCUGCUGGCAUGGACCCGACCAGAACAUGAUGGUGGCGCUAAGAUCGAAGGGUACAUCAUUGAGUUCCAGAAGACUGGAAGCGAGGAAUGGAUCCGCAUCGCAGAAGAUGUUCCUCAGACCGAGCACCAGCUGCAAGGUCUCAUGGAGAAGCAGGAGUACUCAUUCAGGGUCAAGGCCGUGAAUAAGGCAGGCGAGAGCGAACCCAGCGAGCCCAGUGACCCCGUCGUCUGCAAGGAGAGACUUUACGUUCCAUCGGCUCCUCAGUGGCUGGAGGUGAGCAACAUCACAAAGAUCAACGCCGAUCUUAAGUGGCAGGCUCCCAGCAGCGAUGGAGGCUCACCCAUCACCAACUACGUAGUGGAGAAGAGGGAUGUGAGGCGAAAGGCCUGGCAGACUGUCGACACCACUGUCAAGGAGCUGAAGUACACGGUGACUCCUCUUAAUGAAGGAUCCCUGUACGUGUUCCGGGUCGCCGCCGAGAAUGCUGUUGGAAUGGGUGAAUUCUGCGAGCUGGAGGAUGCUGUGCUCGCCAAGGACACCUUCACAACUCCUGGACCUCCUUACGCCCUAACGGUGGUCGAGGUCACCAAGAGACAUGUGGAACUGAAAUGGGAACCUCCCAAGAGCCAUGGUGGAAGACCCAUAACUAAGUACGUGAUUGAGAAGAAAGAAAAGAUGGGAACUCGCUGGCUGAAGUGCUGCAAGACUCCAGACAGACAGACUCAGUUCAAGGUGACAGACGUGGACGAGGGGUCAGAGGUGCAGUUCCAGGUCAGAGCCGAGAACGAGGCCGGUGUCGGAGAUCCAAGUGAACCCACCGUGAUCCUCACCAUUGAGGAUCCAACCAGUGCUCCAUCUCCUCCUCUGGAAGUGGCCAUCCCUGAUGCCAGCAGGGAGCACAUCAACAUCACCUGGAAGCCUCCGGCCAAGGACGGUGGCUGCCCUAUCACCGGCUAUCAUGUGGAAGUGGCAGAAGCCCGUCCAGAGCUGAAGUGGCUCAGGGUCAACAACAGGCCCAUCAAGGAGCUUCAGUUCAGGAUCGAUGACGGAAUCAAACCAGAGAAGAAGUACGUCAUCAGGGUCCGUGCCAUCAACUCUGUCGGCAUCGGUGAUCCCUCCGAGAUCUCCGACAAGGUUGCCACCAAGGAUCCCGACUGUGCUCCAACCAUGGAUCUGGAGGCUCAUGAUGUGAUAGUGGUCGAAGGCGAGAAGCUGCACCUGAACAUCCCUUACAGGGCUAUCCCGACACCAAAGAUGGUUUGGCAAAAGGACACGGUGGAGUGUAAGGCCAACGACCGGCUCUCCAUGACCGUUGAGAUGAACAGUGCUCAUUUGGAGCUGCUGAAGUGCACACGUACCGAUGCUGGUGCCUAUGCCAUCACUCUGGAGAACAGUCUAGGAACCGCCACUGGCACCGUCAAUGUCAAAGUCAUCGGACUUCCUGGUCAGUGUAAAGACAUCACCUCCAGCGACGUCACAAAGAACUCCUGCAAGAUCAGCUGGGAAGCCCCAGAGGAUGACGGCGGCACUCCCAUCGUCAGCUACACCUUGGAGCGUCGCGAGGCGUCCAAGAAGACCUACAUGCCUGUUAUGUCAGGAGAGAACGUCCUGACCUCCACUGUCAAAGACCUUUACGUUAACUGCGAGUACUACUUCAGGGUAAAGGCUAUCAACAAAGUGGGAGCAGGAGAAUACCUGGAGCUGCGCAACCCGGUCAUCACAGAGGAGGUCAAACAGAAACCAGACCCACCCAUCCAGGUGGAGGCUUGUGACCCAACAUCCAAGUCCAUUACUGUCACCUGGAAGGCCCCAGACUACGAUGGUGGCUGUCCCAUUCAGGGCUACAUCGUGGAAAAGAUCGAGAAGGAUGGCGACCGCUUCGAGAAGGUCACCCCAAGCCUGGUGCCUGGUUUCACCUAUGUGGUGACUGGCCUGAAAGAGGACAUGGAGUACCAGUUCAGAGUCCGAGCUGAGAAUGCCGCCGGAGUCAGUGAGCCAUCACGCAGCAGUCAGCCCAUGAGGGCUGCAGACCCUGUUGAAAAACCAAAGGUCACACUGCACCCCCGUGUGCAAUCCGGUUUGUGCAUCAAGAAAGGUGAGGAGAUCCGCAUUGACGCAUUCAUCUCUGGCUCACCGUACCCCAAAAUCACCUGGCUGAGGAAUGAUGAGGAUGUCACCAAAGAGCCAACCAAGAAGAUCAUUCCUGUUGUCAAGAAGAAGAAGACCAAGGCCAAGGUUCCAGAACCAGAGGAGGAGUUUGUGACUCCUCUGCGUGAGCGUAUGGGUAUGGACCAGACCAAGAAGGGCCAGUCUGCGCUGAUGGUCCGCGAUGCUGUCAGAGUCGACCACGGCAACUUUACCAUUAAGGUGGAGAACACUCACGGUGUUGCCACUGCCACCUGCUAUGUCAAUGUCAUGGACAAACCUGGCCCUCCGAUCAACUUCACCUUCGACGAGAUCAGGAACACAUCGGUCGUCUGUAACUGGGAGCCUCCAGAGGAUGACGGUGGCAGCGAGAUCCUGAACUAUAUCCUGGAGAAGAAGGACAACAAGAACGAUGAGAUUGGCUGGAUCACCAUCACCUCCACCCUGAAGGGCACCAGCUUCCCCGUCACCAAGCUCAUCGAGGGGAAGGAGUACAUCUUCAGAGUCACAGCCGAAAACAAGUUUGGCUGCGGCUUGCCAUGCAUCUCCGAGCCUCUCGUUGCCAAGAACCAAUUCAAUCCUCCUGACGCUCCCAACACCCCCAGAGUCCAUGAGGUGACGGCGAGCACCGCCCACAUCUCCUGGCACGAGCCAAAGGACAACGGCAGCCCCAUCCUGGGCUACUGGAUCGAGAGGAAGGAGGUGAACAGCAAACACUGGACCCGAGUCAACCGAGCCUUCCUUAACUCUCUGGAGGUGAAGGUCACCGGCCUGAUGGAGGGACUCACCUACAUCUUUAGAGUGUGUGCCGAGAACUUGGCCGGCCCCGGGCCCUUCAGCGAGCCCACCGACCGCAUUGUCACCAUGGAUGCCAUCCUGCCUCCUGGUCCUCCCACUCCAUGGAUCGUGGACACUGGAAAGGACUUUGUCAUUGUGGCCUGGAAGCCCCCGCUGUUCAACGGUGGAGGAGACAUUCUGGGUUACCAUCUUGAGAAGGUUUUGGUUGGAGAGAAAGACUGGACUCGCAGCACAGAGUUCAGGUGUAAGGAGCUGACGUACACCGUGACCGGACUGACCGAGGGAGCAGACUAUUACAUCAGGGUCCUCGCCAUCAAUGAUGCAGGUCCUGGAGCUCCUGGAGUUACUGAACCUGUCACUGUCAAAGAGCCUCAAGAAACUCCCGCUGUGGAUUUCGACAGUUCUGUGAAGAACGGUGUCUUGAUCAAGGCCGGCGAGUCUCUGAGGCUUCCCGCCGUGGUGACCGGCCGACCCCAGCCGGAGGUUAAAUGGGCCAAAGAUGAAGCCGACAUCGACAAAGAGAGGAUGAUUGUGGAGACGGAGGGCAAGAACAGCACACUGUUCAUCAAAAAGGCAGUGAGGGCGGAUCAUGGAAAGUACCAGAUCACCGGCACCAACAGCAGCGGCACCAAGACUGCCGAGACCAGAGUGGACGUUAUGGAUGUCCCUGGACCGGUUGUUGACCUGAAGACGGUCUUGGUGACCAAGAAGAACAUCACCCUUACUUGGUCUGACCCCGUGGACAACGGUGGCAGCGACAUUAUCGGCUAUGAGGUGCUGAGGAAGGAUGCCAAAAUGAAACUCUUCCGCCAGCCCAUCGAGACAGCAUCCUGCAAGUGCGACGUCCAAGGCCUGCUGGUUGGUGAGGAGUAUGACUUCAGGGUCAUUGCCAGGAACAAGUAUGGUGAUGGAGUUCCUGCUGACCUGGGCCCCAUUUUGGCUGAGGAUCCCAAAGGUACUCCAUCUGCUCCCGAGAAGCUGCAUUACACUGACAGAAGCAAGACCACCAUCACUCUGGCCUGGCAGCCUCCUCGCACCGACGGCGGAAGCCCCAUCAGAGGUUACUAUGUGGAGAAGAUGAGGUCUGAUGGCAAUGAGUUUGAAGUGGCCAACCGCAAGAUCUUCACCGAGUGCUGUGGAACUAUUGAGAACCUUUCGGAGAACCAGGAAUACCAGUUCCGCGUCAAAGCAGUGAAUGAGGUCGGGGAUGGAGAGCCAUCCAAACCAAUCACCGCAAAGAUCCAGGACGAUGAGAUUGCUCCAGUUAUCACAAUUCUGAAGUUCUUCAAGAGCAAUGCCAUCAUUGUGAGGAAAGGUGCAGCAAUUGACAUCCCUGCAGAGGUGAGAGGUCUUCCUCUGCCAACGCUGCAGUGGAUGAAGGAUGACGUGGUAAACGAGAAGCCUGAUGAGGAGAAGAUGACGAUGGAGACAGAGGAGGUGAACCGGACGACAAUGAAGACAAAGAUCGCCAUCCCAGAAACCAUCAGGCAGGACAAAGGCAACUACAAGCUGGUGGCUGAAAACUGCUACGGCAAAGCUCAGCAUGUGAUCCGAGUCGAGAUCCUUGACCGUCCUCUUCCUCCGCGGAACAUCGUGGUCUCAGACAUCAAGUCGGAUUCGUGCUACCUGACCUGGGAUGCUCCGGAAGACAACGGAGGCAGUGAGAUCACCAACUACAUCGUAGAGCGCAGAGACGCCAGCAAGAAGAAGUCCGACUUCGAUGUUCUGACCAUCAACCUCAUUGACAGGAGAUACGGGGUCUACAAACUGGACUUGAAUGGUUCCUACCAGUUCAGGAUCAAAGCUGAAAACAAGUAUGGUGUCAGCGACGGCUGCGACUCAGAGAAAGUCCAGUUGAGGGAUCCAUUCGGCCUCCCUGGACCUCCACGUAACCCCAAAAUCAUCGCCACCACAGCCACCACCAUGACCCUGACCUGGGACCCCCCAUUGGACAACGGCGGCUCCACCAUCCAGGGCUACUGGCUGGAGAAGAGGGAGCGCGGUGCCGUGUACUGGGGUCGCGUCAACCGAGCUCCAGUCACCAAACCGGCGGUGAAGGGCCUGCAGUACACCGUGCUGAGGCUCAUCGAAGGAACAGAGUACCAGUUCAGGAUCGCAGCCUGCAACGCCGCAGGAGUCGGACCACCCAGCGAGGCCUCCGAGUGCCGCUUCACCAUGGACCCCUGCAGCCCCCCCAGCCCACCCGGAGCCCCCGAGGUUAAAGACAAGACCAAGAGCAGCAUCACUCUCAGCUGGAGCCCACCGGACAGAGAUGGCGGCAGCCCGAUCAAAGGUUACAUCAUUGAGGUUCACGAGGAGGGCUCUCCUGAUUGGAGGAGGGUGAAUCCUGCCGACAAGCUCCACCCAUCCACCGAAAUCACCAUACCUGACCUGAAGGAGGGGAAGAAGUGCAAGUUCAGGAUCUAUGCCGUGAACGCCGGAGGCAACUCAGAACCUGCAAAGACAGCUGACAUUCUGGUGCAAGACAUCCUGAUUGAGCCAACUGUGACUCUGGACGUUAGUGCUCACGACCUGCUGAACUGCAGAGCCGGAACAAACAUCAGGAUUCCUGCCACCAUCACCGGACGGCCUGUUCCCAAAGUCACGUGGACCUUCGACGGAACUGCCGAGACCGAGAAGAAGAACGAACUUCACACACUGCCUGUCGACUCCGAGAUCCACUCCACCGACACGACUUCUGUGGUUGUGAUCCCGGAGAGCAAACUGAACCACAGCGGCCGAUACAUCAUCAAUGCAGAGAGUCCCGCUGGACACAAAGUGGUCAAAGUCAGAGUCAACGUGCUCGACCUACCUGGACCUGUCAGAGACUUGAAGGUGAGCGACGUGACAAGAGGCACCUGCAGACUCACCUGGAAGCCUCCAGAGUGUGACGGAGGAGAGAGAGUGAAGAGCUACUUCCUCGAGAAGAAGACGGUUAUGGGCAAAGCCUGGACCAAAGUGAACCCAGCAUGCACUGCUCAGUCUCUGGUGGUUCCAGACCUGAUCGAUGGAGAGGAGUACCUGUUCCGUAUCCGUGCUGAGAACCGUUUCGGGUUUGGCCCGUACACCGAGACCGUCGAGGGUUCUAAAGCAAGAGAUCCCAUCCAUCCUCCCGAUCCACCAACGAGGUUGAAGAUCCAGAGCGUCAGGAAGGGCACAGUGACUCUGACCUGGAAGGCUCCAAAGAACGAUGGCGGUUCCCCCGUCACCCACUACAGCGUUGACUUGCUCUGCUGGGACGCCAGCGGCACCCAGAAGGAGUCAUGGAGGAGGUGUAACAGGAGAGACGUGGACACCACCAGCUUCAAGGUGGAGGAUCUGACAGAGGGAGACGAGUACGAGUUCAGAGUGGUGGCUUACAAUGACGCUGGAGCCAGCCGACCUUCAACCACUGCCGGACCCAUCCUCAUCCAGGACCAGACCUGCGCUCCGUCCAUCGAGCUCAAGGAGUUCAUGGAGGUCGAGCAGGGCUCCGACAUCAGCAUCGUGGCCAAGCUCCGCGGAUGUCCCUUCCCCACGCUCACCUGGUACAAGGCUCCGCCCCACAAGUCUGACGACAAGGUGGAGGUUCAAUACGACGAGAACAUCAACAAGAUCGUGUCGGACGACAGCUGCACACUGCUCAUCCAGCAGGGCAAACGUCCCGACACCGGCCUGUACACGCUGGUGGCCUCCAACAGCCUCGGCAAGGCCACCAAAGAGAUGAGGCUCAACGUGCUUGGCCGUCCUGGUCCUCCUUCUGCUCCCAUCAAGUUUGAGGAGAUCGGAGCAGAGAAGAUCACGAUCUCCUGGCUGCCGCCGAAGGAUGACGGUGGCUCCAAAGUCACAAACUAUGUCAUCUGGAGGAGGGUAGCCAACAGGAAGACCUGGGUGCCUGUAACCAAUGAGCCCAAAGAUCGCAUCUGGACCGUGGAGAACCUGAUGGAAGGACACGAGUACGUGUUCCGCAUCAUGGCGCAGAACAAGUACGGAGUCGGAGAGCCACUGGACAGCGAACCAGAGGUCGCUCGAAACCUUUACACCGUACCCGGUCAGUGUGAGAAGCCAACAGUCACCAACGUUACCAUGGACUCCAUGACCCUCAACUGGGAGGAGCCUGAGGAUGAUGGCGGCACACCAAUCACCGGCUACUGGCUAGAGCGCAAAGAGACAACGGGAAAACGCUGGACCCGUGUCACCCGUGACCCCAUCCGUCCCAUGGGAAUGGGCGAGUCAUUCGUGGUAAGCGGGCUCAUCGAGGGCUCCCAGUACUUGUUCAGAGUCUGCGCCAUCAACGCCGCUGGUCCUGGACUCAGCAGCCCACCCACAGAUCCCAUCUUCGCCAGGGACCCCAUCUCUCCACCGUCUCCUCCUACUCCAAAGAUUUCUGAUUGGACGAAGUCCACGGUGGAUCUUGAGUGGAUCCCUCCACUGAAGGACGGAGGCUCCAAGAUCCUUGGCUACUGGGUGGAGUAUAAAGAGGAGGGCACAGAGGCCUGGAUCAAAGCCAAGGACACCGAAAUUCGAGGCACUCGUUUGGUGAUUGCUGGUCUAAAGACUGGUGGUCAGUACAGGUUCAGGGUGAUUGCCUUCAAUGCUGCCGGUAAUGGUGAGCCUGGCGAAGUCCCAGAGGUGCUCGAGGUCAAUGACAGAACAAUUGCGCCUGAAGUUGAUCUGGAUGCCUCUGUGAAGGAGAGAAUGGUGGUCCAUGCUGGCGGUGUGAUCCGCAUCAUCGCCUAUGUGUCUGGUCAACCGGCCCCAGACAUCACCUGGAGCAGAGAUGGGGCAGCACUGCCUCCUGAGGCUAAAGUGGAAACGACAGCCAUCAGCUCGUCUCUGGUCAUCAAAAACUGCAUCAGGAGACACCUUGGAGUCUACACUCUGACCGCCAAGAAUGCUGGAGGGGAGAAGACGAAGAAUGUCACCGUUGAAGUUCUCGAUGUCCCUGGGCCUGUAGGCAUCCCCCUCAUUGCAGAGAACCUCACCAUCGACUCCUGCAAGCUCAACUGGUUCUUCCCUGAGAACGAUGGCGGCUCUCCCAUCAGCAACUACAUUAUUGAGAAGCGUGAAGCUGAACGCAAGGCCUGGACCUCGCUCUCCUUCACUGCCAGCAGGCAGAAUGCUGUGGCUCAUGGCCUUACUCCUGGAAAGUCCUACUUCUUCAGAGUGGCUGCUGAAAAUGCUAUUGGUAUUGGACCCUUUGUGGAAACUGCAGCUGAGAUCAUGAUCAAGGAACCAAUCGGUGUACCAGACCGUCCAGAGGAGCUCGAGGUCACCAAGGUCACCAAGGAUUUGAUCAGUGUCACCUGGAAGGCACCCAAGUUUGAUGGUGGCUCUGAGAUUACAAUGUACAUCCUGGAGGCACGCAUGAUUGGCAAAGACAAGUUCACCAGGCUGACAAAGGAGAAGCUGAUGGAGAGGAAGUACACCUAUGAUGGCCUUAGGGAGGGUGACACCUAUGAGUUCAGGGUCAUUGCUGUCAACGAGGUUGGACCCAGCAAACCAUCAUUCUGCACCAAACCAAUCACCUGCAAGGAUGAGCUGGAGCCACCUACCAUCGAGCUGGACUUCCGUGAUAAGAUCAUCAUUCGUGUGGGAGAGAGCUGCCUGCUGCAGGGCCGCUACACUGGCAAACCCUGUCCAUCCAUCGUUUGGUACCGAGACGACGAGGAGCUUAAGGCCGACAAACACAUCAUGUUCAAGAACACGCUGACCACCAUGUCGCUGGGCCUGAUGAAGGCUGAGCGCGAGCACAGCGGCAGAUACGUGGUGGUUGUGGAGAACAGCACUGGAUCCAGGAAGGGUGUCUGCAAUGUCACGGUUGUAGACCGCCCGACUCCUCCUGUUGGCCCUGUAGUGUUUGAGGAGGUGCACAGGGAGUACAUGGUAAUCUCCUGGAAGCCUCCUUUGGACAGUGGUGGCGUGGACGUCUCCAACUACAUCAUCGAGAAGAGAGAUGUUAAUAGAGACAUGUGGACCACAGUAACAUCUGCCACAACCAAGACCACCUGCAAGAUUCCCAAGCUGACAGAGGGCAGGGAGUACAUCAUGAGGAUCUCUGCUGAGAACAUGUACGGCAUCAGUGACCCUCUGGAGUCUGAGGAGAUGCGAGCCAAAGAUCUCUUCAGAGUCCCCGAGGCCCCUGAGAUACCAAAUGUCAGGGAGGUGUACGCCACCAAUGCUCUGGUGCUGUGGACUCGGCCCCGUGAUGGCGGGAAGCCCAUCACUAACUAUAUCCUGGAGAAGAAGGAGACUGGAGCCAAGAGGUGGUCCAGAGCCACCAGAGACCCACUGUACCCAGCCACUCAGUUCCGAGUCCAGGACUUGGUAGAGGGCUGCGAGUACGAGUUCAGAGUGAUGGCUGAGAAUGAACUGGGAACUGGAGAUCCUAGUGUCCCCUCCAAACCCAUCCUUGCCAAAGAUCCCAUUGUGCGGCCCAGCCCUCCAGUAACUCCUGAGGCCUACGAUAAGACCAAGGACUCCAUCAGCCUGAAGUGGCAGAUGCCUCGCCAUGAUGGAAAAGGCAGAAUCUUUGGUUACAUAGUUGAGUACCAGAAGCCCGGAGCUGUGGAAUGGACUCAGGCCAACGAAACCCCAGAGCAGUGCCCUGAUCUCCAUUAUGUGGUGACGGGCCUGGCUGAUGGACAGGAGUACAACUUCAGGAUCUUUACCGUCAACGCUGCUGGCAGAUCUGACCCAUCCUACGUCAAACAGACCAUCAAAGUGCACGACAGACUUGAGGAGCCAGAGUUGCUGCUGGAUGCCAACAUGUCUCGUGACCACCUGGCUAUGCUGGGCACUGACAUCACACUGAGUGCGACCAUUAAGGGUGUGCCAACUCCCACUGUCAGCUGGAAGAAGAACGACGGAGAUGUUCCUUCCCACAUCACUGUUGCCGUUACCGCCUCUGGCAGCAAGGUCUUCAUCCCCAAGUGCGUCCGUGCAGACUCUGGCAAUUAUACCCUCACUGUGGAGAAUGCUGCUGGAAAGAAAUCAGCAACUGUUGCUGUGCUUGUGUUAAACAAGCCCUCUCCUCCCAGAGACUUGGUAAUCUCUGAGGUGACCAGCGAGUCUGCCUACCUGACCUGGAAGGUUCCAGAAGAUAAUGGUGGAGCCGUCAUCUCACACUAUGUUGUGCAGAAGAAGGAUGUCGCAGCUGAGCAGUGGGUGCCUGUCGCUCCAGCCAAUAAGAAGCUGAGUCUGAUGGCCAUGUACCUGAUGGAGGGAAUUCAGUACCUGUUCAGGGUGGCUGCUGAGAACCAGUUUGGCAGGAGCGACUUUGUUAUGACCAAGACACCCGUCAAGGCUAUCGAUCCUCUCUAUCCUCCCGGCCCACCCAAGAACCUGCACCAUACUGAUGCAGAAAAGACAGAGGUGUGGUUGGCGUGGGAAUGGCCUGACCGCACCGGAGGAAGUGAAAUUACCGGCUUCAUCGUGGAGCACCAGGAAGAGGGACAGACUGACUGGGUCACCUUCAAGACCGUGAGCAAUAGCCACAGCCACGUCACAGGCCUUGUUGAGGGCAAGACUUACCGCUUCAGGGUCAAAGCUCAGAAUGCUAUCGGUGUAAGUCGUCCUGACACCAGCGUUCCCAUCACGUGCCAGGAGAAGACAUUGCCACCUACUAUCGAAGUUGAUGUGAAGCUUAUUGAAGGUCUCAUUGUCAAAGCUGGCAGCCCAAUUGCUCUUCCAGCCAAGAUGACAGGCAUCCCCCUUCCCACUGCCAAAUGGAUGAGCGAAGGCAAGGAGCUCGCAUCAGAGGGCCGUUAUCAUAUUGAGACUGCUGGAUCCACGACCAUCCUCAGUAUCCCUGAGAGCCAGAGAGGAGACACUGGAGAGUACAUCCUCACUGUGUCCAAUCCUGCAGGCAGCAAGACCGUUGCUCUUCAUGUCACUGUGUUGGAUCUUCCAGGUCCGCCCAUUGGACCUAUCAAUAUCUUGGAGGUCACCCCUGAUCACAUGAUGAUCCAAUGGAGGGCACCUAAGGAUGAUGGUGGCACGCCCCUCACCAACUAUGUGGUGGAGAAGAAGGAUGUGAAGAAGCCGUGGGAGCCCUGGUCUGUUGUGAGUUCCAGUGGCACCAGUACCAAGGCUAAGGUGUCCAGACUGGAGAAGGGCCGCGAAUACAUUGUCCGUGUUCGUGCAGAGAACAAGAUUGGCAUUGGUGCCGGGCUGGAGAGUCCUCCAACUAUUGCCAAACACAUGUUCAACCCUCCUGGUCCACCAGGCCCGCCUGAGUGUUCAGAUAUCACAGAAAAUGCUGUAACAGUGGAAUGGGCCUUGCCUGAGUACGACGGAGGAAGUCCUAUUAGUGGCUAUGUGAUUGAGCGCAGAGAAAUGACCGGAAAGUGGAUUCGGGUCAACAAAACUCCUGUACUGGACCUUAGAUACAGAGUCUCUGGCUUGUUUGAAGGCAAUACCUAUGAGUUCAGAGUGUUUGCUGAAAACAUUGCUGGCAUCAGCGAGCCUUCUCUCACCUCCGACCCCAUUAAGGCCACUCGUGCCAUCACCAAACCAGGACCUCCAGGCAAUCUAAAGCUGAAGGACUGGAGUAAGUCGUAUGCUGACAUUUGCUGGACCAAGCCUACCAGAGACGGAGGCAGUCCCAUUCUAGGCUAUGUCGUGGAAGCUCAAAAGUCAGGAACUGCUCAGUGGGACAAAAUCAACAAAGACCUCAUCAAGAUGUGUGCCUACAGAGUGCCAGGCCUCAUUGAAGGACUGGAGUAUAGAAUACGCGUCAGAGCCACCAAUAAGGUCGGAGACAGUGAACCCAGGGAGCUGGCUGAGACCAUCUUGGCAAAGGACAUCCUGGUGCCACCUGAAGUUGUUGUGGAUGUGUCCUGCCGUGACUCUCUGACAGUCAGGGCUGGUCAGAUCAUCAGUCUGAUUACUAGAGUGAAAGGCAGACCAGAUCCAGAGAUCACAUGGUCCAAGGAUGCCAGAGCCUUGUCCCGGGACAAGCGCACAGAGAUUAACAACAACUACCCUCUGUGUGAGCUUGUCAUCAAUGAUGCAGUCAGGUCAGACUACGGUAAAUAUGCCAUUGUUGCCAAGAACAGCAGUGGGCAGGCGCAGGCUACUAUUAUUGUCAAUGUCCUGGACACACCAGGAGCCUGCCAGAACCUUAAAGUAGCCUAUGUGACCAAAAAUUCCUGCAUGGUAUCCUGGGAGAACCCUGAGGACAACGGAGGUACUGAGAUCACUCAAUACAUUGUGGAGUGCCGUCAACCAAGCCAGAGAGGAUGGACAGUGGUGUCCAGUGACUGCACAAAGCGUCUGAUGAAGGCUCCUCUCACUGAGGGCUGCGAGUACUUCUUCCGUGUAAGCGCUGAAAAUAAGAUUGGUGCCGGUCCACCCAAUGAGACCAAGGCACCAGUGCUGGCAGUUGAUCCCAUUGAGAAGCCUGGCGAACCAAUUGACUUCCAGAUAUCUGAGAUUGGCAAGACCUUCUGCUUCCUCAAGUGGAAGAAGCCAGACUAUGAUGGUGGCAGUCGUAACCUGGCUUAUCAUGUUGAAAAGAAACCAAAGGAAGCUGAGGAGUGGGAGAGGAUUCACAAGGGAGCCAUCAAGGAGACCUACUUCAUGGCUGACAGUUGCAUUGAAAACCAGAUAUAUCAGUUCAGAGUUCAGACAAAGAAUGAGGGAGGUGAGAGCAACUGGGUUACCACUGCUGAAGUCCUGGUUAAGGAACAGCUGGUGGAGCCUGAGAUCAAGAUUCAACUGGAUGGAACCCUUGUGGUGAAGGCAGGAGAUUCCAUUCCUAUUGAGGCAACAGUGAAGGGCAAACCCCAGCCUGAUGUCAAAUGGACCAAGGAUGAGGGCACAGCAGAGAUCAGAAAGGGCCCUAGGCUUCAGAUUGAAACUGGUGCAGACUUCUCUAAGCUGCUUGUUACCGGUGCCAGACGGACUGACAGCGGUAAAUAUGUUGUUACUGCCUCAAACAGUGCAGGAACUUGCUCUGCUCACGCUAAGGUCAACGUUCUGGAUAGACCCGGCCCCAUCAGGGAUCUUAAGGUGUCUGGUAUCACCACUGACAGAUGCAUUCUGACCUGGGAAAUCCCAGAGGACGAUGGUGGCUGUGAUAUUUACAACUACAUUAUUGAGAAGUGUGAGACCAAGAGGGGAGUCUGGUCGGUCCACUCCAAUGCUGUCAUCACCAACAAAGCUAAUGUCACCCGUCUGAUUGAGGGUAAUGAGUAUAUCUUCAGAGUCCGAGCUGAGAAUAAGAUGGGUCCUGGACCUGCAGUACAAAGUGAGGCCAUUGUUGCUGGCACCCAGUUCAGCGUACCUGAUGCUCCCGAAGCACCAGAAGUCACCAAGAUUGGCAAGGAGGAGAUGACUGUUCAGUGGUCAGAGCCAGAAAAAGAUGGUGGAAAGCCCAUCACAGGAUAUCUGCUGGAAAAGAGAGAAGAACACGCCGUCAGGUGGUCCCCUGUCAACAAAGAUCCGAUCCCUUCAACUCAUUUCACAGUUACUGGAUUGCUGCCCCUCCAUGACUACCAGUACAGAGUCAAGGCCGUGAAUGAAAUUGGCACUGGCAGCCCCAGCAAGGCUUCACGUGCCAUCACUGCUAAGGAUGCUGUUGAGCCCCCUGCACCUCCCACUAACCUGAAGGUGUUGGACAGCAGCAAAUCCACCAUCACCCUAGGCUGGACCAAGCCGGUGUCUGAUGGUGGAGCUCCCCUCAUUGGCUACGUGGUGGAGAUGAGAGCGCAGGGAUCCGCCAAGAAGGGAGACGAUGGCUGGAAGAGGUGUAACGUGGCCGCUCAGCUGGUCGUGUGCGAGUUUACAGUCUCAAGUCUGGAUGAGAAGCUUGUGUAUGAAUUCAGAGUGUCGGCCCAGAACCAAGUGGGUAUGAGCCUGCCUUGCGACCUGGAGGGUGCUGUGAUCCCCAGAGAGAUCCUAGAGGCACCUGAGAUUGAUUUGGAUGCUGACCUGAAACAGGGACUGACUGUGAGAGCUGGUUGUCCCAUCAGACUCUGUGCCACCAUCAGAGGAAGACCACCUCCCAAAGUCACCUGGAGGAGGAUGGGUAUCGAUAAUGUGGUCAGGAAGGGUAAAGUGGACAUUAUCGACACCAUGACCUUCCUGGUCAUUCCUGACAGCACCCGUGAUGACUCUGGAAAAUACUGCCUGACUCUGCAGAGCCCUGCUGGAGAGAAAGCUGUGUUUGUCAAUGUUAAGGUUCUGGACACUCCCGGACCUGUGAUGAACCUGGAAGCUACAGACAUAAAACAGACAUCUGUUAUGCUGUCCUGGAGUCCUCCAGAGAACAAUGGUGGCAGCGACAUCACACAUUACAUCGUUGAGAAACGUGAGAUAGACCGCAAGACAUGGGCAACUGUGAAGGCCGAAGUUGCGGUGGAUAAGAUUCCUUUCAAAGUCAACAAUCUAAUGCCAGGCACUGAGUACUAUUUCAGAGUCACAGCGGUCAAUGAGUAUGGCUCUGGAGUUCCCAGAGUGUCGCCUACAUCCUACCUGGCCUCGGAUCCUGUCAGUAAACCAGAUCCUUGUCAGAAGAUCGAUGUUCUAGAGAUCACUAAGAACAGCGCCAUGGUUGGCUGGGUGAAGCCCUUGCGAGAUGGCGGUGCCAAGAUAGAUGGUUAUGUGAUUGAAUACAUCGAGGUCAAACCUCCUCCAGAGCCACCAGCACCUGUGGAGGUUGCUGAAGGAGAAGAAGCUCCUCCACCACCUCCACCUCCUCCUCCCGUAGAGGAUGAAGAGGAGGCAGAACCUGAGAACGAAGUGUGGAAUGCCUACACCACAGUUAAAGGUCUGACAAUCAGUGUCAGUGGCCUCAAGGAGGGCAAGAGGUACCGGUUCAGAGUGGCUGCAAAGAACAUCAUGGGCCUGAGCUUGUUCACUGAGACCAGAGAGCCAGUGGAGAUCAAGGAACAGAUGUUGGAGCCAAAGAUUGUCAUGCCAGAGACAGCGAGUGCCAGAGCUGGAGCCAAGCUCAGAGUUGAGGCUCUUGUUUCAGGAAAACCUGCCCCGACCUGCAAGUGGAUGCGUGGUGAGGAUGCUGUGGUUCCAUCCAGCCGUCUGGCUGUGCAUCAGUCCGGAAACAUGUGUGUCCUGAUCAUCAAAGACGUGUCAAGGACUGACACCGGAGAGUACAGCUUGGUGGCUGAGAACAGCUCUGCAAAGGUGUCCGAGGCUCUGAAGAUCAUCAUCAGAGACAUCCCUGGUCCUCCUGAGGGCCCUGUGGAGAUCAGUGACAUUGACUCUGAUGCCUGCUCCCUAUCCUGGAACAAACCACUGGAGGACGGAGGCAGCAAUAUCACCAACUACGUGGUGGAAAAGUGUGAUGUUAGUAGAGGUGACUGGGUGACCGCCGUGUCUUCUUGCUCAAAGACCAGUUGCAGGCUGGGAAAGCUUAUCCCUGGGAAGGAGUAUGUGUUCCGCAUACGUGCUGAGAACCGCUUUGGUGUGUCAGACCCCAUUCAGUCUGACCGGAUGGUCGCCAAGUUCCCCUUCGAUGUUCCUAGUGAGCCGCUCAACUGUCGCAUCAACAAGACCAACAAGGACUGCAUGUUCGUGGCCUGGGAUAAGCCCGAGAGCGACGGCGGCAGCCCCAUUACAGGUUACUACAUUGAGCGUAAGGAGAGGAACAGCCUGCUGUGGGUGAAGGCCAACGACACUGUCGUCCGCACCACUGAGUACCCAUGUGCUGGCCUUAUCGAGGGCCUGGAAUACACUUUCAGAGUAUCCGCCAUCAACCGUGCUGGCCAGGGCAAACCAAGCAGGAAGACUGACUUUGUCACUGCCAGAACACCAGUCGACACUCCAGGCAAACCUGAAAUCCUGGAUGUAACUAAGAAUUCUGUCACUCUGGUUUGGACCCGUCCCAAGAACGACGGUGGAAGCAAGAUCAUUGGCUACUAUGUUGAGGCCUUGCGAGUGCCAGGAGACACUUGGGUACGCUGUAACACCAGCAGUCAGAAUGUGCCAAGAGAGGAAUACACAGUGACUGGCUUGGAAAGAGACCUGAAGUACCAGUUCAGAGUAAUUGCCAAAACUGCUGUCAACAUGAGCAAACCCUCAGAGCCUACAGACCCAGUCCUGGUCUGUGCUGAGAACGUCCCUCCAAGGAUAGAGCUUAAUGCCAGGAUGCAGAAGGGUUUGAAGGUUAAGGCUGGAACCACAAUCCUCCUUGAGGCUGAUGUUUUCGGUAAGCCAAUGCCCAGAGUGACCUGGAAGAGAGGUGAUGACAGCCUGAAGUCAGGAGAGGGCCAGGUAAUCACCCAGCAGAGGCAUCACUUCCAGCUGGAGAUGACGGCUGUUACCAAGGAGCACACAGGAACCUACACCAUCAUGGCUGACAACGCCAGCGGCUCCAAGACCGCUGCAAUCCAAGUUAUCGUCCUUGAUGUGCCCGGGCCUCCUGCCAGUUCCAAAUAUGUUGAGGUGUUGGCAACCAGCAUCAAGUUGUCCUGGGAGCCUCCUCUGAAGGACGGCGGUGCCGCUGUUCAUAACUAUAUUGUUGACAAGCGUGAGACCAGCAGAGCUGAGUGGGCCCAGGUCUCCGCCAAGAUCAAGGGUGAUGUCCUUGAGUUGAAUGUAGGGAAGUUAAUUGAAGGUCGUGAGUACCAGUUCCGAAUCCGUGCUGAAAGCAUGUGGGGAGUUGGAGACCCCCUGAUCACCAACCCUGUCAUCACCAAGAACCCAUUCACUGUCCCUGGCCCAUGUGAGGCCCCAGUAAUCACCAAUGUGUCCAAAGACCGUAUGACGGUGAGCUGGAAGGAGCCUGCCGAUGACGGAAAGUCCACCAUCCUGGGCUACAUGCUGGAAAAGAAAGAGACCAAGGACAUGAACUGGACCAAGAUGAACAGGAAGCCGAUGACAGAAAGGAAUCUGGAAGUUACUGGCCUCACAGAGGGAGUUGAGUACGAGUUCAGAGUCAUUGCCGUCAACGUGGCUGGGCUCGGCAAACCUAGCGAGCCCUCUGCUGGUGCAACUGCAAUGAAUCCCAUCACUCCUCCUGGACCUGUUGUGAAUCCCAGUGUAACUGACACCACCCACAGCACCAUCAGUCUCACCUGGACCGUCCCCGCCAACAAUGGUGGAAGCCCCAUUAUUGGAUACCUGGUGGAGUGCAAGAGGACUGACACCACAGAUUGGAUUCGCUGCAACGUCCCCAGGAACCUGCAGGAGACUAGCUAUGUUAUCCAGAACCUCAUCGACAAGUCAGAGUACCAGUGCCGCAUCACAGCCGUCAAUAAAGUCGGCUUCGGUGAACCAGUUGAAGUACCCGGCAAACAUGUUGCCAAGGACAUCAUCGUUGCUCCUGAGGCAGAGCUGAGUGCCGAAUUGAGGGAGGGUUUGGAGCUGCAAGCUGGUGUCACUAUGAAGCUGCAGGCCAACAUCAAGGGCCGUCCCAUUCCCAAGAUCACCUGGGCAAAAAUGAACACCAACAUCAAGGACCGGCAGGGCAUCGUCAUCAAAUCCAGCAAUGUUGACACCAUGGUGAUGGUAGAGAAUGUGAACCGAUACGAUGCUGGCAAAUACAUCCUCAACCUGGAGAGCACGGCUGGCAUGAAGAUGUACACCAUCAUUGUCAAAGUGUUGGACACUCCUGGACCACCAGUCAACCUGAUGGUGAAGGAAUCAACUAAGGACAGUGCCUCCAUUUAUUGGGAUACUCCUCUCAUUGAUGGUGGCUCUGAAAUCACUCACUACAUUGUGGAGAAGCGUGACACUGAGAGGAAGGCUUGGUCCAUUGUCUCCAACAACUGCGCCAAGACGGCAUUCAAGGUUCCAGACCUUGAUGCUGGUCGGUCCUACUGCUUCAGAGUGUCAGCCGUCAACAAGCUUGGUGCUGGAGAGUGUUGUGAGACAGCUGAUUCAGUCAGAGCAUCAGAGGAGCCUGGGCCUGUCAUGGACUUCAAAACCCUGCUAGUUACUAGGGACUCUUGCACUCUGAGCUGGAAGAAACCCCUCACAGAUGGUGGCAGCCGCAUCAUCUGCUACGUGCUGGAGGUCCUCAACGGUGACGACAAGUACAAGGAGCUUAUGAGAUCCAAGAAUAUGCAGUACAGUGCCAAGGACCUGGUGGAGGGCAGAGAGUACACCUACAGAGUCAAAGCUGUGAACGACUCAGGAGAGAGUGCCGCAAAGGAACUGACGGUGGUUGCUAAAGACCAGAUCAUUCAUCCCAGUUGUGACUUGAGGGAGUUGCCCAACAUGUGCUACAUUGCCAAAGAAGGUACCACCGUCCGUCUGAAGAUCCCACUUAUUGGCAAACCUACGCCCAAGGUCUCAUGGAAGAAGGGAGAUGAUGAAGACCUGACAGACACCGGUCGGGUGUGCGCUGAGUCCUCUGCAGUCAACACCACCCUCCUGAUCAGAGACUGCCAGAGGACUGAUGCUUCGAAGUACACAAUCACGCUGAGGAACAGCGCUGGAACCAAGGAGUCCACCAUCUUCAUCAGGGUGGUGGGUAAACCUGGCAUCCCUGUUGGACCAGUUAAGUUCAAAGAUGUUACUGCUGACGGUGCUACGUUGAGGUGGGGAGCUCCCAAGGAUGAUGGUGGCUCUGAGAUUACCAACUACAUCCUGGACAAGAGGGAUUCAAUCACCAACAUGUGGGUGACCGUGUCCUCCACUGUGGAGACCAACAGCAUGAGGGUGACUGGCCUCCAUGAGGGUACAGAAUACAUCUUCAGAGUUUGUGCUGAGAACAAGUACGGCGUUGGAGAGGGACUGAAGUCUGAUCCGCUCGUAGCUAAACAUCCAUUCAAUGUUCCUGACGCUCCUGCUCCUCCUGAGAUCAUGAGUAUGCGCCACGAUUCAGCUUACUUGGCCUGGUCUGACCCCAGGAAGACAGGAGGAUCCCCCAUCACAGGUUAUCAUGUUGAGUUCAAGGAGAGGAACAGUAUGUUGUGGAAGAGGGCAAGUCCAGCUGCUCUAAGGAUGAAGGAACACAAAGUAACCGGGCUGACUGAAGGUCUGGAGUAUGAGUUCAGAGUCAUGGCAAUCAACCUGGCUGGUAUCGGCAGACCGAGCCCUCCCACCAAUCCACAGGUGGCUUUGGAUCCCAUUGAUGCACCUGGUAAACCCGAUGUUAUCAGCAUCACCAGGAGCACUGUGACCCUGCAGUGGACUGAGCCUCAGUUUGACGGUGGCCACAGGCUGACUGGCUACAUUGUCGAAAAGCGAGACCUGCCUUCUAAGAUCUGGGUGAAGGCCAACAACGUGAAUGUUGUAGAGCCUGCAUACACUGUCACAGAUUUGCAGGAGGGCUGCAAAUAUGAGUUCAGGAUCAGGGCAAAGAAUUCUGCUGGUGCUCUCAGCCCACCCUCAGAGCAAACAGAUACUAUUAUCUGCACGGAUGAAUAUGCGGCACCGACUAUUGCUAUCGACUCCCAGGUGAUGGAGGGUCUGACUGUCCGAGCCGGUGAUACUAUUGUCAUCACUGCCACAAGCAUUUUGGGUAAACCUGCACCGACUUCCUGCUGGUCAAAGGGAGGGAAGUACUUUAAGCCCUCUGACAUUGUUCACAUUGAGACCACUGCCACGUCCUCCACUCUGUCCAUCAAAUAUGCUAGCAGGAAAGACUCUGGAGAGUACACAAUCACAGCCAGCAACCCCUUCGGUGUAAAGGAGAAAACUGUCAAGGUCAAAGUUCUGGAUGUUCCUGGUGCUCCUGGACCUAUCGAAUGCAGCGGUGUCUCCUCUGAAAAGGUUACUCUCACCUGGACAGCACCUACUGAGGACGGAGGCUCUCCCAUUAAGUAUUACACACUGGAGAAGAGGGAGACUAGCCGGCUGCUCUGGACUGUCCUGGAAGAGAAGGUCAUCAACUGUCACUAUGUGGCCACCAAGCUCAUCCAGGGCAAUGAGUACUUCUUCAGAGUGUCUGCUGUUAACCAGUAUGGUGCCAGCGAGCCAUCUCACUCUGAGGCAGUCAAGAUGGUGGAUCGAUUCGGUCCUCCUGGUCCCCCGUCUAAACCAGAAGUGGACAAGGUUAAUGGACAUUCAGCAACUGUGACUUGGAGAAGACCGACUGAGGAUGGAGGCAGUGACAUCAUAGGUUACUGUGUUGAGAAGAAGGAGAAGAAGGGUAUGAGGUGGUUCCGGGCAUCCAAGAAAUCCAUUACUGAACUCACCUACGAAGUCACAGGCCUCACUGAGGGUGUUGAGUAUGAGUUCCGUGUUCUUGCUGAGAACAAAGCUGGUUUCGGAGAGCCAAGUGAACCAUCUAUGAUGGUUAGAACAAUAGUCAUUGCCUAUCCACCUGGACCGCCGGUCAAUGCAAGAGUUACAGACACAACCAAAACCACAGCCACUCUGAACUGGGGAAAACCUCUUGAUAAUGGUGGACUUGAAGUCACUGGAUAUGUGAUUGAACACAAGAAAGAAGGAACAGAAGAAUGGGUUAAGGAUACGCCAUCUCCACUGAGGAUCACAGAGUUUGUUGUUCCUGAGCUGGAAGCUGGUGCAAAAUAUUACUUCAGAAUUAGUGCUGUGAAUGCAAAGGGAGCAGGUGAGCCUGCUGAAACUAAGGAGCUGGUUGAGAUUGUGGAGCGUGCAGCUGAGCCUGACCUGGAGCUGGAUGUUGAGCUGAGAAGAACCCUUGUUGUUAGAGCUGGCUGCUCCAUCAGACUCUUUGUGCCAAUCAAGGGACGUCCUACACCAACAGUGACCUGGUCUAAGGAGGGAGGCCCUGUCCCACGUGCAGUCAUCGACAGUACUGAAUCCUUCACAAUGCUGAUUAUUCCUGAGAGUUCAAGGAUCGAUGCAGGCAAAUAUGACCUUACCCUUGAAAACUCAACUGGAAAGAAGAGUGCUGAUAUACAUGUGAGAGUUCUCGAUUCACCUGGACCUCCACUUAACCUUAAACCAGUCAAGAUUGACAAGGAAAGCAUCACACUUCAAUGGGAGAUGCCUCUCAUUGAUGGUGGAGCCAAGAUUACAAAUUACAUCAUUGAGAAGAGGGAAUCAACGCGCAAGGCUUUUGCUACUGCUAUUACACAUUGCCCAGCCACUUCAGUCAAAAUUGACGAGCUGGGUGAAGGUUGUGAGUAUUAUUUCAGAGUAUCUGCUGAGAAUGAGUAUGGCAUUGGUGAAGCAUUUGAAACUUCUGAUCCAAUUCGUGCAUCCCAGGCACCAACUCCACCUGAAAGCAUUAUUCCUACUGAUAUCACCAAGAGUUCUGUCAGUCUCGUUUGGACUAAACCCAAGCAUGAUGGUGGAAGCAGAAUUACAGGAUACGUCCUGGAAGCCCAGAAGAAGGCAACUGAUCAGUGGGCCCAUGUAACAACAGUUAAAACCAUGGAUUUCACCGUGAAGAAUCUCAAUGAGAACGAAGAGUACAUUUUCCGUGUAAUGGCCGUUAACCAGUCUGGUAGAAGUGUUCCACGUGAGAGCAAACCCAUUGUUGUCAGAGAUUCUACUUCACUGCCUGAAUUCGACCUGCGUGGUGUCUGUCAGAAGACCGUUAUUGCCAAGGCAGGAGAUGACAUCAAAGUUGAGAUUCCAGUUACGGGACGUCCUAGACCAACUGUCUCUUGGCAGAAGGAUGGAGCAGCUCUGAAACUCACACAGAGAACUAAUGUGGAAACUACAGCUGCUACUGUUACUCUCAGCAUCAAUGAAUGCAACAGAGCCGACAGUGGUGUAUACACCAUGACGGGAAAGAACAUUGUAGGAUCUGUCACAGACAACAUCAUUGUCAAAGUGCAUGAUGUACCAGGGCCACCCAAAGGACCAGUUAAGAUUGUGGAGAUAUCUCGUACCUAUUGCAUCUUUGCAUGGGAAACUCCUGAGAAUGAUGGAGGUGUUCCCAUCAACAACUAUGUGGUGGAGAUGAGAGACACCACCACCCAAACAUGGACCGAGCUGUCUUCCACUAUCAUCCGCACAAUGUUCAAAGCCAUUCGGUUAACCACUGGAUCAGAGUACCAGUUUAGAAUAAAGGCUAAGAACAGAUAUGGUGUUGGACCUCCCAUCACCUCAGAGGCGGUGGUGGCUGCCUAUCCAUUCAAAGCUCCUGGACCUCCUGGCACUCCUGGUGUUGUUGCAUUUACCAAGGAUUCAAUAACGAUUGGCUGGAAUGAGCCUGUGUCUGAUGGUGGAAAUGAAGUCAUUGGUUAUCAUGUUGAGAGGAAGGAAAGAAGCAGUAUCAUGUGGCAUAAGAUCAGCAAGGGUAUUGUGAAAGGAAACAUCUUUAAAUCCACUGGGCUUGAAGAUGGCAUUGCAUAUGAGUUCCGUGUCAUGGCUGAAAACAUGGCUGGAAUUGGUAAACCCAGCAAAGCCUCAGAAGCAAUUCUGGCCUUGGAUCCUGUUGACCCACCAGGUCAGCCUGUGCCAAUAUUUGUCAACAAGAACGUCAUUACUAUUCAAUGGACAAAGCCUGAAUAUGAUGGUGGCUUCAAAAUCACCGGCUACACAGUGGAGAAGAGAGAACUGCCUACUGGUCGCUGGAUCAGAGCCAAUUUCACCAACAUCAUUGAGACAGCGUUUACUGUCAGUGGGCUGACUCAGGAUGCCUCCUAUGAAUUCCGUGUUAUAGCCAGAAACUCAGCCGGCGCAGUUAGCGUGCCCUCUGAGCCGUCAGACCCAAUUACCUGCAAAGACGACAUUAUCGAACCACGCAUUAUGGUUGAUGCCAUCUUUAAGGAUGUUGUUCUGCUGAAGGCUGGCGAGUCCUUCAGGCUUGAUGCUGAUAUUGCUGGCCAACCAAUCCCAUCUAUGGUUUGGACCAAGAAUGGAAAGGAGGUGGAAAACACAAUGAAACUGGACGUUAGGUUCACUGAAUUGACAACCACCCUGACCAACAAGGAUUCCAUCAGAUCAGAUGGAGGAGAGUUUGUUCUGACUGCCACAAAUGUUGGUGGAUUUGCAAAGCACACCUUUAAUGUUAAAGUCCUUGACAGGCCUGGACCACCAGUUGGACCUCUUCAGGUGUCUAAUGUCACAGCUGACAACUGUGUUCUUACCUGGGCUCCACCUGCAGAUGACGGCGGUGCCAAGAUUGAAGGAUACGUGAUUGAGAAGCGUGAAUCAAGCAGACUGGUUUGGACCAAUGUGGCUUCAGACUUGCAAGUUACACAACACAAGGUAACCAAGCUGCUUAAAGGGAACGAAUACAACUUUAGAGUUAUGGCACUGAACAAGUAUGGACUUGGCGAGGCCCUUGAAUCAGAACCUACUAUUGCAGACAAUCCAUAUGUGAUUCCAGAUCCUCCAGAGAAUCCUGAGGUGACAGCCAUCUCUAAAGAUUCAAUGGUUCUUAUUUGGCAAGCACCGAAAAGUGAUGGUGGAACUCCCAUCACCAAUUACCAUAUUGAAAGAAAAGACAGAAUAGGCCUGCGCUGGGUCAAAUGCAACAAGAGAAAGGUCAAAGAUCUACAAUUCAAGGCAACAGGCCUUCUUGUUGGACAUGACUAUAAAUUCAGAAUAAUUGCUGAGAAUGCUGCUGGAGUGAGUGCACCAAGUGUGUCUAGUCCAUUCUACAAGGCCACUGAUGGACUCUACCAGCCUGGUGCUCCAUGCAACCCCAGAAUCUUGGACACAACCAAGUCUUCAAUUACUGUUGCCUGGAACAAACCAGUGUAUGAUGGUGGUUCUGAAAUCACCGGCUACAUUGUGGAGACAUGCAUUCCAUCUGAAAAGGAGGACGAUGAGGAAUGGACCAUUGUUACACCCAAAGAAGGUCUCCUUGCAACCUCCUUUACCAUUGUUAAUCUGAAAGAGAACCAGGAGUACAAGAUCAACAUUUCUGCUGUCAACAGUGAAGGAAUUGGAGAGGCAGCAUCUGUACCUGGCAAUCCCAAGGCAGAGGACAGGCUCCUCCCACCUGAGAUCGAUUUGGAUGCAGAGCUCCGUAAACUGGUCAGUCUUAGAGCUUGCUGCUCACUUAGACUGUUUGUUCCUAUCAGAGGCAGACCAGCUCCUCAGGCUAAAUGGACCAAAGGAGAUGGUGAACCUAUUGAGAGGGCAACUAUUGACAGCACAACAUCAUACACCUCACUUGUCAUUGAAAAUGUCAACAGAUUUGACAGUGGGAAGUAUAAUCUUACUGUUGAAAAUAGUUCUGGCUCCAAGACAGCUACAGUUCAAGUCAGGGUGCUUGAUACACCAAGUGCUCCACAGAAUUUGAAGAUAACUGCUGUAACUAAUGAAGCUGUCACUCUGACUUGGGAUCCACCAAUGAAUGAUGGAGGAGUUAAGAUUAAGAACUACAUUGUUGAAAAACGUGAGUCUACAAGGAAAGCGUAUGCCACAGUCAAUGCUAAUUGUCAUCAUACCACCUUCACGGUUGAUCAGCUCCUGGAAGGAUGCAACUAUUACUUCAGAGUUUUAGCUGAGAAUGAAUAUGGCAUUGGCUUGCCCAUUGAGACUGGGGAAUCAGUUAAAGUGUCAGAGAAACCACAGCCACCUGGCAAAAUUACUCUCAAGGAUGUCACCAAAAACAGUGUCACCCUCUCGUGGGAGAAGCCAGAGCAUGACGGUGGCAGCAGAGUUGGCUGUUAUGUUGUUGAGAUCCAGCCUAAGGGUGCUGAUAAAUGGUCCCAGGCUGUGAUUGUAAAAGAAACAGAAGCGACUAUUAGUGGACUAAAUGCAGGUGAAGAAUACAUGUUCCGUGUAGCAGCAAGAAAUGAGAAAGGAACUAGUGACCCACGUCAGAUUGGCGUUCCUGUGAUCGUAAAAGAUCUUGUGAUUGCACCUGUUAUCAAAAUGUUGUUCAACACAUUCAGUGUGUUAGCAGGAGAAGACCUGACAGUGGAGGUUCCAUAUGUUGCACGUCCCAAAGCAGCUGUAUCCUGGGUAAAGGAUGGUCAGCCUCUGAAAAGAACUACAAGAGUGAACUUUGGCGCAACAGCCACAAUGCUGAACCUCACCAUCAAAGAGGCUAGUAGAGAUGAUGUCGGACACUACCUUAUUACUCUGACCAACACAGCAGGCGAAACAACUGCAGAUAUUGGCAUUGUUGUUCUAGACAAACCAGGCCAGCCAGGCGGUCCGGUUAAGGUAGAAGAGGUCACUUCUGACAGUGUAACCAUUUCCUGGAAUCCACCAGAGUAUGAUGGUGGUUGCACCAUCAAACACUACAUCGUAGAAAAGAGAGACACAUCUACAACUAACUGGAUGAUUGUAUCUCCCAACCUAGCAAGGACCAAAAUUAAGGCAGGCAGGCUGAAGACUGGCUCUGAGUAUCAGUUUAGAAUCACAGCCGAAAACAGGUAUGGAAAAGGCCCAAUUCUCCAAUCAGAGUGUAUUGUGGCUCAGUAUCCGUAUAAACUCCCAGGACCCCCAGGAACACCAUCCAUUGCAGCCUGCACUAAAGACAGCAUGGUGGUGGCCUGGAAUGAGCCUGUGAAUGAUGGUGGAAGCACUAUCUUGGGCUACCAUCUUGAGCGUAAAGAGAGAAAUAGUAUUCUGUGGGUGAAACUCAACAAGUCUCUUAUUACUGACCAGACCUUCAAGACCGCUGGUCUGGAGCCAGGAAUGGAGUAUGAAUACAGAGUUUAUGCUGAAAAUAUUGUUGGAAUAGGGAAAGUGAGCAAAGUAUCUGAAGGACAGGUUGCUAGAGAUCCUUGCGAUCCUCCCGGCACUCCCGAGGCAACAAAGAUUACUAAGGACUCUGUGACCAUUGUUUGGACCAAGCCUGAGUAUGAUGGUGGUGCAAAGGUUACAGGCUACAUUGUGGAAAAGAAGGAGCUUCCUGAGGGUCGUUGGCUGAAGGCUAACUUCACUAAUGUCAUCGAGACAGAAUAUGUAGCCACUGGACUUGUGCAGGAUAAUCAAUAUGAGUUCCGUGUUAUUGCCAGAAAUGCCGCUGGUGUUUUCAGUUUGGCAUCUUUCAGCACUGGCCCUAUCACUGCUAGGGAUGAGAUUGAACCACCACGCUUCAGCAUUGACCCAGAGUACACACAGACUGUUGUGGUUAAUGCUGGAGAUAACUUUAAAAUUGAUGCAGAUGUUAAUGGAAAACCACUGCCCUCUAUCCACUGGAUGAAGGGAGAGUUGGAACUGGGAAACACUAUUCAUAGAGAGAUUAAGAACACACCCACCAAAGCUUUUAUAUCUGUCAAAGAAGCAAAACUUUCUGAUGGAGGUGAAUACACUCUGCUGCUGAAAAAUCCUGGUGGAGAAAAGGCUGUACAGAUCGAUGUGGUUGUUCUAGAUAAGCCUGGGGAACCACAAGGACCCCUUGUUGUUACAGGAAUAACCAAAGACCGAUGCUGCCUUGCAUGGAAGCCACCACUGCAAGAUGGUGGCAGCAAGAUCUCUCACUACGUUGUGGAGAGAAGAGAGACAAGCAGACUUGUAUGGACUGUUGUGGACCCAAAAGUGGAAAAUAUUUGUCUAAAAGUCAACAAGCUCCUUGAAGGAAAUGAGUACAUCUUCAGAGUUCAUGCUGUCAACCAGUUUGGAAUAGGUGCACCACUUGAGUCUGCUGCUGUCGUAAUUAAGGAUCCAUACCUGCCACCUGGAUCACCGAAGGGCUUAGAAAUUUCAGAUAUUAAAAAGGAUUCAAUGGUGCUCACCUGGGAGGCUCCUUCUGAAGAUGGAGGCAGUCCAAUCACUGGAUACAUAAUUGAGAAGCAUGACAAAGAAGGUGUGAGGUGGACGAGAUGCAACAGGAAAACUGUCACUGAUUUGACUUUCAAGGUCACUGGACUCCUUGAAAGCCAUAGUUACGAAUUCAGAGUUGCAGCUGAAAAUGCUGUUGGUGUAGGUGACUCAAGCUCCCCAACUGUAUUCUACAAAGCUCUUGAUCCCAUCUUCAUGCCCGGCCCACCACACAAUCCAAGAGUCACUGACACAACAAAAACAUCAGUGUUCCUGUCAUGGGGAAAGCCGGUGUGUGAUGGAGGCUGUGAGAUUCAGGGAUACAUUGUUGAGUGCUGCACUACCACAGAGGCAGCAGAGCCAACAGAAGCACCAGCUGCAGAGACAGAAUCCACAGAUGCACCAGCUGUGGAAUGGACAAUGUGCACGCCACCAACAGGUGUCAAGAAGACAAAGUUUGAGGCUACAAAUCUGAAGGAAAACCAGGCAUACAAGUUUAGAGUAUGUGCUAUAAACAAAGUGGGUGUUGGUGAACAUGCUGAUGUCUCUGGAGCUGUUGUUGCCCAGGACAGGGCAGAGGAGCCAGACCUUGACAUUGACCCAGAGCUGAGAAAGAUUGUGACCAUUAAAGCUGGCACCUCUCUUAGACUGUUUAUCCCCAUCAAAGGAAGGCCCGCUCCUACUAUCAAGUGGGACAAAGAUGAAGCUGCGCUCAAGGAGACUGCUCAGGUUGAGAUUACCAGCAGUUAUACAUCCCUUGUAAUUGAUAAGAUGAGCAGAAAUGACAGUGGAAAGUACACAGUCACUGCUGAGAAUUCCAGUGGAACAAAAUCUGCUUUUGUUGUUGUCCGUGUUCUCGACACACCCAGCGCUCCUGUUAAUCUUAAAGUCAAAGAAAUUACAAACCAAUCAGUAACACUGGUGUGGGAACCACCUCUGUUGGAUGGUGGAUCCAAGAUCAAGAACUACAUCAUUGAAAAGAGGGAAAGUACACGCAAAACAUAUGCAGCGGUUGUAACAAAUUGUCAUGCUCUUUCAUGGAAGAUAGAACCACUCCAGGAGGGCUGCAGCUACUACUUCCGAGUCCUCGCUGAGAAUGCUCAUGGUGUUGGCCUGCCUGUAGGAACUGCCGAUGCUCUUAAAGUCUCAGAGGUGCCCCAGACUCCAAAAAAUCUGAGUGUUACAGAUCAGACCAAAACAAGCAUCUCUUUGGCCUGGGAGAAGCCUGAGUAUGAUGGUGGUAGCAGAGUCAUGCAGUAUUUACUCGAGGUGCAGCUGAAGGGCCAAGAGAAAUGGUCUGGUGUCAACACGUUUAAGACAAUGGAGGCCACUGUUGCCAAUCUGAACCCAGGAGAGGAGUAUUUGUUCAGAGUAACAGCAAUCAAUGAUAAGGGAAAGAGUGACCCCAAAGUCCUUGCAGGUCCAGUGAUGACCAAAGACUUAGUCUUUGAGCCAGAUGCCCGUCCAGCAUUCAGCAGCUACAGUGUGAAUGUGGGCAAAGACAUGAACAUUGACAUUCCCAUCUUUGGACGUCCUAAACCUGCAGUUACAUGGACUAAAGAUGGAGCUCCUCUAAAGUUCACUACCAGAGUCAACAUUCUCAAUACACCAACACAUACAACACUGAGCAUUAAGGAGGCAGCAGGUGAUGAUGGCGGCAUGUAUGGCAUCAAUGUUGCAAACUCAGCUGGAAAGAAAGAUACAACAGUUGAAAUCAUUGUACUGGACAAACCUGGCCCUCCAUCUGGCCCCGUGAAGUUUGAUGAAAUUACAACACAGAGUGUUACAAUUUCAUGGGAACCACCAAAACACAAUGGUGGAUGCCAAAUUUCAAACUACAUUGUGCAGAAGAGAGAUACUACUACAACAACAUGGGAAAAUGUGAGCAUCAACUGUGCUAGAAACAGCAUCAAAGUGAGUAGACUGAAGACUGGAGCUGAGUACCAGUUCAGGAUCAUUGCCCAGAACCGCUAUGGCAAGAGUCAUGGUCUGGAUUCAUCUGCUGUUGUAGCUCAGUACCCAUACAGAGAGCCAGGCCCACCAGGCACUCCUUUCAUUUCGUCUCUAUCAAGGGACCACCAGAUUGUUGAGUGGCAUGAACCCGUAUCAGAUGGAGGCAGCCCUGUUCUUGGCUACCAUCUUGAAAGGAAGGAGAGAAAUAGUAUUCUCUGGGUCAAGAUCAACAAGACACUUAUCCAUGAUACCAGUUUCAAGAGUCACCCAUUGGACGAGGGUGUUGAGUAUGAAUACAAAGCUUAUGCUGAAAAUAUUGUUGGUAUUGGCAGGAGCAGUAAGGUCUCAGAGGGCUGUGUUGCUCGCGACCCAUGUGAUCCUCCUGGCACACCAGAAGCCAUCCAUGUGACCAAAGACACUAUUGUCAUUGAAUGGACUAAACCAGAGUAUGAUGGUGGCAGCAAUAUCACUGGCUAUACUGUAGAGAAGCGUGAUCUGCCAGAGGGCAGGUGGGUAAGGGCAAACUUCACUAAUGUGAUUGAGACACAGUUUACUGUCACUGGUCUGACUGAAAAUGCACAGUAUGACUUUAGAGUCAUUGCUAAGAAUGCUGUUGGCACCGUCAGCAAGCCGUCAUAUAACAGUGGACCCAUCACUGCAAGUGACAAGCUGGAGGCACCCAAAUUCUCCAUUGACCCUGCAUUUACUAAGACCAUUAUCAUUAAUGCUGGAGAGACAUUCAGGCUAGAUGCUGACACACGUGGCAAGCCACUGCCUACAAUCCAGUGGUUCAAGGAUGAAAAACCCAUUGAAAAUACACUAAGACUGGAGAUCAGAAACACAGAAAACCAUGCCAUGAUUGUCAUUAAGGACGCUGUUAGAGUUGAUGGUGGAGUUUACAUGCUGCAGCUGACAAACGAGGCUGGCAGUGAAACUGUUCCAUUCAAGGUUGUGGUCCUGGAUAAACCCAGCCAAUGUGAAGGUCCCCUCCACAUCACUGGAGUCUCUGAAGAUAGAUGCACACUGGUAUGGCGUGCUCCUCUACACGAUGGAGGUAGUCCUAUUUCACAUUACGUCAUUGAGAGAAGAGAAACCAGCCGUCUAGCCUGGACUGUAGUUUCCAGCUCAUGUAAAACCACAAGCUACAAAGUCACCAAACUACUGGAAGGAAAUGAAUACAUGUUCCGUGUCAUGGCAGUCAAUGGUUACGGUGUCAGUGAGCCACUAGAGUCUGGUGGAGUGAUCAUGAAGACUCCAUUUGUUCCUCCUGGUUCACCUCACAUUGAGGAUGUAUCCAACAUUGCCCAUGAUGGUAUGACCAUCACUUGGUCUGCCCCUGAGACUAAUGGCGGCAGUGAGAUUAUCAGUUACAUCAUUGAAAAGAAGGACAGAACUGGAAUCAAAUGGACCAGAUGCAACAGGCAGAAGGUCACAGAUCUGUCAUUCAGAGUUACAGGCCUCACUACAGGUCAUGAGUAUGAGUUCAGAGUGGUUGCUGAGAACAUAGUUGGAGCAGGAGAACCAAGUCUUCCAAGUUCUUACUACAAGGCCUGUGAUCCAAAGUACAAACCCGGUGCCCCAGCAUAUGUGAACGUGAUUGACUCCACAAAGACUUCAAUUACAGUCUCAUGGGGUAAGCCUCUAUCUGAUGGCGGCAGUACCAUUCAAGGAUACAUUGUUGAAGUCUGCAAGGCUGAAGAGGAGCAAUGGACCAUGGUCACUCCACCCACUGGCCUGCGUGUCAACAAGUAUGAAAUCACCAAACUUACUGAGGGCCAGGAGUACAAGAUCCAGGUUUGUGCUCUGAACAAACUGGGAGUUGGCGAGCCGGCGUCUCUUUCUGGAACAGCUAAGCCAGAGGAAAGGGUAGAACCACCAGAGAUCCAUCUUGACUCUGAGCUGAGGAAGGGCAUCGUAGUGAAAGCAGGUGGAUCUGUUAGAAUCCAUGUUCCAUUCAAGGGCAGGCCAACACCUGAGAUUAAGUGGACCAAGGAUGAGGGUGACCUGAAUGAGAAAACAGUGGUUGAGAAAGCUCUUAACUUCACACAGCUUUCUCUUGACUCAUGCGACAGGAGUGACUCUGGAAAAUAUGCCCUUAGCCUGACCAACAGCAGCGGCACUGCGUCUGAAGUUGUUUCAGUUAAGGUCCUUGAUACACCUGGGGCUCCUCAAAACCUUGUGGUUAAAGAUGUCAAAAGGGAGUCUGUCACUCUUGUAUGGGAUGCUCCACUGAUUGAUGGAGGUUCCAAAAUCAAGAACUAUGUCAUUGACAAACGGGAAUCAACCAGAAAAGCAUAUGCAAAUGUGUCUACAAAAUGCACCAAGACCACAUUCAAAGUUGAAAACUUGAUUGAAGGUGCUAUGUACUACUUCAGAGUCAUGGCUGAGAAUGAAUUUGGAAUUGGCCAGGCUGUUGAAACAAAGACUGCCUCCAAGGCCUCUGAGGUGCCUCUGUCUGUUGGAAAGGUCUUCCUCACUGAUGUCACUAAGGCUACUGUUUCACUGGCCUGGGAGAAACCUCAGCAUGAUGGAGGCAGUAGAAUUGGUGGAUAUCUAAUUGAGAUGCUGCCUAAGGGUACAGAUAAGUGGGGAGUUGCCACAAAUACAAAAACAUGCGACGGAACUGUCAAAGGCCUCACAGCUGGAACAGAAUAUCUUUUCCGUAUCAUUGCUUACAAUGAGAAGGGAAAGAGCGAGCCAAAAGCAUUGGCUGCACCAGUUAUUGCAAGUGACAUGACCAUGGAACCAAGCAUUAAGGUGCAAUUCAACACUUACAGUGUACUUGCUGGAAAAGAUCUGAAGUUAGAGUUUCCUGUGCUUGGCAGGCCCAAACCUAAAGUCACCUGGACCAAGGAUGGUCAGGCUUUGAAGGUGACAUCCAGAGUCAAUGUAUUAAACACUCCAGAAACAGCUGUAAUUCAAAUUACUGAAGCAUGUAAGGAAGACUUUGGCAAAUACUCAAUUACAGCCACCAAUAGUGCUGGCACAGUCACUGAGGAUGUGGCUGUCAUUAUUCUUGACAAACCUGGUCCACCAACGGGUCCAGUCAAGGUUGUUGAAGUGAGCAACACUUUUGUCCAUCUGUCAUGGGAACCUCCAGAGUACACCGGUGGAUGUCAGGUAAAGAACUAUAUAGUGGAAAAGAGAGACACCACCACUACAACAUGGCAGCCAGUCACCACACAGCUAGCUAGAACAGCUUUCAAGGUCACCAAGUUGAAGACUGGUGCAGAGUAUCAGUUCAGAAUCAUUGCUGAAAACAGAUAUGGAAAGGGCGUGUCUCUGGACUCCAAGGUCAUUGUGGUGCAAUAUCCAUACAAAACACCAGGACCUCCAGGAACGCCAUAUAUCAAAUCUGUGACCAAGGAAAUGAUGAUCAUUGAAUGGAACGAGCCAGUCAAUGAUGGAGGAAGUGCAGUUAUCGGCUACCAUCUGGAAAGCAAGGAGAGAAGCAGCAUUCUGUGGAACAAACUGAAUAAGACUCUCAUUGCUGAUACCCAAUUCAAGAUAUGCAAUCUUGAGGAGGGUAUUGGAUAUGAAUUUAGAGUUUAUGCAGAAAAUAUUGUUGGCAUUGGCAGAUGCAGUAAAGUGUCUGAUUCCUUUGUUGCUCGCGACCCAUGUGAUCCUCCUGGUGCUCCAGAAGCUAUAACUGUUUCCAAGAACCUUAUCAAGAUUCAGUGGACAAAGCCUCAGUAUGAUGGUGGCAGCAAAGUAAAUGGAUAUAUUGUGGAAAGGAAAGAUCUAUCCUCCCCUGAUGGGCGCUGGGUAAGAGCUAACUUUACCAACAUAAUUGAGACAGAGUAUGCAGUCACUGGUUUGACAGAGAAUGAGCAAUAUGAAUUCAGAGUUAUUGCAAGAAAUGCAGCUGGAGUCUUCAGUGAGCCAUCUGACAGCUCUGGAUCGAUUACUGCUACUGAUGAACUUGAACCACCAAGGGCCUCAAUGGAUCCAAAAUACAAGGAUGUUAUCGUUGUCAAUACUGGCGAACAUUUGCUUCUUGAUGCAGACAUCUAUGGAAAACCAAUUCCUGAUGUUGCCUGGCUAAAGGAGGGCAAGGAAAUGGACAAAGCUGUGCGCAUUGAAGUGAAAACUACACAGAAACGUGCAGCCAUGACUAUUAAAGACGUGACCAAGCUUGAUGGUGGCCACUAUGACCUUGUCCUCAAAAAUCUGGGUGGUACAAAAGUUUUGCCUAUCACUGUGAAAGUCCUUGAUAAACCGGGUCCACCCACUGGACCCAUGAAAGUGACAGGAGUCAUGUCUGACAGGUGUAUCAUUGCCUGGUCUGAGCCAGCUCUGGAUGGUGGGGCCAGCAUCAGUCGCUAUGUCCUGGAGAAGAGAGAAACUAGCAGGUUGUCCUGGACAGUGGUUGCACCAAACAUCAAGGGUCUGUACCACAAAGUAACAAAUUUGCUUACUGGUAAUGAAUACAUCUUUAGAGUCAGGGCAAUCAAUAAAUAUGGUGUUGGUGAUUAUCUCGAAAGUGAACCCAUCACUGCACGCAAUCCUUACAAACCACCUACUGCUCCCGGAACUCCAGAAGCAAGUCAGAUAACAAAGGAAUCUAUGGUUCUGUCAUGGACCUCUCCAGAACAGACUGGUGGAGCUGACAUUGAAGGCUACCAUCUGGAGAAACGUGACAAAGACAGUGUAAGGUGGACAAAGUGCAACAGACAGAAACUGACUGACACUCACUUCAAGGUCACAGGUCUGCUGACAGAUCACUUCUAUGAGUUCCGUGUUGCUGCUGAGAAUGAGGCUGGAAUGGGAGAGCUCAGUGAACUGUCCCUGUUCUACAGAGCAUGUGAUGCUACAACACCACCCGGACCUCCACACCAUCCAAAGGUGACAGACUACUCAAAGUCUUCUGUGUCUCUGUCCUGGGGCAAACCUGACUUUGAUGGUGGGGCCUAUGUCAAAGGCUACAUUGUUGAAAUGAGGGAAUAUACACCAUUGCCAGAGUCAACAGAGGAGGCAGAAGUAGCACCAGCAGUAGAACCACCAAUUGAAAAGGAAUGGAACAUGUGCACUCCACCUACUGGUAUUCAAGCCACUAAACUCACCAUCGCAGACCUGAAGGAGGGUGGAGAGUACCAGUUCCGUGUCUGCGCUAUCAACUCAGAGGGAGUGGGAGAGGCUGCUAAUGUCCACGGCACAGUGGUUACAUCUGACAGGGCAGAAGCACCAGAGAUCGAGCUCGAUGCUGAUCUCAGAAAGGUGGUAUCAGUCCGUGCUGGUGGAACUCUGCGUCUGUUCGUCACCAUCAGAGGAAGGCCUGAGCCUGCUGUGAAAUGGGAGAAGGUUGAAGGCACUCUCACAGAGCGCGCUGCAAUCGACACCACCACUUCAUACACCAUGUUUGUCAUUGACAAUGUUAACCGCUUUGACAGUGGCAAAUACUCGCUGACAUUGGAGAACAGCAGUGGCACAAAGUCUGCAGUUGUUGCUGUGAGAAUUUUGGAUACACCAAGUGCACCACAAAAGCUUGCUGUGAAGGAGCUUAAGAGGGAUUCAGUGACUCUUGGCUGGGACACGCCACUGACUGAUGGUGGUUCUAAAAUCACAAACUAUAUUGUGGAGAAGAGAGAGUCUGUCAGGAAGGUGUAUACUACUGUCACCAGCAACUGCACGGUCAACUCAUUUAAGAUUGAAGACUUGCCCGAGGGUGGAAUGUUCUACUUUAGAGUCUGUGCUGUAAAUGAAUAUGGCCAGGGACAGAUGGUUGAAACUAAAGAAAUCAAAGUGUCUGAGGUACCUCUUCCACCAAACAAGGUUACUCUUGUAGAUUUGACCAAGACUAGUGUGUCACUGACUUGGGAAAAACCUGCUCAUGAUGGUGGAAGCAAAGUAAUGUGCUACAAUGUAGAAUUUAAGCCUAAGACUGGGGAUAAAUGGGGCACAGCAUGCACAGUCAAGGUGCCAGAAGCAACUGUUCCCAAUCUGACUCCUAACGAAGCCUAUUUAUUCAGAGUUGUUGCAAUCAAUGAGAAGGGAAAGAGUGAGCCAAAGGAUCUUGGUUUGCCUGUAGUUGCAAAGGAUGUUGGAAUUGAACCAUCGGCCAAUUUACUGUUUAACACCUACAGUGUUAAAGCUGGAAGUGACCUCACUCUUGAGGUUCCAAUAAGAGGCAGACCAAAACCUGUUGUUUCCUGGAAGAAGGACGGCCUUCCCCUGAAGCAGACAUCAUCAGUGACAAUCUUAAACACUGCAACCUCAACCAAAAUUGUCAUCAAAGAGGCUACCAGAGAACAUGUUGGAAAGUAUGAAAUCACUCUGGCCAAUGCAGCAGGAACUGUCUCAUCAGAUAUCGGAGUUGUUGUCCUCGAUAAACCAGGUCAACCAAAAGCAAUAAAGGUGGAUGCUGUGACCUCAGACAGCAUCACACUCUCCUGGUCCCCACCAGAAUACGAUGGUGGGUGCUCUAUCAGCAAUUACAUUGUGGAGAAGAGAGACACAAACACACAGGAAUGGCAGAUGGUGGCAAGUAAUGUUGCCAGAACAGCUUUCAAGGCUGGCCGCCUGACACACGGAGCAGAGUACCAGUUCCGUGUCUAUGCAGUUAAUCGCUAUGGAAAGAGCACGUAUCUGGAUUCACCUGGAAUCACUGCUAUGUAUAACUUCAAACAACCUGGACCCCCUUCCACACCCAUAGUGAAACUGGCCACCAAGUCUUACAUGUUGGUGACCUGGAAUGAGCCGGUCAGUGAUGGUGGCAGUCCUGUUUUGGGCUACCAUCUGGAAAGGAAGGAGCGUUCUAGCAUUCUUUGGACAAAGAUGAACAGAGGAAUGAUCAAAGAUACAGAAUACAAAGUCAAUGGAAUUGAAGAAGGCAUGAUGUAUGAAUACCGCGUCUAUGCUGAAAAUAUUGCUGGCAUUGGUAAAUGCAGCAAGGCCUGUGAAGCUGUAGCAGCCAGAGAUCCAUGCGAUCCCCCAGGCACACCUGUGGUUACUGCAGUUACCAGAUCAUCUGUGUCCUUAUCUUGGGAUAAACCAGAGUAUGAUGGUGGAGCCAAAGUUUCUGGUUACAUUAUUGAACGCAGAGACCUUCCUGAAGGACGCUGGACAAGGUGCAACUUCACAAAUGUGCCUGAGACCCACUAUGAAGUGACAGGCCUUAUAGAGAACAGCCAGUAUGAUUUCCGUGUGAUUGCAAAGAAUGCAGCUGGACUGUUCAGCAUACCAUCAUACAACACUGGUCCUAUCACUGUGAAGGAUGAUGUGGAUCCACCUCGCAUCAUGAUGGAUGUGAAGUUCAGAGAGACAUUGCAUGUAAAAGCAGGAGAAACUCUGAAGAUUAAUGCUGACCUGGUUGGACGUCCUGCUCCUGUCAUCUCCUGGACAAAGGAUGGCAAAGAGAUUGAGUUGAGAGCCAGAAUCCAAAUUAUCUCAACAGAUACCAACACAUGUGUCAUUGUGAAAGACUGCAUCAGAAGAGAUUCUGGACAGUAUGCCUUGACUCUUCAGAAUAUUGCGGGAGCAGUUACCAUGCCGAUAAACUGUGUAAUUCUGGAUAAACCAGGACCCUCAGCAGGACCCCUACAAAUCACUGGUCUCUCAGCUGAGGAGUGCACUCUGUCAUGGGGUCCUCCUCAGGAGGCCGGUGGUGCUGACAUCACUCAUUACAUUGUUGAAAGGCGUGAGACCAGCCGCUUGGCAUGGACACUGGUGAAGGGAGACGUCAAAAAGACAUACUUCAAAGUCACCGGCCUGCUCAAGGGCAAUGAAUAUAUCUUCAGGGUUCUGGCUGUCAGCAAGCAUGGACUUGGCGAGGCACUGGAGAGUGAUGCUGUAAAGAUCACAGAUCCCUACACAUUCCCCUCCGCUCCAGCAAGUGUUGAUGUAACUACUAUAACCAGCGAUUCCAUGACCCUCACCUGGUGCAAGUCAGCUAGUGAUGGAGGCAGUCCCAUCACUGGAUAUGUGAUUGAGCGCCGUGAGAAGACGGGCAUGCGAUGGGUUCGUGUGAACAGAGAUCCAGUUGUUGAAUGUACUGCAGUAGCAACCAAACUGCGCAAGGCUUGUGAGUAUGAUUUCAGGGUCUAUGCUGAAAAUGCAGCUGGUUUGAGUCCCCCAAGUGAACCAUCUGCAACAUUCAGAGCAUUGGAUCCUCUGGUUGUUCCAUCUCGUCCAACCAAGCCAAAGAUCAUCAGUUCAACCAAGGAUUCUGUGUCCAUUGUCUGGAAACCUCCAGCAGAUGAUGGUGGUGCUCCCAUCCUUGGAUACAGUGUGGAAUACAGAGACUACAUCCACAAACCAGAGCCAGAGGUUGAAGAAGAGGAGGAAGAAUAUGAGGAGGAAGAGGAAGAGGAGGUACCCGAAUCACCUGAAGAACUUGCAAGAUGGAUUGAAGCUAUCCCUCUUACCAAGAGCUUAGAGUUCACAAUCACUGGAUUAAAGACAGAUGCAGAAUAUGAAUUCUGUGUUAAGGCAAUCAACAAAGUUGGCAGCGGUGUGCGUAGCCCAUAUUCAGAUGCAGCUGCAGCAAUGGACAGAACUUCAGAGCCAUCAUUUGACGCUGAUAUCGAGAUGCGGAAAGUACUUAUUGUUAAGCACGGCACUGCAUUUACACUCAAUGUGCCAUUCAAAGGAAAACCUGUGCCAUCAGUAGCUUGGGCCAAGGAGGGUGUUGACCUAAAAGUCAGAGGAACCAUCGAAGCAACAGAAUCCAGCACUUCACUCACUAUUGAGAAGUCAAACAGAAAUGAUUCUGGAGAGUACCAUGUUACCAUUGAAUCUCCACUGGGAAAAGCAACCCUGCCCAUUGUUGUCAAAGUGCUUGAUUCUCCUGGACCCCCAGUCAAUGUGAAAGUUUCAGCGGUGACCAGGGAUUCUGCUACCCUCAUGUGGGCGGCUCCAGAGAAUGAUGGCGGUGAUGCAGUAAAGGCAUACCAUGUUGAAAAACGUGAGGCCAGUAAAAAGGCCUGGGUAUCUGUGACCAGCAACUGCCAUGAUCUGACUUACAAGGUGGAAGACUUGCAGGAGGGAGCCAUCUACUACUUCAGAGUUAUUGGAGAAAAUGAGUAUGGAGUGGGCGAGCCUCAGGAGGCCAAGGCUGGAACAAAGAUUACAGAGGUACCAAGUCCACCUAUGAAACUUGGAGUUGUAAACGUUACCAAGGACAGUGUUACAAUUGCCUGGACGAGACCAGAGUAUGAUGGCGGCAGCAGAGUCACUGGCUAUCUUAUUGAUGCCGUGGAGAAGGGACAGACCAAGUGGGUGAAGUGUGCCACUGUGAGGACGAUGAAUCACACCAUUAAGAGCCUGAGGGAAGGUGCUGAGUACUUCUUCAGAGUCCGAGCAGAGAACCACGCCGGACUCAGUGAACCCAAGGAGAUGAUCGUUCCUGUUAUUGUCAAGGAAAUACAAGAGGCUCCUGAGUUUGACCUGACUAACUACCCCAAGAAUACAGUUUAUGUGAAAGCAGGAGCCGACCUGACCUUUGAGAUUCCUCUCACUGGCAGGCCUAUACCAAAGGUGACCAUGUCUAAGAACAAUGUUGCUAUCAAGGGAUCCAAUAGACUGUUGACAGAAGUGACUCCAGACAGCUUAAUUAUUACCCUAACCGAAAGCAUUUCCAGUGAUGCUGGCAAAUAUGAAAUCACCGCCUCAAAUGCAGGAGGUACCACCAAGAUCUUCAUCAUCUUUGUUGUGCUGGACAAACCCGGACCUCCUGUUGGUCCUGUUGAGAUUGGAGAGGUUGGAGAAACGACAGUGUGUCUGAAAUGGGCUCCUCCAGAGUACGAUGGUGGCAGUCCAGUUACCAACUACGUUGUCCUGAAGCGUGAAACCAGCACUCCAAUGUGGACAGAGGUGUCCGCUAGCAUUGCCAGAACCUCAAUCAAGGCAACUAAGCUGACCAAAGGAGAGGAGUAUCAGUUCAGGAUCAAGGCUCAGAAUCGCUUUGGUGUCAGUGACCAUAUUGACAGCAAGCCAGUCACGAUAAAGCUUCCCUACACCAUCCCUGGACCUCCAUCCACCCCAUGGCUUGGCUACGUAUCUCGUGAGAGCCUAACAGUGUGCUGGAAUGAGCCUGUCAAUGAUGGUGGAAACCCUGUGUUUGGAUAUCAUCUCCAGAUGAAGGAGAGAAGCAGCAUCCUCUGGCAGAAGGUCAAUAAGACAGCAAUCCCAGCUAACCAGUGGCGUGUCACAAACAUCUGCCCUGGCCUCAUCUAUGAAUUCAAGGUUGCGGCUGAAAAUGCUGCUGGUAUUGGAAAGUUGAGUAAGACUUCUGAAGAGGUGCUUGCUAUUGAUGCCUGCGAGCCCCCAGCAAACGUCCAUGUCACAGAAGUGACCAAAAACUCUGUCAGCCUUGCCUGGCAGAGGCCUCCAUUCGAUGGCGGCAGCAAGAUUACUGGCUACAGCGUGGAGAGGAGGGAAGCUCCAAGUGGCAGAUGGGUGAAGGCAAACUUUACAAACAUCAUCGAGAUGGGCUUCACUGUGUCCGGACUGAACCAGGAUGAGUCUUAUGAGUUCAGAGUGUAUGCAAAGAAUGCUGUCGGAUCUGUCAGCAACCCAUCUCUCAUUGCCGGCCCUGUCACUUGCGUCGAUGCCUGUGGUGCCCCAGCCAUCGAUCUUCCUCCAGAGUAUCUGGACGUGGUUCAGUUUAAGGCUGGAGUCUCAGUUAAGCUCAGAGUAGGGAUUAUUGCCAAGCCUCUCCCAACCAUCGAGUGGCUCAAAGAUGGAAAAGAGCUGGUAGCAACCUCCAAACUGUCUGUGGAAAGCACAACUGACUCUUCUGCUGUUCUGAUCAAGGACGCAACUCGCUUCGACACAGGCUCAUAUGAGAUCAAGAUUAAGAAUGUUCUUGGAUCAGCAUCUGCAACCAUCAGGAUAGAAAUCCUCGACAAACCUGGUCCCCCAGCUGGCACCAUUAACUUCAACUCCAUCACAGCUGACAAGAUCAUCUUCAGCUGGGAACCUGUGCCCGAGUCUGACCAGGGUGGUUCUAAAGUGACCCACUAUAUUGUCGAGAGGCGUGAAACUAGCCGAGUGGUCUGGUCGACAGUUUCAGACAAGUACGAACAGACACACAUCACUGUCGGCAAACUGGUGCGUGGAAAUGAGUAUGUGUUCCGCGUCAUGGGUGUUAACAAGUUCGGACUAGGCGAGUCACUGGAGUCAGAGCCCGUCAUCGCUAAGAAUGCCUUUGUAACUCCUGGCCAGCCCCGUACUCCUGAGGUGAACACCAUCACUAAGACCACCAUGUUGGUAGAAUGGGACAAACCAGGUGUGGACGGAGGUAGCACCGUGACCGGCUACUAUCUGGAGAGGCGAGAUAAGAAGAGUCUGCGCUGGAUCAGGGUUUACAAAGAUCCUGUUACUGACAUCAAACAAACUGUUUACCACCUGACUGAAGGAAAUGAGUAUCAAUAUCGUGUCUGUGCCAUUAACAAGGCUGGAGAAGGGCCAUUCUCUGAUGUAUCAGAUUACUACAAGGCUGCUGACCCAGUUGAUACACCUGAUGAGCCUUGCAAGUUGAAGGUGGUGGACUCCACGAAGACAUCCAUCACCUUGGGCUGGUCCAAACCAGAAUGGGAUGGAGGCAGUGAGGUCACCAGCUACCUGGUGGAGAAGCUUGUUGAGGGAGAGCAAGAGUGGGCCAUGAUUACCUCCAAGGGAGAGGUCAAGACAACAGAGUACAUAGUUCAUGACUUAAAACCAGAUAUCAACUACUUCUUCAGAGUCUCUGCUGUCAAUUGUGCUGGCCGUGGUGAACCUCUGGAGAUGACCGAACCUGUGCAGGCCAAGGAUAUCCUGGAGGAGGCCCAGAUUGACUCAGAUGUUGCCAUGAGAACUCACUACAUUGUGAAGGCUGGAAAGGAUGUGGAGCUAUCUGUUCCUCUGAAGGGCCGACCUGCUCCCACUGCCUCCUGGAGCAAGGGAGAAGAAUGCAUCGACCGCAAUCCCCAAUACGAGUUCCACCUCUCAGACACGACCACAGUCCUUGUUAUGCGUGAGGUGACCAGGCUCGACACUGGAAACUACACAGUGAAGAUAGAGAAUGGUGUUGGAGAGCCCAAGACUCUGACCCUGUCUGUGAAAGUCCAGGACACACCAGCUCAGUGCAGGAACCUGGUCCUAAAGGAUGUGACCCGUGGAAAGGUGACUCUCUGUUGGGAACCUCCACUCCUCGACGGCGGUGCUGAAGUCACAAACUAUAUUGUUGAGAAGAGGGACUCCUCCAAGAGAUCAUACUCUGCAGUGACAAACAAAUGCACAGACACAACAUACACCAUUGAAGAUCUCUCUGAAAAGACAUCCUUCUUCUUCCGUGUCUUAGCAGAGAACGAGAAUGGUGUUGGUGAUCCAUGUGAUACACUUGAGCCCGUAAAGGCUACAGAGACACCGGGACCAGUCAAGGAAGUCUGUAUGAAGGAUUCAUCUAAGACCUCUGUCAAUUUGCAGUGGCUGAAGCCUGAAUAUGAUGGUGGCAGCAUCAUCUCUGACUAUGUUAUUGAGAAGAAGCUGAAGGAUGAGGAGUGGUCAUUGGGAGGAACCAGCAGGCAGUGUGAGUUUGAGGUCAAGAAACUCAAGGAGCACACAAAUGUGUUCUUCAGAGUUGCUGCCAGGAAUGAAAAGGGACAGGGUGACUUUGUUGAGGUUGGACCUAUCAAGGUCAUUGAUUACAUUAUCACACCAGAGGCAGACCUUUCAGAGUACCCAGAUGGCAAGAUAAGCAUUCGCCUGGGUCAUAAUGUGCACAUUGAGCUACCAUACAAAGGCAAACCCAGACCUGCUGUCCUGUGGCUGAAGGACAACCUGCCUCUAAAGGAAAGUGACCAAGUGCGCUUUAAAAAGACAGAGAACAAAGCCACUCUGAUGAUUAAGAAUGUGAAAAAGGAGAACGAGGGUAAAUACACUCUCACCCUUGACAAUAAGGUCAACAGAAGAUCCUUCCACAUCCAUGUCAUCACACUCGGACCACCAUCGAAGCCUGUCGGACCCAUCCGACUGGAUGAAGUGAGGGCUGAGAGCAUCAUGAUCUCCUGGGAUGAACCCAAUGAUGACGGUGGUGGAGAUAUCACCUGUUACUCUGUGGAGAAGCGUGACACUUCCCAGUCUGACUGGAAGAUGGCCUGCUCCAGUGUGGUGGGCACUCAGUUCAAGAUCCCCAACCUUAUCAAAGGUGUCCAGUACCAGUUUAGAGUGUGUGCUGAGAACAGAUAUGGUGUCAGCGAGCCUCUGAUUUCACAGAUGGUCAUCGCCAAGCAUCAGUUCAGGCCUCCAGGCCCACCAGGCAAGCCUGUGGUGUACAACAUCACAAAUGAUGGUAUGACCAUUCAGUGGGAGAAGCCCAUCUAUGACGGUGGAACCCCUAUCCAGGGUUACCAUGUGGAGAAGAAGGAGAAGAACAGCAUCAUGUGGCAAAAGGUAAACACCAUGCUGAUCAAGGACACAGACUUCAGGAUUUUAGAGCUCAUUGAAGGCCUGGAGUACUCCUUCAGAGUCUAUGCCCAGAACGAUGCUGGCUUCAGUCGAAUGAGCGAUGAGAGCAAGCCAACCAUGGCUGUCAGUCCUGUUGAUCCUCCUGGCCAGCCUGACUACACUGAUGUGACCAGUGACUCUGUGACACUGAAAUGGGAUGCACCAAAACGUGAUGGUGGCAGCAAGAUUACUGGCUAUAACAUUGAAAAACGCCAAGGAAAGGGCCGCUGGUUCAAGGCCAACUUGACAGACGUACAUGACUGUCAGUACACCGUCACUGGGCUGGCAACAAAUGAACGCUACGAGUUCAGAGUCAUUGCUAGAAAUGCCAUCGGCGUUGUCAGUCCCCCGUCCAACUCCUCUGGCUUGAUUGUUGUCAGAAGUGAGAACGCUACUCCAAAUAUCGAGUUUGGCCCUGAGUACUUUGAAGGUUUGACAGUCAAGGCAGGAGACAUCAUCAGACUGAAGGUGACCAUUACUGGACGCCCAGUUCCCAAAGUGGUCUGGUUCAGAGAUGGCAUGCAGAUCACCAAAAAAAUGAUGGACAUCAUCACUGUAGCUGGAUCUAGCACUCUAUUCGUCAGGGAUGCUGACCGCACCCAUCGUGGCCUUUACACUGUAGAGGCCACCAAUGGAUCUGGAACCAAGAAGGAGAACAUCCUGGUCCAAGUCCAAGACACACCUGGGGAGCCAGUCGGUCCCAUCACCUUUAGCAACAUCUCAGAGGGCAAGUGCACUCUGUCAUGGAAUGCACCGGAGAACGACGGCUGCUCUGACAUUUCACAUUACAUCAUCGAGAAGCGUGAGACUGCCAAAAUCUCCUGGGCCCUGGUGUCUGAUGAGUGUAAGGAGUGCACGUUCAAUGCCAGCAAGCUAAUCAAGACCAAUGAAUACCAGUUUAGGGUGUCUGCUGUUAACAAGUUUGGAGUUGGCAGACCUUUGGAGUCCAGCCCCAUCAUUGCACAGAUGCAGUAUACUACUCCUGAUGCUCCAGGCACUCCUGACGCCACAGACGUGACCGGAGAGAGCAUCACCCUGUCCUGGACUCCUCCAACUUCUGAUGGAGGAAACCCCAUUCAGUACUACAUCCUUGAGAAACGAGAGAAGAAGACUGUCCGCUUCUACAAGGUGAUGACCAAGAAACCCAUCACUGAGUGUGCUCACAAGGUACUCAACCUGACAGAAGACAUGGAAUACGAGUUCCGUGUUAUGGCCGUCAAUGACGCCGGUGUCGGAACUCCAAGCAACAUCUCUGUGCCCAUCAAAGCUGCUGAGCCAAAGGACAUUCCCUGUGCUCCAUCUGUGGUCUGUGUGUCCGACUCCACCAACACCUCCAUUAGCUUGGAAUGGACCAGGCCUAUGGACGAUGGAGGCAUGGAUAUCAUUGGCUACGUUGUUGAGAUGGUUAAAGGAGAGGAGACUGAAUGGAAGAGAGUGAACAAGGAGCUUGUGCCAGAAACUCAUCACGUAGUGACCGGUCUACAGACAGGAGCUGAGUACAAGUUCCGUGUGGCAGCUGUCAAUCACGUGGGUAGAGGUGAGGACAAGGAGAUCCCAGAGCCCGCUCAGGCUGUUGAUAGGCUGACACCUCCACAGGUAGACAUCGAUGCCACCUUCAAGCAGACACACAUCGUAAAGGCUGGAGGUUCAGUGUGCCUGGGUAUCCACUUCAGAGGAAAGCCCAUUCCCACCGCCACCUGGGUGAAGGAGGAGGGAGAACUUGGUGCCAUGUCAGAGGUCAGAACAACUGAUGGUUAUAGCUCUCUCAGUAUUGAAAACUGCUCUAGAACUGAUACAGGCAAGUACACAGUUAACCUGGAGAAUGCCAGCGGCAGCAAGGCCAUUACCUUUGUUGUAAAGGUGAUGGACACUCCUGGGCCUCCACAGGCUGUGGCCUUCAAGGAGGUAUCCAGAGGCUCAGUCACACUAAUCUGGGAGCCUCCUCUCAAUGACGGUGGAGCCCGAGUCCAUCACUACAUUGUUGAGAGGCGUGAGGCCAGCCGCCGUACUUGGCAGCAGUCUGGUGGUAAGUGCACACAGCACAUCCUGAAGAUCCAGGACCUGCUGGAGGGAGUACCAUACUUCUUUAGAGUCUCCGCUGAGAACCAGCAUGGUAUAGGCGAAGCGUUUGAGCUGACUGAGCCUGUCAUUGCGACUGCAGAGCCUUCAGCUCCAAAGAGAAUGGACAUCCUGGACACCACAGACAGCUCUGUUUCACUGGGCUGGCUGAAACCAGAGCAUGAUGGUGGCAGUCGCAUCCAGCAAUAUGUCAUUGAAGCUAAGGCAAAGGGUACAGACAAAUGGAUGGUGGUUGGCAACACCAAGAAUCUCACCUACGUGGUUGAAAAGCUCAACAAGGGUGACGAGUAUGACUUCCGUGUGAAAGCUAAGAAUGAAUCUGGGUACAGCAUCCCGAAGGAAACUCUGGCUCCUGUACUGGUGAAAGAGCCUCACAUUGAACCUGCUGCUGACCUCAGUGAAAUUGCCAACCAGCUCAUCACAUGCAGGUCUGGCAACACCUUCACUAUCGAUGUUCCUAUCAUUGGUAGACCUGCACCUAAGGUAACGUGGAAGCUGGAGGAGAUGAGGCUGAAGUGCUCAGACAGAGUAUCCAUCAAAGUAACCAAGGACAGAACCAGCAUCUCAGUCAAAGAGUCCAUGAGAGGAGACGGCGGUAAAUACUACCUGACUCUGGAGAACGUGGCAGGAACCAGAACCUUUACUAUUGAAGUGAAUGUGACAGCCAGACCAAGUCCUCCAACUGGGCCCAUUGAAAUCUCUUCCAUCACCUCUGAGUCUUGUGUCAUCAACUGGCAACCACCAGAAGACGAUGGUGGCACCGACAUCACCAACUAUAUUGUGGAAAAGCGUGAGUCUGGUUCCACAGCCUGGCAGCUCAUCAACUCCAGUGUAAAGCGUACGUCUCUCCACGUCAGUUACCUGACCAAAUACAUGCAGUACACGUUCAGGGUCUCUGCUGAAAACAGAUUUGGUGUCAGCAAGUCCACAGAGUCUGAGACUAUCAUUGCAGAGCAUCCUUUCACACCUCCGGGUCCACCAACAAAGCCUUCGGUCUUCAAUGUCACUGCUAACACAAUGACCCUGAAAUGGGAGGAGCCCUACCAUGAUGGUGGCAGCAAGGUGACAGGCUAUUGGAUUGAGAAGAAAGAAAGGAACAACAUCCUGUGGGUGAGGGAGAACAAGAUCCCAUGCUUUGAGUGCUACUACAAGGUGGAAGGUCUGGUGGAGGGUCUAGAGUAUCAGUUCAGGGUUUAUGCAAUGAACAGCGCUGGACUGAGCAAAGCCAGCGAGGCCUCCAAGGGAGCAAUCGCUCAAAACCCAGUUGAUCCGCCAGGUAAACCUGAAGUCACAAAUGUUACAAGAACCACUGUGUCGCUCAAAUGGUCAGCUCCAUUGAACGAUGGUGGCAGUCCCAUUGUGGGCUACAUCAUUGAGCGUAAGCCAUACACUCUGACUGGUGAAGGUCGCUGGCUCAAGUGCAACUACACCAACGUGACUGACAACUUCUACACUGUGACCGCACUGGGAGAGGGAGAGCCCUAUGAAUUCAGAGUUAUUGCCAAGAAUGCCAACCAGGUCUUCAGCACGCCCUCCGAGUCCACCGGAUCUGUGCAGUGCAAGACCGACUUUGAGCCUCCAAAGGCCCAGCUGGACAGCAAACUUCUGUCUGAAACCGUGAUGGUCAGAGCUGGUUCAGACCUGGUUCUGGAUGCUGCAGUUGGUGGAAGGCCUGACCCCAAGGCUUCCUGGUCCAAGGGCAACAGGGAGCUAGAUCUAUGUGAGAAAUACUACCUGCAAUACACCCCAACCAAGGCCAUGGCCAUCAUUAAAUUCUGUGACAGAGAUGACACUGGAAAAUACAUCCUAACUGUCAGGAAUGUAAGCGGAACCAAGACUGCUGAGGUCAACGUCAAGGUGCUUGACACACCUGGAGUAUGUGAAGGCAGCAUUGAGAUUAGCAAGAUAACAGAAGAGUCAUGCACCCUGAGCUGGAAACCUCCUCUGGAGGACGGCGGUGAUGAUGUCGCUUACUACAUCGUGGAAAGGCGGGACACCAAUAGACUCAACUGGGUUAUCAUGCACGCUGAGUGCAAGGAGGUGACCUGCAACAUCACCGGACUGUUCAAGAACACAGAGUACCUGUUCAGAGUUCGCGGAGUUAACAAGUAUGGACCUGGCGUCUACCUCCAGUCAGAGCCCAUGGUUGCCAGGAACACAUUCACUGUGCCAACACCUCCUGGUGCUCCGGAGAUUCUGGUAUCGGGAAAGGACUUCGCCACCAUCGAGUGGCUGAAGCCGGAGAGCGACGGCGGCAGUCCAUUGAUCCACUACCUGGUGGAGAGACGUGAGAGAAAGAGUGCCCGCUGGGUGAAAGUGAACAGAGACGGUGCUCACCUGGACACCACUCUGAAGGUGUCCGGCUUGACUGAAGGCAACAUUUACCAGUUCAGAGUGACAGCCAUCAACAAGGCCGGGGAGAGUGAGGCCAGCGAGGUGUCUCUGUACGUCGUGUGCAGAGUGCCCACAUGCACCCCUGCUCCUCCUUCUAUCCCUCGUAUUACCGACACCCAUGCCAACAGCAUUAGCCUGGCCUGGUCCCGACCCGUGGAGGAUGGCGGAGCCGAAGUGAUUGGUUACAUCCUCGAAAUGCAGGAGGCUGGAGCAGAGGAAUGGAAGAAGGCCCAUGAGAAGACCCUGCGUGCCACAGAGUAUGUGGUGACUGGACUCUCUGCAGGCAAGAAGUACUGCUUCAGAGUGGCCGGCAUCAACAUCAAUGGCACAGGAGACUUCAGUGAACCCUGUGCUGAGACUGAGCCAGUGGAGAGAAUCGAAACUCCUGAUUUUGAGCUUCAUGAUGACCUCAAGAAAACCAUCUGCCUGCGCGCUGGUGGCUCACUCCGCCUCUUCGUCAAUGUCACUGGUCGUCCUGCUCCUGCUAUCACUUGGAGCAAGCCUGGCAUCGUCCUCCAAAAUAGAGGCUUCGUCGAGGUCACCAACACCUCCACCACUCUCAUCAUUGAUAAGGUUCAUCGUUACGAUGCUGGAAAGUACACACUGAUGGCUGAGAACUCUGCCGGAAAGCAGGAAGUCAACAUUCUGGUCAAGGUGUACGAUACUCCUGGACCAACUGGACCUAUCAAGAUCAAGGAGCUGACCAAGGAGUCUGCUACCAUUUCUUGGGAAGCCCCGACCGUGGAUGGUGGCGCUCCCGUCAACAACUACAUCAUCGAGCGCCGUGAGGCGUCCAUGAGAGCCUACAAAACUGUCACUUCUAAGUGCAAUAAAACGUCAUACAAGGUCGAUGGCCUUAUCGAGGGCAUGCUCUAUUACUUCCGUGUCCUCCCUGAGAAUAUUUAUGGUGUUGGUGAGCCCAGCGAGACUCCUGAUCUCAUCCUCGUUUGUGAGGUGCCUCUGCCACCACACAAGCUGGAGGUGAUUGAUGUCACCAAGACCACCGUCACUCUUGGCUGGGAGAAGCCCGAGCACGAUGGUGGCAGCAGACUGACAGGCUACGUCAUUGAAGCUUGUAAGUUCGGCACUGACAAGUGGAUGAAAGUGGCCACACUGAAGCUCACAGACUUUGAGCACACCAUCGAGAAGCUGACUGAGAACGAGCAGUUCAUGUUUCGAAUCAAAGCUGUCAACAGCAGAGGAGCCAGUGAGCCCAAAGAGCUUGUUGCAGCAGUCACUGUACAGGAACAAAGAGUGAUGCCUGUGGUGGACUUCUCCAGUAUUCCUCAGAAGGUUGUCAAUGUACUGGCUGGUAAGACUCUGGAUCUGGACCUGCCUAUCAUCGGCAGGCCUCCUCCCAUCUGCUCCUGGUACUUUGCUAACAACAAGAUGAAAGUCACAGACCGCGUCAAGAUCAAGAGCACUGGCAAGUUCUCCAAGCUGACCAUGUCUGACACCACCAUUGAUGACACUGGUGACUACACCUUGGAGGUGAAGAAUGCUGUUGGUGUCAUCACUGAGAUCAUCAAAGUCAUCGUUCUCUCUAAACCUGAUGAGCCCAGUGGACCAGUUAGGUUUGAUGAGAUUGAUGCCAACACCGUCACCUGCAGCUGGGAUCCUCCAGUCAGAGAUGGCGGCGCUCCCAUCAGUGGCUAUGUGGUGGAGCAGCGUGAUGCUCAUAGACCGGGCUGGGUGCCUGUCUGUGACUCCGUCAGUCGACCAUUGUUCAAGUUCGUGAACCUGAUUGAAGGAGAUGAGUACGUCUUCCGUGCAGCUGCUGUAAAUCGAUAUGGCACCGGAGAGUUCCUGCAGUCAGAGGUUGUCUCUUGCAGAAGCUUGAAGAAUGUACCUGGACCUCCUGGCCGCCCAACUGUCUUUGAUGUUUCACGUGACGGCAUGACAGUGGCCUGGAAUCCACCAGAGGAAGAUGGUGGUCUUGAGGUUUCUGGAUAUAUCAUUGAGCGUAAAGAAGUCAGGUCUGACAGAUGGGUGCGUGCCAACAAGAACCCCGUCACCAUGACCAGAUACAGGUCGACCGAACUGAUUGAGGGCCUUGAGUACGAGCACAGAAUCACUGCCAUCAAUGCCAGAGGACUGAGCAAACCCAGUCUGCUAUCCAAACCAGCUGUGGCAACAGAUCCAAUUGAUCCGCCAGGCUGUCCACAAAACCCAAGAGUCAUUGACACUACCAAGUCCUCUGUGUCACUGGCUUGGAGUCCUCCUGAUGAUGAGGGCGAUGCUAGAGUGGAUGGUUACCUGAUUGAAAUGCAGAAGGUAGGCACCAUGGCCUGGAUCAAGUGCAACACCACACCUUCUCUGAUCUGCGAGUACACACUGACCAAAAUGCCACAAGGAGAGGAGUUCAAAUUCCGUGUGAUGGCCUGCAAUGCCGGUGGCUCGGGAGAGCCUGCUGAAGUGCCAGGAACAGUGACUGUGACUGAAAUGCUCGAAUCUCCUGACUACGACCUGGAGCUGAAGUACAAAGAUGUGUACGUGGUUCGCCAUGGAGGAGUAGUCAGACUCUCUGUGCCCAUUAAGGGUAAACCUCACCCAGCCUGCAAAUGGUCCAAGGAUAGUGGUGCCAUCUCCACCAAGGCCAUGAUUGCCUCCACUGAGGACACCAGUGAACUAGUGAUCAAAGGAGCUGAGAGAAGUGACUCUGGUGUGUAUGAUCUGCUGCUUGAGAACAAGGUUGGUAAGAAGAAAGCCCAAAUCAAAGUAAAGGUCAUUGGCCGCCCUAGCGCCCCAGAGGGACCGAUGAUCUUUGAAGAGAUCCAGGCCAACUCUGUCAAGGUUUCCUGGAAGGCUCCCACAGAUGAUGGUGGCUCAGAGAUCCUCGGUUAUAUCGUAGAGAGACGUGAGGCAGCAAGAAACGCCUGGUACACCGUGGACUCCAGAGUGACUGAAACUCAGCUUGUUGUUAAGGGCCUGAAGGAAGGAACAGAGUACCACUUCAAGGUCACCGCUGAAAACUCCUUUGGUAUCAGUGCAUCUCUGAAGUCCGAGCAGCCACUUGUACCAAAGACUCCUCUCUGCCCCCCCGAACCUUCAAGCACCCCACCAGAGAUCAUGGACGUUACCAAGAGCUCAGUGGCACUGGCCUGGUCCAGACCAAAGGAUGAUGGCGGUUCUGCCAUUACCGGCUACUUUGUUGAGUACAAGGUGGUGUCUGCUGAGGCGUGGUCCCGUCACGGCACCAAGAUCACUUCCACCAUGUUUACUGUGCCUGGACUCACCCCUGAUACAGAGUACCAGUUCCGCAUUGUUGCCGUCAAUGACAUAGGCGAAAGCGAGGCUGGUCCUGUGUCUGAUCCAGUCACCUGCAAAGAUCCAUUUGACAAGCCCAGCCAACCAGGGGAGAUUGACAUUGUGACUGUGAUGAACAACUACAUCACAAUUCGCUGGCAAGCUCCAGAGUGCGAUGGUGGAAAAGAGGUCCUGGGCUACUGGAUGGAGUACAGAAAGUCCAUCGAGAGCUCCUGGAAGAAGUGUAACAAGCAGCGGUUGAAGGAAAAGGAGUUUACCAUGCCUGGACUGGCCGAGGCUACAGAGUACGAGUUUAGAGUGUUUGCUGAGAAUGAGACGGGAAUGAGCAGACCUCGUAGGACUGCCACUUGCAUCAAGACCAAACUCAGUGUUGAAACUAAACCAAGCCUGAGAAAGGAAAUGGAUGAAGUAACUGUUAAGCUUGGUCAGCCCGGUGUGAUGAAGUGCCAGAUUAUUGGCAGACCUGUCCCCAAUAUUAAGUGGUAUCAUGCUGGCAAGGAGGUUGUCGAGUCUCGCAAGUACGAGAUGAGCUCUGAUGGCCGCAACCACUCCCUGUCUAUCAUGACUGACCAGCAGGAGGAUGAGGGAGAAUAUACCUGCAAGGCCAUCAAUGAUGCAGGAGAAGCCGAAACUACAGGCACUCUGGUGUUGGAGGCUGCUCCAUCCUUCCACCCCGACUACCCACUGAAAGAAACCUACUACGCCGGCUUGGGAACUACUCUACGCAUCCACGUUGUCUACAUUGGCCGCCCUGAGCCCAAGAUCAUGUGGCUGCAUGGGGCAAAGACCCUGGAGAACUCGGACGACAUUAGCAUUGAGACCACUGAGCACUACACGCAUCUUGUCCUUAAGAAUGUGCAGCGCAGAGUCCAUGGAGGCAAAUACAGGAUCAGACUGCACAACCACUUUGGCAGGGCAGACACUGCCUUCAGUGUUGAGAUCUAUGACAAACCAGACAUGCCUCAGGGUCCCAUCAUCCUGGAUGCUCUCCUAAAGAACUCAGUGAUCAUCAGCUGGAAGCCUCCGAAGGACGACGGUGGCUGCAUGAUCACCAACUACAUUGUGGAGAAGCGCGAAGACAAGGAGGGCACCGAGUGGGAACUGGUAUCAUCAUCCAUCAAUGGCACAUCUUGCCGUGUGCCCAACCUCAUCGACAGUGCUGGAUACUUCUUCCGUGUCUAUGCCCAGAAUCGCUAUGGCAACAGUGAGCCACUGGAGCUCACAUCCCCCAUCCUCAUCAAGAGCCAGCUGGAGAAGCCAUCACCACCUCUGUCACCAGUUGUUUCUGGAAUUACCAAGGACUCCUGCGUGGUUUCCUGGAAGCCUCCACUCAGUGACGGUGGAUCUAAGAUCAAGAGCUACUGUCUUGAGAAGAAGCACAAGAAGGACAAGAAGGAAUGGACUGAAUGGACUCCUGUGACCACUGAUGAAAUCAAACAGACAGUGUUCUCUGUCAAGCAUCUGACAGAGGGCGUUGAGUACAUCUUCCGUGUUAACUGCGAGAACCUUGGAGGACAAAGUGAGUACAGCGAGGAGACUGCACCCAUCAUUCCGGCUACAGCUGUAGACGUCCGUGCUCCAGCCUUCAAGGAGGAGCUGAGAAACAUGAGUGUCAAGUAUAAGAGCAAUGCUACGCUCGUCUGCAAGAUCCUUGGACAGCCCAAGCCUGUGAUUAAAUGGUUCAGGCGAGGAAAGGAGAUCCACUCUGAUGGAAAGAAAAUCAAGAUCCAGGAGUUUAAGGGAGGUUACCACCAGCUGGUCAUCACUGAGGCAGAUGAGGAAGACUCUACUGUUUACCAGAUUAGGGCCACCAACCAGGGAGGCUCCAUCUGUGCUACAGUGUCCCUGGAUGUUGAAAUCCCUGCCAAGAUCAACCUGCCAAAGACCCUGAAGGACAAGGAAGCCAUCCCCGCCCUGCGUGGAGAGGUGGUCAACAUCAAGAUUCCAUUCGGCGGCAAACCAGAUCCUGUCAUCACAUGGCAGAAGGGGCAAGAUCUCAUUGACAGCAAUGGCCACUACCAAGUCAUCGUCACCAGAUCAUUCACCUCGUUGGUGUUCCCCAACGGUGUUGAGAAGAAGGAUGCUGGUUUCUACAUCGUUUGUGCCAAGAACAGAUUUGGCAUUGACCAGCAAACAGUUGAGCUAGAUGUAGCUGAUGUGCCUGAUCCUCCACGUGGUGUUAAAGCUAGUGACAUCUCCAGAGACUCGGUCACUCUGAACUGGGUGGCCCCAGCCAAUGAUGGUGGCAGCAAGGUCGUCAGCUACAUUAUUGAGAAGUGCCCUACCACAGCUGAGAGGUGGCAACGUGUUGCACAGUCCCGUGACACCCGCUACACUGUUAUCAACCUGUUCGGAGGAACAAGCUAUCAGUUCAGAGUUAUUGCUGAGAACAAGUUUGGACAGAGUGCCCCAUCUGAGUCCAGUGGACCUGUCAUGACCAAAGAGGACAAGUCUAGAGUCCUGCUCUAUGACAGAGAGGUGGACGAUACUGGACGUGUUCCCAAGGGCAAGGCUCCACACGGUGAUGCCAAGAAUCUGCACAACAAAUACUCCAUUGCAGAAGAGCUAGGUAGAGGUCAGUUUGGUAUUGUCCAUCGCUGUGUUGAAACCAGCUCUGAGAAGACAUAUAUGGCUAAAUUUGUCAAAGUGAGAGGUGCUGAUCAGGCAAUUGUCAAGAAGGAAAUUGCAACACUGAAUCUGGCCAAACACACAAACUUCCUCCUUCUCCAUGAGUCCUUCGACAGCCCUGAGGAACUUGUGAUGAUCUAUGACUUCAUCUCUGGUGUUGACAUCUUCGAGCGCCUCAACACAGCUGAGUUUGAGCUGAAUGAGCGUGAGAUUGUAAACUACAUCAGGCAGAUCUGCUCAGCUCUUGAGUUCCUUCAUGCUGAGAGCUAUGGACACUUUGAUAUCAGGCCUGAGAACAUCGUGUACACCACCAGAAGCAGCUCUAAUGUGAAAAUUAUUGAGCUUGGACAGUCCAGACACCUGACUCCUGGGGACCAGAUCAAGGUUCAGUACACUACUGCAGAGUACGCUGCCCCUGAGAUCCACCAGUGUGACAUGGUGAGCACAGUCACUGACAUGUGGUCAGUUGGUGUCCUUGCCUAUGUGCUGCUCAGUGGACUCAAUCCAUUCACAGCUGAAACCAACCAACAGAUGAUCGACAACAUCUCCAAUGCAGCCUACAGCUACGAUGAUGAGUCCUUCAAGCAGGUCAGUGUGGAAGCAUUGGACUUCACCGACCGUCUCAUGACAAAAGAACGUAAGCACCGUAUGAAAGCAGCUGAGGCUCUGGCACAUCCUUGGCUCACCAAGCCUACUGAGGAGCUCAGCGCCAGAUCAAUUCCAUCUGGAAGGCAUAAGAGAUACUACCAGACAAUGCUGAAAAAAGAGUGGAGCACUGUUGUAUCUGCUGCCCGUGUGGCCAGUGGCGGUUCCAUCAGAUCACAGCGUGGCGUCUUCGUUGCCAAGGUGAAGAUUGCUCCGUUUGAACACGGCCCUCUUGCAGGUCAGAUUAGCCACGCUAUGGUGAAUGACGGGGACAGUGUGAAGUUCAUCUGCAACAUCGACAAUUAUGACAGCACCACUGAGGUUACGUGGUACUGUGGCGUCAGGCAACUUGAAGCUGGUGACAAAUAUGAAAUUGAGUAUGAGGAUGGUCUGGCUGUAAUCACUGUCAACAAGGUUACAAGAACAGACGAUGGAACAUACAGGUGCAAGGUUGUGAAUGAGUACGGUGAGGACAGUGCUUAUGCAGAGCUGUUUGUCAACACUGUUAGAUCAUACCGUGACUUCUUCACCACCCGAGUGGUGAAGAAAACAAAGCGCAGAGUAGACACUGCCAGAAUGCUGCAGAAGCCGCCAGAGUUCACCCUGCCUCUGAUCAACCGCACAGCGUACAUUGGUGAGGAUGUGCGUUUUGGUGUCACCAUCACCGUUCACCCUGAGCCUCGUGUCAUCUGGCAUAAGUCUGGACAAAAGCUCAUCCCUGGACAUGAUGACAGAAAAUACACUUUCAUUAGCGACAAAGGUUUGUACCAGCUGAUUAUCCACAACCUAGACAAUGAGGAUGAUGCUGAGUACAGCGUUGUGGCUCGUAACAGGUACGGUGAUGACAGCUGCAAGGCUCGUCUCACCGUUGUUCCUCGACCUAAACCAGCAGAUCUCACUCUGAGGCCCAUGUUUAAACGCCUUCUCGCUAACGUUGAGUGCAAAGAGGGCCAAAAUGUGCGUUUUGAGAUCAGAGUAUCUGGCCAUCCCACGUUGAAGUGGGAGAAGGAUGGCACUCCUUUAGCCUUUGGACCCUCCAUCGAGGUCAUCCACGAGGGGCUGGACUACUUCAUCCUUCAUGUGAGAGACACUCUCCCCGAGGACUCUGGUGUUUACAGAGUUACUGCUACCAACUCUGCUGGAUCUGCAAGCUGCCAGGCCACGCUCAAGGUGGAGCGUGUUGCCCACGUAAAGAAGGAUAUUGAGACCAGUGAAAAGGAGAAGGAAAAGGCCGCUGGAAAAGAGGAGUUAGAUAAGAAGGUGAGGCUGUCUCAGAUUUUGUCUGGAACUGUUGUUAUGCCUCUGCCACCUGCAGCAGUACAGGCUGUAAGAGAGGCAGCCACCAUGUUCAAACCUGCUGUCACCACUAAGAAGGGCGAGAAGACUGAGGCCGAGAUCCAGAAAGAACAGGAGGAGAGGAAGAAGAGGGCCGAUGAGAAAAGGCUGCGUAUGCCCUACGUCGUCCCCACGCCUCGUGUCAUUAACCCUGCUGUUCUGGAGGAGGAUGUGGAAAUAAAACACUUUAAACCACUCUCUGACAUGAAAUGGUACAAGAAGCUGCGGGACCAGUAUGAGUUCCCUGAGCCGAUGGACAAAAUCAAGCAGAAGAGGAUGAAGCGUAUCCGCCUCUCCAGGUGGGAGCAGUUUUAUGAGGUGCCCAUCAGGAUCAAGGACCAGUACAAGCCCAAAUGGCGGAUCUCAUCCAUGACCCAAGAUGACUUAGAGACAGUGAGGCCUGCAAGGCAUCGUACACCUUCCCCUGAGAUGGAGGCUUACCACAGGAUCAGGAGGAGGUCCCUGGGUGACUUGUCAGAUGAAGAGCUGCUGCUGCCGGUGGAUGAGUACUUGUCCAUGAAGAGAACUGAGGAGGAGAGGCUGCGUCUGGAGGAGGAGCUGGAGCUUGGUUACUCUGCCUCUCCACCAAGCCUCAGCCCAGUUCGCUUUGAGCUGUCUGCACUGCGUCCUUCUUCUCCAAGAAGAGUCUAUAGCGAUGAUGAAGAGGGAGAAGAAGUCCACAGGUAUGACUCCUACCGAAUUCCAUCUAAAUAUGAGGCUGGCCCAAGCUUUGUUGACCUCCGCCAGCGUCACGACAAAGCCACAUACAAACCUCCGAGACAGAAGCAGAGGGUGUAUGAAGAAAGAGAAGAUCAGGAGCUGCUGCGUCCUCACACCACCGCCCAGAGAAUCUCUUCUUACAAGAGUGAACUGAAACGCAUGGAGUUUGAAGACAAGACCCGAGCCUCAAGAAAGGAAACAACUGUUACCAUUUCAACAGUCUCUGAGGCCAUGGAGUCUGAACACCUAACGACUUUCACCUCAGAAUAUAUUCCUAAACCAAUCAAGAAGCUCCCAACGCCUGAACCUGUAAGGAGGAGGUCUCCAACCCCAGAGAAAGCUGCAAAGACAGACGUCAGCUUUCCUAAAGUCGACUUCAUGUCCAGGUACGAAGAGAGAAAGCAGGCUCUGAGAUCAGAGAGAAGAUCUGUGGAGAGGAAGGUGGAGGUGGUUACACAGACUCCCUUUAGCCUUGAUCACGCCCCUCGUAUCACCAUCAGGAUGCGAUCUCACCGUGUGCCCUACGGCUCCAACACUAGGUUCACCCUGAACAUCCAGGCCAAACCUGAGCCAGACGUCAAGUGGUUCCACAACGGAAAAGAGAUUCACCAGAGCAGCAAAUACCACAUGACCAACAUCAGCGGAGUUCUGACUCUCCAGAUCAUCAGAUGUGUGACUGAAGACUCCGGAACUUACCGUGUGGUCUGCAGGAAUGCCAAAGGAGAGACUUCUGACUAUGCCACAUUGGAUGUAGCAGGAGAAGAGUAUGCCGCCUUCUCUUCACUCCGCAAAGAUGAGGAGCCUCCGUCUGCCCAUCUGCCCGAGAUGACCAGAACAGAGGUGUACCACAUGUCCUCCUCCAAAACAACGGUGAAGGAAACUGAAACAGUUAAAGAGACCACCACUGUUGUUGAAAAGCUGAGGGAGAAACCCAAUGUUCCCGCCAAAAUCCUGACCAAACCACAGUCAUUGACAGUGGAGGAGGGAGACAAUGCCAGGUUUGACUGUGAUGUAGAUGGAGAACCGGCACCAGCUAUCACCUGGCUGCAUGAAGGUGCUGCUGUUGGUCCCUCCGCUCGCCACCACAUCGUCUCUACUCAGUACAACUCCUCCUUCGAGAUCUCAGCUGUAGAGGUGUCGGAUGAAGGCAGCUACAGUCUACUUGUGGAAAACGCUGGAGGCAAACAAGAAGCCCAUUUCACGCUGAAGAUCCGGAAGUCUGAGUCAAAGGACAAAGUGGUCUCCACAACUAGAGUCACCUCUCCCGAGGCUAAAUCCCCUCUUCCCAAGUCUCCUGAGCCAAUCAAAUCUCCACAGAGAGUCAAGUCUCCAGUCUCCCCAAAGUCCCCGACACCGAAGUCCCCAACACCAAAGUCUCCUACUCCCAAAUCCCCAACUCCAUCUGAGAGGGAACGAGUGAUUUCUCCAACAAAGCCACCAAACAAGAAGCCGUCUUUCUCUGCUCUACUGAGCGACGUCGCUGCAGCUUCCGACUCGAUUGUAAAAUUGUCAGUGAAGCUGACAGGAGAGCCCAAACCUGCAGUCUCAUGGAUGAAAGACGGAAAGGUUCUCUCUCAGGGUGGGAAGUACGAAAUAUUUGAGGAUUCUGGCUCUGCAUAUCUUGAGAUCUAUGAAUCUGAGGUCUCUGAUAGUGGGGUCUACAAGUGCACUGCUUCCAAUUCUGCUGGAGCAGCAUCGACGACCUGCACUGUCACCGUACGAGCCUCAAAGAGCUCCAAAAUAACAGUCUGUGAGGACAUCAUUAAAAAGGAAACAGUUCUUGAGGAAGUGUCGUCCUCUUUGAAGGAGGUAAAGUCCUCCCACAGCCAGAUGUCCGUCACAGAGGGCCAGUCUCUGACUCUGAAGGCCAACAUCCCAGAGGCCUCCAACGUCAGAUGGAUCCUGAACGGAGUGAAAGUGGCAAACUCAGAGCAGUUCAGAUACGGAGUUUCUGGAAACGACCUGACUUUGACCAUCAGGUCUGUCAGCCAGCACGAUCAGGGGAUCAUCACGUGUCAGGCUCAAACAUCGCGAGGCCUCGUCAGAUGUCAGUUCAACACCACAGUCACGGCCAAGCGUUCAGACGCACCACACUUUUUGGUGCAGCCCCGGUCCCAGAACGUGGACGAGGGACAAAAUGUUAAGUUCACAUGUGAAGUAGCAGGAGAGCCUUCUCCUGAAGUGGAGUGGCUAAAAGACAACAUGAUGAUAUCUGUCACAUCAAACAUCAGACUGAGCCGCUCUAAGAACGUUUACACUUUGGAGAUAUGUGAAGCCACGGUUGCAGACAGCGGGAAAUACACAAUAAAAGCCAAAAACCAGUUUGGACAGUGCUCUGCGACAUCAUCCCUCAACGUCCUCACUCUUGUUGAAGAAUCAACAAAAAUGACUGUUGUGGAAAAAAGAGCUUCUACUGACGCUGCGAGCAUGCACGGAGGUUUGGUGGCCUCGUCAGUUCGUAUGGAAGCAGCUUCCAUGCAGGCCAGCAGUUACAGCAGCAGCUCACGCUCUGCUGCUGAGCAUUCGUUUGAGAGCAUGUCUGCGACUAGCAUGUCUGCCAUGAUGGCUAAGUCAGUGGUUUCUAUGAGCUCCAGCAGCCAAAUGAUGGAAAUGUCUACACUGUCGCAUGCUGAGGCCUCCUCCUCCUCGCUGAGGACUCUGACCACCAGGGUUAAAAGAGGUUCUCCACCAAAGAUCGAAGCUCUUCCGCAGGACAUCAGCGCCGAGCCAGGGAAGUCCCUGACCGUGGCGGGGGUGUUCUCUGGAGACCCUGCCCCCUCCGUCCAGUGGCUCCGUUCGGGUCGAACCCUUCCCAACGGGGACGAGCGGUACCAUGUGGAGAACUCGACCGACCUGUCCACCCUCCUGAUCUGUGCGGUGAAGGAGGCUGACGCCGGAGCUUACACCCUCCGACUGUCCAACGAGUUCGGCUCCGACUCUGCAACCGUCAACGUUCACAUUCGGUCCAUGUAAAAAAGGGGGAAAAAAAGUUAAUUUCUAUGCCCCCUUUCCCUCAUCCAGAACUUUUUUAUUUAGUGAAUGAGCAACAAUAAUCUACUGGAUAAAGAUCUGGAUUUCUGUUCUUGUAAAUAUAAACUAUUUUUGUACCAAACUUGACAUUAAUUUAUGCCAAACUAGACUAAAGUCUAAAGUUGUUAUAAAAUGUGCCAUAUUGGACAAUUAUGACUUAGGAUUAUUGAACCACUUUUCUGUGACAUGUACAUAAUGUAUAUAGCCGAAUUUACCGGUUAUGGGAAAUGUAUGCAUUGUUAUUUAUGACAAUAAUAUUAACAGAAACAAAAGAACAACUGCAGUCUAACAGGAGAAAGUUCCAGCAGGAACGAAUACCCUGUUAGACUGAGAAACUAAACUCUGUGCCUCAACGAUAAGUUGAAGUCUUAAGAUUGCCUCAGCAGGUAGAGAGGCUCCCUGCUGACGUUAUGAACCGCAAACAGAAAGACAAUGUUGUUGUUUUGGACGCGCAUCUGCGUGCGAUAUUACACUUUCCUAUGAGUUGUACCAUGAGUGUAAGACCCUGAGUGCUGUUUGCAUCACCCUCAUGUAAGCAGCAUGAACGGCCUUGUGCUCAGACUGACUGUGUCGUACCACCGUGAUUUGAUGACCGGCUCAGAGUGCAAGCGGCCUGCACUCUCAGCGCUUAGAUCAUUUAACAAAGAGCGCUGCUUCUGGCGCAGCACGGCCAGAUCGGCUUCUCAAAACGAAACAUCUCCUGGCCAUGAACGAACAGAAAGCCGAUGCCGGCUCUGCUGUGCAGAAGCAGCGCCGUCUCUCGGAGGAUAGUUAGCAACGUGUUGUUUGAGUGUGAGUGUUUGUAGCUUUUAGUCCUUCCAGCUGUUAGUCAGAGCUUCUUCAGCCACAGCGACGCCACCUGCUCUGGACAGAGAGAGAAGCAGCUCUGUUUCACGCUGCACUUUGAUUUAUUGAUCUGUUGACAUAGAACCAUAUUUCAUCCUCCUCGAGUUUGAUGUAUUACUGAUUUAUUAAAGCAUGAUUUCAGCACUA